GUCCCCCGCCUGCCUCUGCGUCUGCAGCUCACGGAGCAGGAAGUUCCCGCGUCGUCGGAGGCCAGCUUUAUUAUCGUCACGUGACUCGGCGCGGGCAGCAGCCGCUCGGGUCGAGUUCGGCAAUCCGCGCUGAGGGAAAGAAGAGGAGGAAGAGGGAGAAGCCGGGACCCGCUUGACGCCCCCGCCAUGAGGAGCGCUCCCCGGCGACGGCGCGGCGUUCAGCUCGGGGCUCUGUGGCUGCGCGGUCGCCCCUGAACACCGUGCUGAACCCCCGCUUUGCUCCAUGCAGCGGCUCCUCCAUUGCGGAAGCAGCAGCGCCUCUCCUGCAGGGACGGCGCUGGCCGCGUCGGCGGGAGCAGCAGCAGCGGCGGCCGCCUCAGCCGCGUGAUUCCCCCUCCGCCCCUCCGCCGCCGCUCCGCCGCCGCCCUGCGCGCCUGCCUGCCUGCCUCCCGGCGCGAGCUGGAUGGUGCUUCCCCCGGCCCCGCCGGUGCGGCCGGCGGCAGGAGUACUAUGCUGACUCGGGUGAAGUCUGCGGUGGCCAAUUUCAUGGGAGGCAUCAUGGCUGGCAGCUCGGAUCACGGCAGCGGCGGUGGUGGAGGAGGUGGAGGAGGCGGCGGCGGUGGUAGUGGUGGAGGAGGCAUGGACCUGCCGCUGCGCUUCCCCUACGGCAGACCCGAGUUCCUGGCUCUGUCUCCGGACGAGGUCGAGUGCUCCGCCGACCACAUCGCCCGGCCUAUCCUCAUCCUCAACAAGGAGACCAAGCGCCUGCCCUGGACCACGGGAUACGCCGAGUGAGUAGCCAGGCACAGACCGCCCCCCCCGGGUCCCGAAGCAGGAGGACGGCUGGCAGCGUCCCGUCCCCCCCUCGGCUGCCGGUGCGCCUUGGAGAGGAGGCGCGCCCACGUCCCCUCUCCAAGGGCGCUGCUGCAGCCGGGAAGGGGGGAGAGGCCAGGGUAGGAUCACCUGCCUGAACCUCAGCGUCUGGAGCAAGCCCGGCACACUCCUUUUCCGAACCGGGGUUGGAUGGAUAUAGCCUUAACUUCUCCCAUCAUCCUGGGAGAACCAUACAAGCGUAGAGUUGGCAAGGGACCACUUGGGUCAUCUAGCUCAACCCCCUGCAAUGCGGGGGUCUUUUUGCCCAACGUGUGGGGCUCGAACCCACGACCCUGAGGGUUAAGAGUCUCAUGCUCUACGGGCUGAGCUGUCGCGAUUGACUCAGCCCUGGAAAUGGGGGGCGUGGAGGCGAGGGGAAAGAGCUGUUUCAGGUUUUCUGUUGGGAGGGAAUGGUCAGCCACCCUGUGGGUAGAUCCUGUCGCAGGUGGACUCAUGUAGUGUGGCUGUGUGUAUGUCAUCUUCCUUUGGAUGCCUCCUCCCUCAAUUCAAAAUUCACUACUUGUGGUUAUGGGAAUGUUCUCUGUGCAUACCCCCAAUGCCCUGCUCUUCAGGUGUUUGGGGUGGAACCUUGAGAAAUGCCGCUUCAGGUUAAGUCCUCUUAUGUUAUGCGCUGGGUUGGUUUGGUCAAAUACUCUCCCACAGGUGAUUUGGGGCAGCUUUCACUUCUUCAUUGUCUGUUCUGAGUGGGUGUAAAAAGUUAAGUUGCUUUUAAGUCCUGUGUACUUCAACUUAUCUGAUAUAAAAUCCAAUCCUCUUGAAUCCAGUAGGUUUCACUCCCAAGUGGGUGUGCAUAGACAUACAGCCUGACUCUGUAAAUAUUUACUUGGAAAUAAAUUCGGUUGACUUUAAUGAGACUUACUCCUGGGUGCAAGCGUACAUAAUGCUGUAGCCAUAAAGUGCUUAUCUUUGACCGGGUCAUGUGCAUCAUGCACCAUCUGGUUUUGCAACUCCAUGUGUCUCUUUGAGAUUUUCUCAUCUAGGUCUAGUAAUUUUGAUGGGGUUAUUAAAAGGGAAGGGAAAUGAAAAGCGGGAAGUUUGCCCUUUGAGUCUCUCUCUCCUAUCCCCCCCCCCCAUGUGCAGAUUUCACCCAAAGACUGUAGCAUUUUUGUUCUGCCGUAGAUCUGUGUACUGCAAGUCUCUGGAUUGUUUAUUUCUACUGAUGCGGAAGGGGUUUAGGAAGUGUUGUGAAUGUAUGGGGAGAGGUGGAGGCAGAGAGAAAGAGAUACAGGGUGCUAUCUUACUGUUUUGGUAAUGGGAGACUGGCAUUUAGUGCACACCCCCUUUUCCAGGCCUGUGCUGCAAAGAUGAUGGCUGGAGUGUGUGUCAUUGAUCUGCUCCAUUCUCAAAAUUUUCCAUCCUCCCUGCACACGAAUCACUCUCUUGCUGUGGAAGCAGGAUUCAGGAAGGUGGAAUGAAGGAGACUACAGUAGCUUUUUGUGCAUAUAUCUUUCUCCGGAUUCCAAACUUCUUCAGUUUUAAGUGUCACGUUAUAUUAUUCUUGUGCUUAUUGUGUGCUUUUAACAUCUGAGUGGAAGGCUUACAAUGAAGCAGUGAUCUCCUAAAAUAAAAUGUGUGGAUUUUGUUUGCAGGGGUGCAUAUUGUGAUAAGAUGGGAGGGAGCUGCAGCUUUUGAACUGGUAGCAGAAAGCUUCACCCUCCCCCAGGUGGUGUUUUUGGGAUGGAUUAUGUUACUGCAGCCCUGGACACAAAUAAAAGUGAGCAUUUACCUGUGAUGAAGUUUGUGCAGGCAGAUUAGGAUGAUCUCUGAUCCUGUCCCAACAACUCAUUAGGUCUAGGCUAGCUAUGCUGCGUUGCAUUCAGCAAUAACCAAAUUGAAUCUUACUGCUGUGUUUUAUUUGUUUCCAUUCAUAAUGCUUAUUUAUAAAUUGAAGGCUCUCUAAUGGUUAAGCAGUAAAAAGGAGGCAAACUAUAAAAAGAUCUGUUAGCCAGUUCAGAAGGAACACAUUGUCUAAUGAAGUUAGUAGCCAAUCUCUCAAUAUAAUGCUGCAGGAUUAAUGGUGGAAGAACUUUCUGGUCAAUUCAGUACCUGCUUGUGGUUCAUGACUUCACUUUGUCAUGUCACUGUUGUUUCCUUGAAAAGGGCUUAGUGAUGGCCAGCAGCCAAAAGAAUCAUUUUUGGCGUAAUCCAGAGGUUAAGCAACCACUUAAGUCCUCAUCUGAGUGGAUACUUAAAUAUAUGAUUAAAUUUCACUGGAAUUUUACUUACAGUUUAACUUAGCACUGCAGGAUUAAAUACGAUGAGAGCAGUGAUUGCAUAUCUCCCCUCAUUGAGAAGAAAUAGAUAAAUUAGAACUCAGAAUAAGUCCCGCUGAGUUCAGCGGGACCCGUGUGUGCUGGGAUAUUGCUGCCAGUAAUGAUAAAUCAUAUAUUUGCUAUGUUCACCGGUGAACAGUGUCACUUCACCCCAGUGACGUUAGGGCUUUAGGUCUCACCUGCACAAAUUCAGUGUAAUGUGGGUGUCGUACAACUGUUUGUGUUGCUAUCAAGAGCACAAGGAGUCAGUCAAUGUUUAUAUGUAGUCUGGAUUAGGUUAAUUUGGACUAUGAUGACUUUUUUCAGAGCUGGGGAAGCUGUGGCACUCCAAAUGUCCCCAACCAUUGGCCAUGCUGGUUGGGGUUGAUGGGAGAUGGACUCCUAUCCUCUGGAGGGCUGCAGGUCCCCCCUCUUUGUUUUACAGGUUACUGGGAAUUAUCCCAAGUACAGUGGUACCUCUGUUUAAGAACAGCCCUGUUUACGAACGAUUUGGUUUACGAACUCCGCAAAACCAGAAGUAGUGUUCCGGUUUGCGAACUUUGCCUCGGUCUACGAACGGAAACCAAACGGUGGGUGGCCUCAUUAGGGAAAGUGUGCCUUCGUUUAAGAACGGAUUUGGUUUAAGAACGGACUUCAGGAACAGAUUAAGUUCAUAAACCGAGGUACCACUGUACUCUAAAUACGUCAUGUGAUUAUUUCUUUGCUUUUCACUGCAGGCUCUAGGAUGGGGAAUAAAGAGACUUAUGCAUGUUAACUGGAAAGAUAACCACAUUGCUUGCAAUGAAAUUUUGUCCUAAGAAUUAGCCAGGUACCAGGUGUGUUUUGCAACUGGCAUGGGUCCAUUUGCGACCCCAUGGAGAUCUAUGGUUGCCAGGUUGGCAACUGGGGAAAGCAAAAUGUCACUUAGAGGAGGAUCUGAAAUAUUUUCCUUGACACUUGAAUUUGUUUUAUUCUGGAUUGCUUCAUUUGAUGAUUUAAUGUGUUGUAAACUGCUUUGAGAUUUCUUCUUUAAAAUGCAAAGUGGUAUAGGAAUGAGAUGAUGAAUAAUACUACUACUAAUAAUAAGUUCCACUGCAAACAAAAAAUGGCACCUAGACAUUCCAUUGUGGUGGCUGCAACCUAGGCUUAAGGUGCUAUUUGGCAAUUAGAUUAUAUAUCUUGAGUUUCUAACACUGCGUCAAAUGGAUUGUUGUGUGUCUAUAUAUGAAAUGCCCUCCAAUUUUUAGAUACUAUACUUUGUUGAACUGCUCUUCUGUGUACUUUGUUGGGACUUGUAGCUAUUACCUUCCAUAUUCUGUUUGUGAUUGAAGUUGGUUUUCCGUAGAAAACAAAAUCUCACCCCAGGGACUUUUAAAAGACUAACUCAGAAACCCCUCUCUACCACUAUUGGUAUGGGUUCUGCAGAAGAAUCACAAAUUCUUACUGUACAUGCUAGUUCAUUAUAUUGAAGACUUCGCCUGGGAGACCAACUUCUCUUGUAGUUGCUUUAUCAACCAGAUGAAUUGAGUUCUAUUAAGCUUCGACAAUCUGUCCGCCCCUUUCUGUAUCGUAACAAGAGAUGGUUAUUCCUUGCUGCUAGGCAUUUGGUUUUAUUCCUCGGGUAACUUGUAAUGAUCAUCCAGUUUUGUGCGGCAAAACAGAAAAGGCUUUGUUUCAAGUCUGCUCUGGGGGGGGAAAAGUCGUUUUAAGUCUAUGUGAACAUGUAUUGUUGAAGUAUUGGUAACUUUAAGAAGGGAAUGUGACCCUGCAGAAUUUUUACUAAGGGCUUCCUUGUAACCAGAUAAUAAAUUGGUGUUUUCUUUUUCUUUUGUUCUUUUCCUUCCUUUCUUUUAUGUUAGACUGAAAAAAAUGUUUAUAUUUUUACUCUGAAUCUUAAGAUAAACUGUAAUGCCCCUAAUGAGUCCCCCCCCCCCCUUUAAGACUGUUAGGCUCAUCAGUGAAUCCAAUUAAAAUUGGUGGCACUAACUUGAGAGACCGAAUGCUUUUAAGAUUAUAAUAGCUUUAGGACAAAGUGUUGACCUUGCUGAAGUAAAUGCAGUUUUUGCUAUUUACUUCAGUAUCCCAAAUUUGCACUGUUACUCUUCUGUGAGCAUGGUUUCUACAUUAUUUUUGGAAAGACAGAAAGCUGGUGCCUAGACAGUACUUCUCUAUACCACAGGCCUGCUGUGUGGUGAUCUCCAGCCUUUAAUGGAUGUAGGUGUAGCAUUGCAUAACUGUAAGCCUGUAAAACACAAUGCUACUUGGCUGCAAGGAUAAUUUUGUGAAAAUAGUGAGGAACCAGGAGACUUUUUUUCUUUCAUUAGGUGCUUUGUGAAGACAUGGCUUUUUGUGUUUUCUCAUGUAGAUGUUGUUGAGUAGAUAUUACAUGGUGUAUUAUUUAUUUACAUAGCAUAUUAUUCAUUACAUAGCAUAUUAUUAUUUUAUUAAAUUUCUAUGGCACCCUUCAUCUGAGGAUCACAGGGUGGCUUACAAUAUACAACCACCAAAGUAAAAUAAAUAAAUCAAGAAUCACUUGGGGGGGGGGGUUGUCAGUCAUAAUUGACACUUUCCCUGGAAUAAUUAUUACUGUCUUGUCCUUCUUUUGUUUGUACCCUCACUAGAAUAAACAGUUGGAUUGUGCUGCCGCCCCCGUCAACUUUGUGAUGUCUUGGCAUCUUGCAUCAUUACGCCAUGCCUUCCUAUGUGCUACAUGCAAUCUGGCUGGGUUGAAUCAUAUAAUCUCAUAUUCAGGACACAGGAAACUGCUUUCUACUGAGCCAGGCCAUUGGUCAAUCUAGCUCAGUACAGUGGUACCUCGGGUUAAGUACUUAAUUCGUUCCGGAGGUCCGUACUUAACCUGAAACUGUUCUUAACCUGAAGCACCACUUUAGCUAAUGGGGCCUCCUGCUGCUGCCGUGCCGCUGGAGCCCAAUUUCUGUUCUUAUCCUGAAGCAAAGUUCUUAACCUGAAGCACUAUUUCUGGGUUAGCGGAGUGUGUAACCUGAAGCGUAUGUAACCUGAAGCGUAUGUAACCCGAGGUACCAUUGUAGUGUCUACAAUGACUGGUAGGGGCUCUCUAGGCUUUCAGAUAGGGAGUCAUUUCCAGCCCUACCUGAAGAUGCUGGGGAUUGAACCGGGGACCUCCUGCAUGCAAAGCAGAUAACUCUACCACUGAGCCACAGCCCUUCCCUAUUCAUGCAAGAUAAUCUGACACCAUGUGAACGAAAAGCAUUGAAUGCAUGGAGUAUGAUGGGAAGCACUGCAGAAGAAUAGUGACAAUGGGAUUUCAAACAAAAGUACCCAUUGCCAAGUAAUAUUGAGCUUCCUGCGCUUUCCAGAUAUCAUCUCUGUAUGCUGAAGAAAGCCUGGAAGUGCAGUUCAGAAGUGGCACACCUGCUAGAUGAAACACUCGCUGGUGUUUUCUUUUUGUUAUAGUUUUCAAUAAGGGAGACAAGUGGAAAUUUACUAAUACUUUACCCUUCCAUCAUGAAACUUUAAGCAGAUCCAUUUACACUUAGGAGUCUAAAAUCUGUACUUGUUCAACUGUCCCCCCCCCCCAAAUAAUAAAGGUAUUUACUCACAUUUUAGUACACUAGUCGUUAACCAUUUACCAUUGAUAGAUCCUAUAUCUAUCAAAGCUCAAAGUGGUUUAUUGUGAUCCUUCACAUUAUCUAGCCUAACAACUUCCAAUCUUUUUAACUUAAUAAAGAGCUGUACAUUUCCACUGACUCAUAAAGGUGAUUUUGGCAUCAGAUAGAAAUAAGUAGGCUCAACCCUAUAUUUUAUUUGCUUUGUCUAGCUGACAGAUUCUGCUCCAGAGCUCUGGAUUCCAGUUAGGAUUUUGUGUGUAGAAACACCCAAGUUUUAGAGUGCAUUAGUAGAGUUGGUGGAGUCUCCUUCUUUGGAGGUCUUUAAGCAGAGGCUUGACGACCAUAUGUCAGGAGUGCUCUGAUGGUGUUUCCUGCUUGGCAGGGGGUUGGACUCGAUGGCCCUUGUGGUCUCUUCCAACUCUAUGAUUCUAUGAUUCUAUGAUUCUAUGAGUUAAAUGUAUUAGUAGUCAUUUUGAUGGUGCUAUCAGCAACAGAAAAAGAAAGCAAGGAAUCUAAUCACUAUUGUUUGUAUCCAAUGUUAGGGUUUUCUGUGGCGAUGAAAGUAAAAAGUUGAAUGAGACUCAUACAGUGGUACCUCGGGUUAAGUACUUAAUUCGUCUGGAGGUCCGUUCUUAACCUGAAACUGUUCUUAACCUGAAGCACCACUUUGGCUAAUGGGGCCUCCUGCUGCCGCCGCGCUGCCGGAGCACGAUUUCUGUUCUCAUCCUGAAGCAAAGUUCUUAACCUGAGGUAAUAUUUCUGGGUUAGCAGAGUCUGUAACCCAAAGCGUAUGUAACCUGAAGCGUAUGUAACUCGAGGUACCACUGUACCUCUCCCUACAUGCAAAUAGAAAGACUUGUCCAGUGUUUACUUUCAUUUUUGAAGAAACCGGGCUUAGCAUUAUGUUUGAACCAGAUACUGUGGCUUUAAGCAAACUGGUUAGUUAAACAAGCUAGUAUCAUAACUCACACGUUUUUGGUGUUUUAACAAUGCCUUGUUUGGACUGGCCUUCUCUUUAUAGAAUUUUAUCUUGUAGCUAUGUGAAACACUUACCUUUGCGGAUGUGUUAAUCUAGGUAAAGGCAACUAUUUGCUUUGUGGUCUUAUUAUCGUUUAAUGUAAUAAGAUAUUCAGAUAUGCCCCAGAGUGCAGCUUUCUUCUCUUUCCCCCCCAUAAACACAUAGGCAUUUCUAUGAACAGACAGUCCAGCAAUUCAUUGAGGGGGAUGAGGUACGUUGCCAUCAACCCUGCUGAGUCACUUUCACACUUUGCACUGCAGUAUGUGUUGCUCACACAAGGAUAGAUCUUCCAUCUGUCACAUGGAGGAGGUUAUGCAAGGGUGGUUGUUGAACUUGGUCCACUCGGAAAGGUCUUUAAUUGAACGUUGUUUUCAAAUAAAAAAAAUGCAAAGGAUACCAAUUUAAUGCCACAUCACUUAAGGACAGGACAAAAAGUAAUCAAUAUGAAUUGUGAGAUGAUAGCUUUAGCUUUCUUCAAAGUACUGUGCUUUAGGAUUGGGCUAUAAGAAUGCUUAGCCACGUAAUACAAUAUUUAUAUAAAUUAUCACUUUACAGGAGGCUAUAGCUUGCCAAGAACUUGUUUGCUAAAACAUCAUAAUGCUUAGUAACGGUUCUCCCUGGUUUUGCCAACUAACUUGUUUUGGCUUUAAAGGACACGUAGCUUUUAAGCAGCAGAGGAUUUGUAAUAUUAUUUACAGUGCUCUCAAUAUUUGAAUUUUCAUUACCAUGGAGAGGAAUCAGUGAUGUUCCGUGCCUGAUGUUUUACACAUAAAGCAUCAGCUUUGUAUUCCUAAGCUAAUGUGUUUAUUUACAGAAUUUCUAUGCCAUUUUGCAACAUAAGAGUUUUCUGGGUGGCUUCAAUAAAUAAGACAAUUUAAAUGUAAAAUAAAUCCUAAAACCAAGAUCUACAUAAAUACAGCAAUGGAAAACUCUCGGAUGACUUUUGAACACUGGAAGGGCAAGAUUUGUGCACACAGAAGCCUAUAUGGUUUCUGCAUUCAUAGGCGUUGUAAGUAGGGAGAUGCAGAAAAUAACAAAAGUGUGAAACUUUACCUCAUCCAUCUUUAGGAGUCCUCUGACAGUAUUAGCAGGCUGUAUAAACUGACAUUGUUAUAUUAUUGGCAAAUCGUCAAAAGCUUUGUUGGAAAUCCAUACUUUCUCACCAAGAGCUCCUGUGUAAAUUUAACAUAUCUUCUGUAUCUGUUAAAUGGCAGAAGAAAAGUCACACAAUAAAUUUUCUGUGGGAGACAAGGGAAGCAGCUGAGACUGAAGGAUGGUACCAGUGCUAUUAAACUUACUUUUUAAAUGAUUUGAAGUUGGAAUGAGUAAUGAAGUGGCCACAUUAUCAGAUGGUCCCUGAAUGGAUUCAGAAGCAGAUUAUCAAGAAUGUUGGAAUGGUAUCUCCAAACCGAGUGAACGAAAAUGCACAUUAUAUUUAAUGCAAGUAAGUUCACUGGGACAGAAAGAAAAAAAAUCUUCCCAUGCUCUGAAGAGGUCUGAACUGGUUGUGAAUAUGAGAGACAGAGAGAGAGCGAGAGCGAGAGAGAGAGAUUGUUAGCACAGCUGUACAGGUGCAGGCAAAUAGGAAUUGGCAUCCAAAACAAUCAACAGUGUUUUGAAUGUUGGGAUAAUUCACUGAAAGUGUCUACCCAGUGUACAAUAGGGGUUGUAAAAGAAAGAAAAUGACAGGUUAGGGAUAAGGAAAGAAUCUGUAUGGGAAUGACUGCAUUGGAGCACGAAAGGCUCGAAUGUUUGGGGCAUUUUGGUUUAUGAAUUGGCAUGUUUUACCAAAAUGUAUGUGAACAAGUGGUAGAUAGCUAAGUAGGAAUGCAUUGGUUUGAAAAAGGGGAGAGUACACUCUUUGACUCUGUUGUCAUGAUUGGAGCACUUCCCAGUGAGAUUUAGACACGCAGUCUGCCGUGGGGUGGUGAGCUUAUUUGGAUAACCCACCCCAUAGGCUGAUGGAUUCCCGAGAGCCUUGGAGAGUUUACAAUCAAAGCCCUUGUUCUGUGGGGAGAGGAGUUAGGCAGUUGACACAGCAGCUCCUAAAUGCUCACUCCCACUGAACAGAGAUUUUUUGCUUUGCCAGGGAGUUGUGGGCAAUGAAACAGGGAGGCGCCUCCAAAGCGAAUCUGACUCAACAUGAGAGCUCACUUCAGAGCCCAUCGUGAUGGCAGCAGUGGAGAAACUCAAGUUCACCAAUGAUGUUCAUGCAUUAUAGUUUAUGCGUUGGCAUUCAUUUACAUGAAGUAAAUACCGUGCCACCCAGUAGUAAAACUUAUUCAUGACACCAUAUCUCUCCAGCUCGCAGUAGUUCUUUGAAACUGAUAAUCAGCUGCCAUAUUAUAUUAACAUAUUUGAGUCACAGUCAGAAUAUUUCAUAUAUUCAAAACUGUGGUAUUUCUAAGGUAAAAAGGUAAAGGACCCCUGGAUGGUUAAGUCCAGUCAAAGGCAACUAUGGGGUUGCAGUGCUCAUCUCACUUUCAGGGUCAUGUGGCCAGCAUGAUUAAACCGCUUCUGGCUCAGCAUAACACCGCGAUGGAAGCCAGGGCGCAUGGAAAUGCCAUUUACCUUCCUGCCACAGUGGUACCUAUUUAUCUACUUGCACUGGUAUUCUUUCAAACUGGCAGGAGCUGGGACAGAGCAACAGGAGCUCACUCUGUUGUGGGGAUUCAAACCGUCAACUUUUUGAUCAGCAAGCCCAAGAGGCUCAGUGGUUUAGACCACAGCGCAACCCACGUCCCACUUAUAUUUCUAAGACUGACUGAACUGGGACUCAAAACUGUCUCUUUGCACAGUGGUAUGGGCUGAAAACUUCAAAAUAUUAUGCACAGUUGUUUAAAAGAUGGGGCCACAUUUUACAAAUGUGAAAUAACCAGUGGAAGAACAAUAAAAUGUCUAGUUAAAAUAAUCACUUUAUCAUUGCAGACUGGAAUAUGUAAGUGAUGGAAGUGGCUGAUCUGUGUCAUAUUCCUUAUGUGAUAUGUCUUAUUUUUCAAAUGAUGGACUGACUGUGAUUGAUUCUCAGUUAAACAGAUGACAACCUUGAGCUAGGUUCAGUAUUUUAAGAACUUAAAGGAGAAAAGCCACUUUAUGCAGGGACAGUCCCCUUAUCUAUUGUCCUGUUCCUACCUCUUUUUCCUAAUGGUGAUAUAGACCAUUCAUAAUGUAAGAAUAUUCUUUACGGCUAUGAGCAGGGCAGUAGGGUGGGUGAGGUAAGUGAAGCUACAACAAUUAGCUAUAGUGUUGUUCAUUGUUUCUGCUCAGGCUGCAGAGAGAAAGCAUUUUGGUUCCUGAAAUUCAUACUGACUGUGCAGAUGACUGAUAAAAUUCUACAGGAUGUGGUAUUAGUGUGUGCAAACAGUCAAGAUCCAAUGAUCCCCAGGCAUGUACCUCCAGAUGGUGGAUAUGUCAUGUGCCGUCCUGGCACCCAGGCAUCUUCACUUGGUUGCGAGUGGCUGGUAGUUGAGUGCAAAAUGCGCUUGGUGCCUGACUAGGUACAGUAUAGUUUCUCAGGUGAAUAGCUAUGUGCUAAGGAGUCGGGAAGAAGGGUGCCUCUGAGCACACGUUUAACCCAGUAACCUGUACUCACACUGGAACCAAGCUCACAAGUCCUUUCACAGAAAACAGACCCCUUGUUCUUCCUCAAAGUGUCUUUUUUCCAGCAGCUAAUUUGGAAGGAGGAAUGGACUUUUUGAUUGUUGUUACUGUUGUUGUUACAGUUGAGAGUUAGAAACCCAUGGCAAUCUACUGCAAAAUUAUCCAGUAGAUCCUGAUCUGUCUUGCCUGAUUCCCUGCUCUAGAGCAGGGGUGGCCAACUUCCAAGAGACUGCAAUCUACUCACAGAGUUAAAAACUGGCAGUGAUCUACCCCCUUUUGGGGGGUUCAGGUCAAAGUUGAUGAGCUUUUUUUAGGAAGGAGGAAGGCCCGUUUUUUAGGGGUGCAGGGCAAAGUUAUUGAGCUUUUUUUAGGGGAGCCAAAGUUGUUGAUCAUUGUUGAGGGGAGCCAGUGAUCUGCCACAGACGUCCAGUGAUCUACCGGUAGAUCACGAUCUACCUGUUGGAUAUGUCUCAACAAUGCAGCCUUUUCUGCAUGUCCCACCGUCCCCAUUAGAACUACAUCUAUUUGUGGGAUUUUGGAUUGCCUAUGAUAAAAUGCUGUUUGGAUGGGAUUUAUUUCGAAACUCAUUGUCGUCUUCAUCUUUGAGUCAUUGAAAAGGAGCUUGUGAGCAAGUGGACUGAAACAAUUUGGACCCCCUUUCACACGUUUGUAACAUUAUGUCACAGUGAACUUGAUCUUAAUCUUGACACUGCAUUUUCAAAGGAGUUGCAGGUGUUUCAUAGCAGUUUAAUUCUUCAAGCGUUCUUGCAGGUGGAACAGGGGAGUGGCCUCCGUAAAUGGCAGUAUUAAUAGGUGAGUUGUGCUGUGGAAUCUGUUCCUGAGCAUGGAAUGUUGCCUUCUGAUAGUGUAACUCUUGAUACUGGAUUUGGGCUGGCACCUUACACAAGACCUCGAGAAGGGUACAGUGGUGCCUCUGGCUAAGAACUUAAUUCGUUCCGGAGGUCCGUACUUAACCUGAAAUUGUUCUUAACCUGAGGUACCACUUUAGCUAAUGGGGCCUCCCACUGCCGCCGCGCUGCCGCUGCAUGAUUUCUGUUCUCAUCCUGAAGUAAAGUUCUUAACCCGAGGUACUAUUUCUGGGUUAGCGGAGUCUGUAACCUGAAGCAUUUGUAACCUGGGGUACUACUGUACUUGUUUCCCAGCCUUCCUCAACUUGGCUGCCUUUAGGUCAGCCUUUCUCAACCUGUGGGUCCCCAGAUGUUGUUGAACUACAACUCCCAUACACCUAUCUAGCAAGGCCAGAGUUCAGGGAUGAUGGGAGUUGUAGUCCAAUAACAUCUGGGGACCCACAGGUUGAGAACCGCUGCUCUAGGUAUUGUUGCAUUCCCUACUCCCAUAGUCAGUGGUAAUUAAUUAUGGGAGUUGGGAGUCCAAAAUAUCUGGAAGGAUCCAGAUUGUAGAAGGCUUCUUUCAAUGUGGUUUUGACCUUCAAGAUUUUGAGAGUCACAUUAUCUUGACAGGCAGCCAGAGAGUGAAUAUUAGGAGAAAGCUUUUGUUUUGUAUAAUGAGUAGCUAGAAGAGUUGGCAACUCUCCCUCUCAUCCUUCCUUUCUCUGUUGCUGUACUUGAAAUUUCUUAUUGUGUCUCCCUUGUAAGUAAUAUACUGCUUAUGUGUCCCAGUUGUCAUUACAGAUUUAUGACUGCUUCAUAUCAAUUAUUGCUACUUCAUGUUAUCUUCCUUGCUAAAUGGCUGCCUUGUAAUAUUGUUUGUCAGGGCAAGCGAAAUGAGACGUUAUCCUCUGAGAAUGGCAGCUCCGAAGAAAGAGAGUUUAUAAAGUUGUUGUUAACGCUUUGAUUUGAAAUGGCAUGAGGAAGAAAGUUGGUUGCAGUCAGUAAGACGUCUGUGCUAGUAAACAUAGUCGCAGUACUUCAUUGAUUAUUGCUUUCCACAUAUCCAUAGGAUUGUUAGCUAGCAACAAAACGUCAAAGAUGGUACUGAUGCAGGUGGAUGUCUAUAUAAGCAGAAAGCCUGGUCUUCAUGCAGCAUUGCCAGUGGUACUUAGAAUAGAGUGAAUGCCUGGAGGUGGUUGGAGGAUGGAUGGCGGCUAACAGAUUGAGGUUGAAUCCUGACAAGACAGAAGUACUGUUUUGCGGGGACAGGGGGUGGGUGGGUGUGGGGGACUCCCUGGUCCUGAAUGGGGCAACUGUACCCCUGAAGGAGCAGGUACGCAGUCAUUUUGGACUCAUAGCUGUCCAUGGAGGCGCAGGUCAAUACUGUGUCCAGGGCAGCUGUUUACCAGCUCCAUCUGGUAUGCAGGCAGAGACCCUACCUGCCCGCAGACUGUCUUGUCAGAGUGGUGCAUGCUCCAGUUAUCUCCCACUUGGACUACUGCAACGCACUCUACAUGGGACUACCUUUGAAGGUGACCUGGAAACUACAACUAAUCCAGAAUGAGGCAGCUAGACUGGUGACUGGGAGUGGCCGCCGAGACCAUAUAAGACCGGUCCUGAAAGACCUACAUUGGCUCCCAGUACAUUUAUGAGCACAAUUCAAAGUGUUGGUGCUGACCUUUAAAGUCUUAAACGGCCUCGGCCCAGUAUACCUGAAGGAGCAUCUCCACCCCCAUCGUUCAGCCCAGACACUAAGGUCCAGUGCUGAGGGCCUUCUGGCAGUUCCCUCCCUGUGAGAAGUGAGGUUACAGGGAACCAGGCAGAGGGCCUUCUUGGUAGUGGCACCAGCCCUGUGGAAUGCCCUCCCAUUAGAUGUCAAGGAAAUAAACAACUAUCCGACUUUUAGAAGACAUCUGAAGGCAGCCCUGUUUAGGGAAGUUUUUAAUGUUUGAAGUUUUAUUCUGUUUUUAGUGUUCUGUUGAAAGCUGCCCAAAGUGGUUGGGGAACCCAGCCAGAUGGGUGGGGUAGAAAUAAAUUAUUAUUAUUAUUUUGAAAAUAUGCUAGCUUUAUUGACUUACUGGUGGCUGUGAAGAUUUAUUUUUUUUAAUUACUCCAAAUGGGGUUAUGACUGAGACACUAAUUGAUUGAAACUAGUGAAGCUGCACAGAAGCUAGAGGUGUCUUUUCCCAGAACAGCUCCAGUGACAGCAGGGUUUUUUUUAAUAAAAAGAACCACACACAUCAAAACCCAGCUGACAUUCCUUAUCAAGGUGCCAUUGUCACAGAGAUUAUUAGUGUGAUGCUUAGAGUGCCUUCUCUGACUUGCAAAGUAGAAUCUCUACUGCUCAAGAGAGAAACAUUGCACUCUCUUUUCAAUCUUGACAGCUGGAGAAAAAAAACCCAAGGCAUUUUUUUGCAGCUCAGAAAUGGGUUACUAUGGGUCUGAAGGAUCAGUCUGCUCCCAGUGUCUACCUAUCAGGUCUUCAGGAUGUGAUGUGCCAUAACUGUUUGUUUUCAUGUAAACCAAAGUCAUCUUCAUGCUUUGGUCUAAUUCGUACAUCACAGUAAAACAUGGUUAAUGGUUUAUCUUCAGCUUCUGGGUGACUUUGCCACACACAUACACAUACCUGUGUAGGAAACCUUGGCUACAAUUUGUGGUUCGUUUGGAGCAAAACAAACUUCAAACCCUAGUUUGGACAUAGCAGUAAGUCAGGAAUCAUGGUUUUUCUUCCUAGUGAUGGGGCAGUUUAGAACACAAACACACUUUCUCUUUGUGUGGAUGGGGAGAUAUAUAUGAAUGACCACUUGAUUGUAGAAAAACCUCAAAGUGCUGUCCAUACACGUAUAUAAAAGGUAAAGGGACCCCUGACCAUUAGGUCCAGUCGUGGCCGACUCUGGGGUUGCGGCGCCCAUCUCGCAUUAUUGGCCGAGGGAGCCGGCGUACAGCUUCCGGGUCAUGUGGCCAGCAUGACUAAGCCGCUUCUGGCGAACCAGAGCAGCGCACGGAAACGCCGUUUACCUUCUUGCUGGAGCAGUACCUAUUUAUCUACUUGCACUUUGACGUGCUUUCGAACUGCUAGGUUGGCAGGAGCAGGGACCAAUAUUUUAAAUAGUUAUAAACAGUUUUAAAUAUACAGUUCAUAAUAAUCAACACCUAUAUUACAUAUAAUACAAAAGUUUAAAAACAUAAGUUACCUUAUCUUCUUGGGUGAAACUAAAGCAUAAUACACAUUUAACAAUAGUAGCAGUAGUAUUAAAAAAUGUGGGUGGUGGCGGCGGCGGUGGCGGUAAACAAGGUACAAAACGCAUAUAUGCUUUCUUCAGCAAAACUAGCUUCUAAUCAGCAAAAUGGCAGACCCUCCAUCCAACUCUCACCUAGGUGCUUUCCUUUCCUUUCCUAGUUUCUCACCCUGGGAGAUCUCCACUUCCUUACCUCACUGAUGUCCGUCUGCCAUUUAUCAGUGAAUUCCAGUGGAGUGCCAAUCCCAUCUUCAAGUGGCCUUCUGGUGUGACCAAAUGGGUGACAGUCCCCCUUUGAUCUUGACCUGUUGCAAGGUGCUUGGUUUUAUUUCUCCCCAUCUCAAAACACACUCUCUGGGCAGCUGGAGUUCAGCUUUCCUGUGUCUGCUGCCGCCAAUAUGUUUCUUCAACUUUGGGAAAGAGUAAAGCAGGCAUAACUGACUUGCGCUGAAUUAUGGAGGCUCACCACCUUUGACCAGCCAUCUCUAUAAUACACAGGUUAUGAACCCAUUUUCACCUCAGCACAAUAGGAAGUUUUCCCUUCCCUUGUCUCAGUUUUUGAGACAUGUGUAACAAGUCACAGGGGGUCGGUGUGAGCUAUUGAGGUGUGAAAAGAAAAGAAAAAACAUUGACAGAACAUCCGGGAAUACUUCCAGAUUAGAGGACAAAUAUAUUUACUCCUUUUGCAGUAUCUGUAUUUUGCACAUGCCUGCAUAUUAUUAUUAUUAUUAUUUUAACAUAAGAAACCACACAUCUUGUUUUUAGAGCUUUCCCAGACAUACAGUGUGAUGAGAUGAUGAGCUGCUUGUGCGUAAAAUCGUAUCCCCUCAGAGUUUGUUCAAGUCCGCAAACCUCUGUCUGUGACGGAGCCCCUCAGACAUGGCUCCUCUAGUCACUAGCAGAUUCCGACAGUGGUUGCUUUGCAAUCGCUUCCAACAUAAAAGCUCCUUAACGGAAACACGUCUUCUGGACUCUCUGCGUGACAGUUUCCGGCGAGGAGUGGGUGUUCUUACAGGAGGUCCUGAAACCUCCCCACUGUUCUCGCUGGAAGUGUCUCUGAGCCAUCCCUCCAGCUCAGCUCCUCUCCCCUGCUGGUUCCCUCUUCAGCUGCUGCGUCUCUCCCAACCUGUGUGAGCCCUUUCACCUCCCUGCUGGUUCCCUCUUCAGCUGCUGCGUCUCUCCCAACCUGUGUGAGCCCUUUCACCUCCCUGCUGGUUCCCUCUUCAGCUGCUGCGUCUCUCCCAACCUGUGUGAGCCCUUUCACCUCCCUUCCGUCCGAUGGCAGUUCCAUGACAUACAGCCAUAUGUUUUGCUGCUUUAGUGUUUGAAUAAAUAUUUGAACUGUUUGCCUUUAGUAGCUGUUCGCCUCUCUCUUUUAUUUUUUUGCUCUUGCAAAAGCAAAGAAAAAUAGACUGCUUACUUUCGUACAUGAAGGAAAGCUUCUGUAUUCCAUACCGUCCAACAUUUAUCCGAUGAAAAUAAGGACGUCUUUUUUAAUAAUAAUAAUAAUAAUAAUAAUAAUAAUACUCCACCCAUCCAACUGGGUUGCCCCAGCCACUCUGGGCAGCUUCCAACAUAUAUAAAAACAUAAACAUUAAACAUUAAAAAAACCCUUCCCUAUACAGGGCUGCCUUCAGAUGUCUUCUAAAGGUUGUAUAGUUACCAUAUUGGCUGGAAUAAAAGCCGCACUUUUUUUCCAAAUUCUGACCGUGAAAAGUUAAAGUGUGGCUUAAAUUUGCAACCUUACAAAAAUUGGCUUUUAUGUUUUCGGUGCUGAAACAGACAUAUGGUAAAAUGGAAUGGGAGUGAGUGCCUGCGGAAUUUUAAAGGAGCGGCUUAUAUUUGGGUAUUGUCUUUUUUCUCCGCCCCCCCUUGAAUUUUAAAGGUGCGGCAUAUAUUUGGGUGCAGCUUAUAUUUGGGCCAAUAUGGUAUAUCGGUGGUCGCAUAACCUUACCGAACCCCCCCCCCAUCAAGCACCACAGGACAAACUAACUUGGGCCCAUCUUAGAUUUGCAGUCUUGACCCCCUGAGCUCCAUCACCCUCUUAAUCAGAAUCGCUCAUUACCUUCAUUCCUGUAGCUCAGCUACAGUUUUAUAAGCGGGAAGACGAAUAUUUGCUUUGACAUCCUGUUUUAUGGUUCUCUUGCUUUGCAGGAAUCAAAUCUAUACAUAGCUCUUGAGGAUGGAUUUUGGCUGCCUUCCUGUUAAGGUUUAUAAUUUCUGAAAUCUUCAUCUAAUCCCCCCAAAACUGAUAAAAAGUGGAGGAAUACAGAUUUAUAUCUGUACACUGAUGCAAUCAGAGUUAGAUUUGCUGGCGGAGGAAAUUCUCUGCAUUUGAGAGUUAGCAAUCAUUUCUGAAAUCCAGAUUAAUAACCUUAAAAAAGAAAAAGGCAGCUGAAUGUUUAUUCGAGCUAGAAUGUUGAUGGCACAGAGUCAUCAAAUGUGGUCAAAAGCCCUGAUCUAUACCAUCAUGGAAAUUACAUUUGGUAAGAAAUAUAUAUAUGCUGAAUCCUAUCUUGAAGUUCUACCAACUACGAAUCCUUAAUGCAGUCAAGGUGACUGGGUGGGUAAGACAAUAUAUUUGUGGAUUUUAUUUGCAUUUGCAGAAUUCUACCGGUUUGCAGCAAGGCUUUAAAAAAAUUAAAUGAAGUACAUAUUUAUCAACUGAAAGUGAAUCUGUUCCAUCAGUUCACAUAAAGCAAUCACAAUCUGAUGAGCAGCUCUCUUUUGGAAGCUCUAUUACAUGAGCUUUUAAAAGUAAAAAAAAACCACCACCCAUUUUUAUGCGGCAUUUUUUUUAAAUUGUAGGAAGGGAAGCAUGCUAUUGAAUGAGAAGGCACUGAUCACAUGUUAAAAAUAAACACAGCAAGCUUAAUAUUAGAUGGAGCAAGCUGGUAGAGUUGGCAGUUCAGGGGAGAUGUAUGUUACUGUUGAAGUUCCUACUGGAGUCACUUAUUUCUGUUUGGCAAUGUAAGCCUUAAUGCUGCUUGCAGCAUGUUAAAUAAUAAAUUAGAGCAACACUUUGUGGUAACAUUUUAGGAACCGAAUUGAUCACACAUUCCAACAUGCUAGGAAUACUUCCCUUGAAAACAGUACAGAUUCAGUUGAGUCAUGGGCUGCAACCGUAAUAGGCUGAUCAUAUUGAACUUGAAGACAAAGGGAUUUAGGCAGCUGUGGGCAGGGCUGAGUGAGUAACCCUAUAUAUGUUUACGCAGAAAUCAAUUGCUAUUGAAGUAAUUGUGGAUAGAAUUGCAGUAUGAAGACUCUGUUCUCCUUCCCUUCAUUUAUUCUCAUUUUAAAGAAGAUGGAAUGAAGCUAAGAAACCUUGCCAAGGGCACACCCAAUAUGGAGGCUUAGCCAAGAGCUGAAACACAACCUCAUCUUCAGACUUGGCAAGGAAUACCAGCCCUCCAAGUGUCCCUAUUUUCCAGGGUCAGUCCUAGAUUUACAGGAAGCCGUUCAGGUUUCUGAUUUCAUCCCGGAAUGUCCUGCUUUUCCUUAGGAUGUCCCUAUUUUCUUUAGAGAAAUGUUGGUGGGUAUGCGGGUAGCAAUCCCAGGAGCCUUUGCAACUGCACCCCAACAGCCAAGUGAAUCUGACCCACAGCCAAGCACUUUGGGGUACCAGUCUACCUCUGAAUCACAGCCUGGUACUUUAGUGUACCGUCUACCCCUCUCAUUGUUUCCAGCGAUGAGAAAGAGUGAGAUUACCAUUGAUGCCAAUAUGGUAAGUGCUACUGGUUUUUCAAAGGUUUCAAGGGUUUCCAAAGGUUUAGAGGGUGUUUACAGGCUUUUUAGAUGGUGUUCCCCACCAUACAUGAUUCCACGUACAGUGGACCCUCGGGUUAUGUUACCUUCGGGUAACGUAAUCUUCGGGUUGCGAACACGGCAAACCCAGAAGUGGGUAUGCCGCUCACGCGUCCUCCGGUUACGAAAUCUUCAGGAUAUGGCCGGACCUCCAGAACGGAUCCCGUUCGUAACCAGAGGUACCACUGUAUAUGCAUGGUCCUGGGAACAUAACCCCUGGGUAAGUGGGGAGACCCCUGUAUUUGUUCCCAAGUUACCACUAAGUUCCUAGAGAGGAAUGGAGAUUGGAUGGGCGGUUUCUGGGUUCCUUUGCCUUCUACUAACGCUGCAUCAGCUGGCUUAUGAAACCAAAAGCCUUGGCUCUUCCCCCUUGCCUUUCUGGCAAUCUAUCAGAAGUGAAAAAACCACGCCGCAUGACAAUCCAAGCUGUUAUCACUACAAGGGUUUUGAAAUCCUGACUUGUCUGUUUUUAAGGUGCUGCUAUGGCGUUUAAACGGUUGUCUUAGCUGUAUAAGUUACCUUUUUAAAUAUCUUACUGCAGUUUUUAGUGGAUUAAAUAGUGAGGCCACAGUAUUUGUGAUAUUUAGGGCUGGCUGUAUGAGGCAGAGUCUAAUAUUUACAGGGCUUUUCUCUUCCUUUUGAAAAAAAAAAGCUUGUCAUGCUUGCAACCUUAAAGGGCAUCUGAAUGUGAUUUCAUUAAGUCUCUCAUUUUUAGAUGCCGCAAAACAAUUUUGCAUCCUUAUUUCACAUGUUAAAUUUUUUUUUUGAGCUGCUGAUAAUGAUACUGCAGGCAGAUUGGGUUGGGUUGUUGCCCUUUCAAAAUUUUGUUUGCCUCUCCUCUGCUGGAGAUUGGCAGCUCUGGUUCCUGAAAGAGGAUCUACUGCUCUAUAAUGCAGGAGCAGUUUUUUCUUGGUUUCCAUCUGCUUUUAUAGGCAUCCAGAUUUCCUUCCAUCUGACGACGGGUGGCAAGCCAGUUCUUUGCAUCUACAGAAUCGGGAAGUCAUUCUUCCCUCACCCUUCUCUGGUGAUAUCCAUAGGAUGUGUGUGGACACAGGCAGGGGGAGGUUUUUAUAUUAUUAUAUAUCUUUUUAAAACCCUAAUGAUUAUGACUCAACUGAAUUAACAUAGGAAAUGGGCCUGCAGAAGAGAUUGUGCAGUAGGACAUUAGAUUAACAAAGUAAAGUCUGAAUACAGAGCUCAAACCCUCUGUUCUUAUAAAGAAUUUUCUUACCAUGGCAUAUAUAUUUUUCACAGUUCAGUAGUUGCUCAUCCCGGUUUUUUUUAUUAUCCCACGGCUACUGAUGGCAAACCGUUUCUCAUAAAGCAAAACUGCUACUGGCAAUUCACAGAGGAGACGGGAACGCAACUUCAAAGCAUUUAGCGUAGAGCAGUAAAAAUUAAUUAAUUACAUGGAAUUAUGUAAAUUGAUUGCAGAAAGUAGCACAUAUGGUUAGAGCUUAACUUCAGUUUAAUUUUUUUUUGGUGUGUAUGCGUGCUGUAAAUUCAAACACAUGGCUAGGCGUAUAAAGGCAAUCUUUACAACUGGGUUUUACACAUUUUUUUUAAAAAAUAAGAAAACCUACUCGUUUAGUUGGCAGUUUGAACUUGUUAUCUCUGGUUGCAGAAGAACUGUUCUGUGCAUGUAGAUGUCAUUCUGAGUUCUCAAAUUUUCUACCUUGACAAGGUCUAGGCAGUUGCCAUAUCCAUGCUGCUUCUGUGGAGAGGACUGUAUUGAUGUGAGUUUCUUUAACCAAAUUGGGAUGGGAGGCUGCCUGAGAACCAAAGGUACAUUACCUUGGAGUUUUUGCUAGCAGAAAGGUGGGAUAUAAAUGUAAGAAAACAAAAUAAUAAUAAUUGAUUGUGCAAGCUCCAAACACAGUAGCUUAAAGCUGCUAUCCUGUGCACAUUAAGAACAAACACAAUUUAACUCCAUGGAACACACUUGUUUCCCAUGCCUGGCCAAAUCUGAUUAGCUUCAUGGCAUUGGGAGGUCAUUAAUUUUUAUUAUUCUGUCCUUCAUUGACUAGGACAGGGUUUCCCACACUUGGGUCUCCAGCUGCUUUUGGACUACAAUUCCCAUCAUCCCUGACCACAGGUCCUGCUAUCUAGGAAUGAUGGGAGUUGUAGUUCAGAAACAGCUGGAGACCCAAGUCUGGGAAAUCCUAGGCUAGAAUCACUAGAGAAGAACAAAGCCCAGGGAUGGUGGUAGUGUCGCAACAGUAUUGGAGAGGGAAAUAGCAGUGAAGAAAUGCACCACUGUGUCUUUCUGGGAAAUUUCCCCAAGCAUGUUAAAAAGGGUAAGCAUUUGGCACAGUCCUGUUGUACAUAUAAGCAGUUAUAGGGUCUAAGCCUUUGUGGGCUCAUAGGCCUUUGCAGGGUUUCUAGUCAUAAAUAGCACUUUUCAUUGUGGCUGGAAGGUUAAAGAACGUCAUUGCACACUGAAACUCUGACAAUGUAUUUCUAGUAGGCUAUCUCUCAACACACUCCAAACAGACACCAACUCAACCAAUUGUACUAGUGUAGCCUUGGUCUGUACCAAAUUUAAAUUCAUCUAGGUUUUUACAUUUCAUUUUAAAAAGGUUGCAGUUUGAAUCAGAAAAGCCUUAAUCAUUUCAGCCUUGCACAUAAAGAUUGAAAGGAUUAAAAUUGAGUAAAACGUUAGAAGUUUAAGAUCCGUUUGAACGGAGAUAAGGAAUGUUACCCUCUUGACAUCAUUAAAAUACUUCCCUCCCCCCAUUUUUUGUACAACUAACCCAUUGCCCUCAUUUUCAGGGCUCAACUACCUUGCUGUUCGCACAGCUGGGAGCUUAUAUUUUCAGAACUGAAAAGAGCUACUGCUGUAGCAAUCUGUCCACAGCUGAAAAAAACUGUUAGCUUCAAAAGCACUUAGGUUCUACCGGGUGGAUUAGAUAAUGAAGCAUUAAGGUCAUUUGCCACACCUGUUUUCUCUGCAGUGUGGCUUCGUGUGUGUUAUUCCUUUGACAGACUUGAGGUGAAGGAAGCAGCAAAUACAUGAAUCUUUAAAAUGCAAGUGUUUGAAGUGUAUGUGUUUAAAAGGAUAACCCUCUUCGGUUGCAUCUGAUGCAAGGUGGAGGUAAGAAAGGUGAGAUAUGUGGAUUUGGGAGCCCCAAAGACACACAUACGAUGGUGAUCGAUCGUGGAAGCCAUCGUUGCUUGUUUUCUAUGUUACUUGAAUUUGCUUGAACCCUGUUCAUGAUCAGGUGGCUCUGCAGACCUUGUUGUUGUUUAGUCGUUUAGUCGUGUCCAACUCUUCGUGACCCCAUGGACCAGAGCACGCCAGACACUCCUGUCUUCCACUGCCUCCCGCAGUUUGGUCAAACUCAUGCUGGUCGCUUCGAGAACACUGUCCAACCAUCUCGUCCUCUGUCGUCCCCUUCUCCUUGUGCCCUCAAUCUUUCCCAACAUCAGGGUCUUUUCCAGGGAGUCUUCUCUUCUCAUGAGGUGGCCAAGGGAUUGGAGCCUCAGCUUCAUGAUCUGUCCUUCCAGUGAGCACUCAGGGCUGAUUUCCUUAAGAAUGGAUAGGUUUGAUCUUCUUGCAGUCCAUGGGACUCUCAAGAGUCUCCUCCAGCACCAUAAUUCAAAAGCAUCAAUUCUUCGGCGAUCAGCCUUCUUUAUGGUCCAGCUAACCCCUCCCUAAACAUGGGGAAGGUCAGGGGCAAGGUGGGUGGGACUGUGCACUUUGGGACUUGGUGGGGUGGGACUUGAGCACAUACCCCCCCCCCGUGCCCUUGUUCAUGGAUACAGCAUUUGUGUAAUUUCCAGAAAUCUCUGUGUACACAGUCUCAUUCAGCCCACAGUGCUUUGUUUUGGCCACAGUACACAGUAAAGGAUGAUGCAAUGGCCAAAGAAGAAAGAAAUCAAUAAGGGCCUGGGGUCUUCUCCCAACAGUUCACUUUGGUAUGGUCAGGCAAACCAUGAUUAAGGGAGGAUGCUGGGACUACAUGCAACACCAAGUCAUAUUUAAAACAACCCAAGGUUCGAAAGCCCGCACCAAGCCAAGCCUUCAGGUUGUAGUUCAUUGGCAGUAAAUAAACCGUAAUGAAACUAUUAGGCAGGGGUCACACUUGAUAAUAAGCCAUGGCUUAAUAAGCCAUAAAUCAGUAAACCACCAGCUGCCCCUCUUUCAAACAUUUAGAAGACAAUUUGAUUAUCUGGUCUAGAAUUUAUUUGUCUUUGUUUAUUUUGUUCCAUUUAUCCGCAUUGGUGGAAGUAUUAUUAGGUUUUUCUGAGGUCAGUCCCCCUUUUUCCUUUCUGCUUUUGUGCAUUUUGCAAAGUGGCAGAAUUAACUGCCUUGCUGGAGAGGCUCCUCUUGAGUUGAGGAUUCCCACCCCCCAAUCCCUUUUCUUUAAGGAUAUGCUGAAUUCUGCAGUGAGAGAGAAGAUGUAACUUGUCAGCUCUAUUUCCUGCCAGAAUGGCUUAUGUUCACUUACCUUUCAAACUGAUGCUAGAGGAGAAGAACCAGGCUUCUAAAGCUCAGCUUCUCUUUUGUAGUAAGUCCAGAAGCUUUAAUAAUGCUGUGUAAAAAUCAGGGCUCAAAAUUGACAAUUGUUUUGUUGCUGGUGGCAAGUUGAAAUUGUGUGCAGGUGAUCAAGCAAGGAAAUCUUUGUGAACUGGGAAAGUUCGUGUGUUUUUCUCCCCAGUUUAUAUCAGUAUUAAAAAUGAAUACAGUAGGCAUUUGGGCUAAUAGCUUUAUGUGAACCUUUGUGCUAGACUAAAAGACAUUAGCCUUCCUUUGCAUUCAUCUUGGACUCUUACUGCUUUUGAAUACAAUUAACAAGGUGGAAUGAAAAGUUGAUUGCCUCUCAGUGCAUGCAUUUCUGGUGUCUUUCCUUAAAAAGGAACUGUUGGCAGGUGACAUGGGAGAAGUAGAAUGGAGCUUUGGUUUGCCGAAUAAUCAUUCAAUUUAGAAAUCCCUGUUGUUUCACAGAGUUAACACGGUAAUUUAAAUAUCUCUAGUCCGGCAUUAACACCAGACAAUUAUACAAACAAGUCAAGAGCUUUGCAAUAACUUUAAUGUCUCAAUUUUACUUCCAACAGUAUGCUAGUCCCUUAGAGCAAACUAUCCCAUCAGUGCACCUGGUUUCUAAUCUGAAAUAUUCACUGAAAGAGAAAAAAUCCAGCUGAACUGAGUAGAACUUAAUUUCCAAGUGAGCAUUGUCAGGCCUAUCGCCUUUGUAUAGAUGGGUAUAGGAAAGGGGUUGGGAAAGUGAUAGUUGAGUUUAGAGCAUUCUAAACUUUGAGCAGAAGUCAAAACUUUUAUGUAAUGGGUACUUAAUUAAAACUAAUGAACCGUGUUGUUCAUUACAAGCUUUUCUUGGAGAAAUGUGUGCUUCUGAACGGUCCUGUCAUCAUGAUUACUGUUGCCAUCCUGUAAAGCUCAGCAGGAAAUUCUAGGCAUGCUUAUUUAACUAUCAGGGCUUCUUAAUUAGCUUUGAAUAUGUUUCUCUUUUUAGAAGGCCCAAACUAUUUCAUAAUGCUGGAAAUAACUGUUCCUUUUCCAGUGAUAACUUCCUGUCAAAAAAACAGUGCCUGAAACACUUGAUUAAUUGGAAAGGUAAAUGAUCGCCAUGGUCCCAUGUCAGAAGUGCUUAUGGUACAGAAAAAAACAUUAGGUGUGACUCGUACCACCAUUCAUCAUAGAAAUAAUUUCAGAAUUGCAGUUGCAUUGAGAAAUAUAGGGAGAAGUGUACCUUCUCAAUUUUCUGCAGGAGUGCAUGCAUUUGUAUUGAAACGAGCACCUUAUGAACAAGCAAAGGCAGGUGCAGGAGCAUACAGUCAAGUGAAACUGUUUUUUAUUAUUAUUUGUGACCAUCUCUGGCUCACAUAGAAGAUAAAUCUCUUUGAUCUGCACUCUUCUUUCUAAGUAGUGUAGGAUCCAGUACAUAUUUUCAUAUGCUGAACAGUUCAGUGUUCAAAACUCCCAUUUUGCGGAGACUUCCGGGGAGGUGCCUCCGGUAAUGGCGGAAUUCCUCUGACCGGGAAGAAUCUGCUCCGUGGAAAUCUGGGUCUGGCCUCCAUGGCGAAGGCGGAGACCCAUUAAAAUCACAGGCGGGAGAAGCCUGUGAGUGUGGGAUUCGGCGGGCACCUUUUGCGCCUCCCCCACUCGCGGGGAACCCCAGUUUUUGGGGCUCCAGAGCGACGUGGGGUGAGCGGCGCGGUGCAUCGAAUCGUCUGCUUCUUCCACGGAGCGAAGCCGCAUAGCUGUUGCUGGAGAGCGCUGACCUUUUCCUGUGGACAAUUUGACUUUAAAGUAAUUACCCGUGAGUAGAGCUGAAGCGGAAGAAUUGGAUUUCUAAAUGUUUCAUUUGGUAUCGUAACGGGGAGGUUCAAAACAGGAAGUCCGCCUUCCCCUUUUGUAAAUAGGCUGAGGCAAUGAAGUUGCAAGCUGGAGUCCUGGAAAGUCUUUCGUAAAAGAUUAAAUUUCCAUCGGUAAAGAACAUUAAACCCCCUCUUGGAGGCAGGAGAAGAGAGGGGGAAGUUGUAGAUUGAGUAUGCCUGCGGGAGAGAGCGAAGAGAUUUAAAACACCGCCGCUCUGACCCUGGAAACGGGCUGCUAGUAGGACUGACGUAUUUUGGAAUCUUCAUUGACAGCAUUUAGAACAUUCAUUGACAGCUAGCUAAACAAGAGAAAUACAUUGUUUCUACUGUCUCCGGCUGCUUUAAAAAGGAGUAAAAGUAACUGAAAAUUGAAAUUAAUUUGAAACUAAUAUUGGAUUGUUUAAAAGCGGAUACUAUUGACUAUUACAAAUAGAAACUGUUUCCCCCUAGUAGAAGCCUUUGAAACCGGUUGCAUUACAAGAGCUGGGCUAGGGAAAUUUCCAGCUGCAAGUUAAAAACCGUGAGACUCUGGGACUGACCUUGAAUCUUUUAAGUGUUAUGGUAAAUGGAAGAGGAAAAACAGACCAGUCAACUGCUGACAAGACAUUAAGGUCUGGGAGGACUUGGCAACAAUCCAGGAGAGGUCCAUCAUCAGGCUUCCCUGCUCUUUCUGUUGCAGCCUUUGUACCAGUAUAUUUAAAACCAAGAGGAAUGUCGACAGAAGAUAGUGGCUGCAUUAUAUAAGAUAAAUGACUCAUUGGAUCAGCUUAACAGGAAAAUGGACACGAUAAAUGCGAAAGUGGAUGUUUCAACUAUUAAAAUUAACUUAAUUACAGAAAGUAUAAACAAUACCAAUACAGAAACCACCCAGAAAUUGAUACAGGAACCUACUUUGAUACGGCAAACUGCGGAGGAAGCCAGGGAAAAAGCUGUUGUUGUUGAAUGUAAAGUAACACAACUGGAGAGAAAGAGAAAGAGAGCCCCAGCCCUACAGAGGCAAUUUGAUGAACAUAAGUUGACGCUUGCUAUGACUGAACUUAAAGAAAAACAGACGAAUUUGAGGAUUAGAGUUCACCUUUGGUGGACAUGCCCAAGGAUUAAGACACUUUGGGAGAUGAUUCAUAAUGAAAUGAAAAAGGUAUUUAAAUAUACCCUCUUGAAGAAACCAGAGGCCUUUCUCCUGGACAUGGUCGGCCAAUUGGUGUUAAAGAAGGAUAGAACUUUUUUCACGUAUGCAACAAUAGCAGCAAGAAUAGUCAUUGUGAAGUACUGGAAGACACAAGAUUUAACUAUUUGGGAAGAAUGGCAGAUGAAGUUGAUGGACUAUAUGGAAUUGGCGGAAACGACUGGCAGAAAUCUGAGACCAGGGAGAAGAGUCGGUGGAAGAAGACUGGAAAAAGUUUAAGACUAUGUAUAGAAAUACUGUAAAAAUAAUGAAUGUUAGAAAAAUGUUGGAAUGAAGUUGUAUGGCUUUAGUAGAAAUGCUAUAAGGAAUUAAGUAUAAAUAGAUUAAUAGAGUAUUAAAGGGAAAAAUAAGGUUAGAAUAUGUUAAGAUAAUUAUAGGAUAGAAAACAGAGGAAGAUGGAAAGGAAUUGCUGAAACAAUUAACAGAAGUGGAAUACGAAAAGGGAGGUGUGAGGAGGUCGUGGAAAUAAGGGAACGAAAGUUAAGAUAUUGAAAUUGUUUUCUGUUUUAAAUGGUUUGUGUUUUGUUUUGUUAGUCUUAUGGGUUUUUUUGCUUUUUUGUUUUUCUGUUUUGUUGUGUUUAAACGGUUGGAAAAUUAAUAAAUACUAUUAAAAAAAAACACCUCCCAUUUUGCGACAGGGAAUUUCAUUAGUAUGAGCAGUUUCUGAGCUCUGGGUGCAGCACCUAAGAUUUCAGAUUAAAACUGCAGAGUGGAAGGAAAGGAGGGCCUUUUUCUGCCUCCCCACUUCCAGCUACUCUCUGAAGAAACCCUCUUAAGAAUAUAAGGGGGCCAGGCAGGAGAAGGACUAGACCAUAUGAAAAAUGAAGCUGCAGUUCAUUCAUUUUCAACUUUGUAUUCUUAUGAAAAAGCAUGCCUAGACAUUUCAUUGUUGCGCCCAUAACCUAGGUUUAAGGUGCCAUUUAGCUCCUAGAAACUAACACUGGAACAUCUGUGCUAUAUCAACAAAGCCUUUUACUACGACCAUAUGCUGAUUGCUAGAUCAGGGUGAAAAUUUUGAAGAUCACUGUCACAUAUAGAUGCAACAAGACACAGUUAAGAAAAACUAAGGUAAAAAAUAACGGGAUAUGAACCUGAUAAAUGAAGUAAGGUGAACAUAUAACAAUGUGCUCUUGGAAGCCCAGCUAAUUUGCUAUCUCUCAACUGGGCAGCUACCCUGUUUUCUAGAGGUGCUUUUCCCCUUACAAAAAUACACAUUUUUCGACUUCGAUAGCAAAUUGUGAAACACACCCAAGCAUGCCAAGUUAAAAUUGACGUAGCAGUUUCUAAAAAAUGUGAAGCAAUCUGUUAUGGUUAUCAAAUCAGGCCUUCAGUUCUGUCAUCUUGAAUCAAAGUGUGCAUGUUCUGUAAAAGCUUUCAGAAAAGCACUUCAGGACCAGUUCUCCUUUAAAACAUUGCAAAACAAAUAUCCAUUACAGUUGCUGAUUGUGCUUGCAAUAUACUUUGUGAGCUUUUAGCAAAACUAAAACAGGAAAACAAAUCGUGGAGCUGCUAGCCCUCCCCUGAGAGAAAAAAUGUUUGUGUACAACACUAUUCUAUUUUGAAAUUAGAAGCUUAAGUUAUUGCUGCUGUUCAUUUGGAAAAUUAACCAGUUAACCAACUGAAUGAAGUACAAGGGAAUAAUCAGAAUGCACAGUGCUGUAAUAUGUUGAUUUGGGUUGCCGGUUAGCAACACGUCAUUCAAGAAAAACUGUAAGUAUAAAUGACUUUGGACAAAUGUUUAUCUUACCAGAACAACGUGGAAGCUUUACUUGUUAAAAGGGUUUAGGUAACUGAGAUCAGGGUGCUCUGGAAUGGGAAGAAGCUACGCCCAUCUCAUGGGUGAUGUGCUUGCUUUAGUGGUGUAGGAUCCAUCCACAACAGAGACGUUCCAUUGCACUGCUAAGCGUAACAUGGGAAUUGGCUCCUAAAUGGCACGCCCAUGUUCCACUGCCCCCUAUUGUAAUUCUAAAGCCUUAUAUUGGGGUUCCAAAUUGUGUUUUGAUCCUACAAACUGAUGUCAGCCUCUCCAGUACACCUAGGAGGUGUGCAGACUCAGGCUGGGAGAUAUCCUGUUUUCAGCAUUGUGAUACAUCGCCAACAAAACAUUGCAGUAUCCUGAUAAAUCACAAUGUCUGAAAUAAGGAUGGAGCUAUGUAGAGGCAUGGGCUGGCUUCAUGGUUUUUCCUGCAUCGUGAUUUUUGCUGACAUCUGCUCUUGUGAUUUGCUGCUCCUUGCAUGAGGCCAGAGAGAGCUGAGCUGAGCUGGCAGAGUUAACGGGCUGCAGGAAUCGAGAGAAACAUUGACUGGCUUAACGGUUUCUCCCACGUUGUGAUUUUUGCAUAGUGCACACACUCACACACACUGAUUCACAAUAUAUUGCCAGUUCAAAAAUUAAGAAACUGAUAUCACAUUAUGGACUUCAAACUGGUUUUGGAUUAUAUAUUGAUUUAUCGCCCAGCCGUAGUGCAGACUGGGGCAAUCCGUAUAUGACAGAUGGGGCAGACGCAGGAAGUGCAAACCUGCUCUUGCUCCUCAUAUGAUUGUAAUCAGGUAGUACAUGCCAAAUAUGUACCUGGUGUCUCGAUGGUUAUCUCAGUGGGAGGUGGAGGUGGCGAGAGAAGAGGAGAAAAGAAGGGAGACCUAGGGUGCUGUCAGCGGUAAAGGUAAAGGACCCCUGACUUUUAAGUCCAGUCGCGGACGACUGGGGUUGCGGCACUCAUCUCACUUUACUUGGCCGAGGGAGCCGGUGUUUGUCCGCAGACAGCUUCCGGGUCAUGUGGCCAGCAUGACUAAGCUGCUUCUGGUGAACCAGAGUAGUGUACGGAAACACUGUUUACCUUCCCAUUGGAGCGGUCCCUAUUUAUCUACUUGCACUUUGAAGUGCUUUUGAACUGCUAGGUUGGCAGGAGCAGGGACUGAGCAACAGGAGCUCACCCCGCCGCAGGGAUUCGAACCGCUGACCUUCUGAUUGGCAAGCCCUAGGCUCUGUGGUUUAGACCACAGCGCCACCCGCUGUCAGCAGUAGCCUUUCCCAAUUUAAGGGCAAGGAAAAACUUUGCUAACAUUUACAGAUACGCUCCAGAUUAACAGUAUGUGAUUCAUUGGAACAUGGUUGAAAAAGAACAUCAUCUGAUUGCUUCAGGUUUGAUCCUAUGGGCUGAUAUGGUCAAGAGUGAGCCCAGGGCUGCCAAUCCAGACAGCACUGCAUCAUGUGGUUUUGCUUUGAUAUCAUAGGUUAUCCUAGGGCAUAAUGAUCUUGUUCAAGAUUGGCUCCCAAGGAUGACAUCAUUGGACAUUUGCUAGUGUCCCAAGCCAGCCUGAGGGCUGGUUGUCAUAACAAAAGUGACCAUUCUUACUUUGUAAGGAGUGGCCAAAAAGAUUAGAUGCAGCAUAGGAGAAGUCUUGGCUUCCAUGUCCUGUUCCUUUCAGGAUAAGGAGGUCCACAAGAUGGUGGUUUACGCAAAUUACGCGUUGCUCAUGUUGCAGGAUGCAUGGAUUGCUUUUGUUCCAAAUGGAAGGAGAGAGAAAAAGGAAGGGGGAAAUCUCAAGAUGUGGAUUUGGUUUUAUUUAUAAACAAGCCCAACACAUUUUAGCUUGCGUAAAUUGACACAUUGGGCUUGCUUAUAAAUAAAACCAUAUCCAGCAUCUUGAGAUUUUCCUCCUUCCCCCUUUUCUGAUUUAUUCUGGGUGCUGACCGUUUUCUUACUAUUUAUAUAGAUGGGGCUGACUGGCUUAUGUGCCACAAUGUGGAUGUUGUCACUGUGACAGAGCCACUGCCUCUUGUAGCCACAUGGUACAGGAUUGCAACAACCAGCGAAGCAAGGAAAUUUGCACUGUUUCUUUCUGUUACAUACAGUUCAUUAUGGCUGUGUCAUCACAUCUUGGCAUAGCUAUAAUGCACUGUAUUGUGAUUGGGAAAGCCCGUUGAAAAAGUUUAUGGAUUUGUUAGCCACUCUUAAUGCACUUGGUUUUGUUUUGUUUUUAAUUUGCCUCUAAAUCAGUCUUCUGACAAUAUAACUAGGGCACGAUGUAUGCUACAGAUCCAUGAAGCAUAAAUAUCUCAGGGAUAUAAUUAUCAUGUUGUGGUGGUUUGAAAAUGUUAAUUGGAAGCUAACAUUUGCCUUCCGAGCAGAUUCCAUCUAAAUAUUUUAUCAUCCUCAUGCUAGAACUUGUGGGGAGAUUAGUGGCUAAAUUGUAAUAGCCACUGUCUAGCAUCUAUAAAUUGAUGUAAUAAGCAUAGCGAAACCUAAUUUGCCAAACUGUAUGAUAUCAUUAUUAGUAAGUGUAGUUCAUCUCAUGCUUGUAGGCAUAUAAAGAUGUAUAUCUGACUGGAGGAAAGGGAAAAGUUAUUGAACCACAGUGACCUUAACAAAAUAUGCUUAGUCUCAAUUCUCCAGUAGGGAGCUCUUGCGGUACCUGGGUGUUUGCCUGCGUGCACAUAAAUGCCAGCAGUGCUUUAAUAGGAACUGGUGGUGUAUAUAAUAGAUAGUUUGCAAAGAAUUAACUCUUCUUCAGUUUAGUGACCUCUUCUUGGAUUUAUUCUGGAUAUUUUUGUCAUGAAAGGAAAGUAAAACUGGCAGUUCUUCUCCGGCUCAGAUUUUUACCUGAGCCAGAUAGGUAUUUGGGGCCUUGUAAAGUUUGCCUUUCCUUUUGAGAGAAACUUCACUGAGUCUCUGAAGUUCACUUCAUUUGGGAUGAUUUUGAUAGCAUCCUCUACACGUGCAAGAAGUGCAAGAAUCACAGCGAAAAGACAUAUGGGAGUUUUCUAGAGGAUGACUCACAAUGUGCUUAGGAGGAGUUAUCUUGCUGAGUGAAAAGCCAUGUUUUACUGUCUUUAUUUUUUAUUAUGUCUUUCGUGUUUUGAUUUAUUGAUAUUAUUAUUAUUAUUAUUAUUAUUAUUAUUAAUUUUGUGCUUUGUAUACUGUAAUUUUCUGUUGUGAACCAUCCUGAGACUUAUGGGUAUAGGGCAGUACAGUGAUACCUCGGGUUACAUACACUUCAGGUUACAUACGCUUCAGGAUACAGACUCCGCUAACCUAGAAAUAGUACCUCGGGUUAAGAACUUUGCUUCAGGAUGAGAACAGAAAUCACGCGGCGGCGGUGUGGCCGCAGCGGAAGGGCCCAUUAGCUAAAGUGGUGCUCCAGGUUAAGAACAGUUUCAGGUUAAGAACGGACCUCCGGAAUGAAUUAAGUACGUAACCAGAGGUACCACUGUAUACAGAUUUAAUUAAUUAAUUAAUAUUAUUACUAAUAUAUUCUUUUCCCUUAUUGAGUGUAAUGCACAUAAGAAGAAUCCUGCUGCUGAGAGCACAUGUCUGUCUUGUAAUAAGACAAAAGCUGCCCAAUCUUAAUUGCAAAAGCAAAAAAUAGAUUUCCUUUCUAAAACUUCUCACCACAACUUCUCACCAUUAGAAUCAGGUUCCAAGCAAACGAGUAUGUAGGCGAGAACUUCACAUGAAGUCUGAUUUUGCCGCAGUAGUUUUCUGAUAAACGGAUGACAUUAUUUCGUGCUAUAUAUAUGUUGCAGGGAGUGAGUACUGAGAAAGGAACAAAUCCUCUGUGGGCAUAUGUGAACUGGUUCCAGUCACGUGAAUAGCUGUGUGCUAAUUUAAGUUGACAGCUGUAUCAAAAUGGAUUAGCGCCACCGCUGCCAAACUCUCAGAGUUUAAACUUUCCACACAUAUUAAACGUGAAGGAGAAUUUUAAAAGCUUGAAAUAAUUUUAUAUAAGCCAUUUAUCUUGUUUUCCUUGAACCCUGGGAGACCCCAAGUCUGCAGAUUGCCACAUUGCUAUUAUUAUUAUUAUUAUUAUUAUUAAUUAUUAUUAAUCCCCCUCCACCAGCAGGUCCCAGGAUGAGUUAUAGCAAUUUAACAUUCAGUAUUCAAAACAGCUAAAACAAAUUACAGUCACAGAAAUAGGAUGAGGGUCCUGAAAGCACACGGCACAAAUGUUCCAGGCCCGGGUAAAGAUGUUUGCCUUCAGUGGGAUGUUAUAUUAUUGUGAUAUUUAGGUUGCGGUUAUAUAUGAACUACUUUGGGAGUAAGUAUCAUGGAAGUCAGUAGAAACUAUCACCUAUAUAGUUUUUUAAAAUUAAUAUUAAAUAAUAUAAGUAUGAUAAGUCCUGCGGAUCCGGGAAGACGUGGGUCUCUGAUUGUGUAUUGUAGAUUAAGAUGUAAGGUUGAUAGAAUAUAACAUUUUGUGUUUGUGUGGGUGUGUUUCUUUUUUCUAUUCCUCUCUCUUUUCCUUUUUAUUAUUUUUCUCUCUUUAGAUAAUAGCUUUGCUUGGUUCCUUUAUGGUAUUGUAUCUUGAAAAUGUUUAAUAAAAUUGAUUCAGAAUAGAAACUGUCUCCAAGGAGACCUACAUUCGAUUUUUCUGUAAAUAUGAGGGACAGUUUUAGAGAGGGAGGAGAAUAAGGUAAUAGGGCAGAUUGAAGAAUGUCUGCCUGGAGUAAAGGGGCAGCAGGAAGCUGCCUUUCAUACAUGUCCCAUCUGAAAGGCCUUAUUUGGAAAACGUAAAAGAGAAAAUUAAUGAAAAAGUUAAUGGUUCCUCUCAUUUGUUUACUUGCAUCUUUGCUGCGUGUGCCGUCCCACACUUAAAUAUUUUGUUUGUUUGUAACAAACAUAAAGAAGCCUUUAACAACUUGGCGCCCACAAGACGUUUCAGAAGACAACUCCCAGCAUCCCUGACUAUUGUGUCUGGGGCUGUUGGGAGUUGUAGUUGAAGGUUGGGGGAAGGCUGAUUUUUCAACAUAGUCAAGAAAAACCUAUCUCAUUCAUAGAACGUCUGGAAAUGUUGGUGCCACAAGGCCCGUUUUGCAUGUUACAUUAUUGUAAAAUAAUUUAGCCGUCCUGAGAUCUCAAAGUAACAUCAUCAUGGCUUUCAGAAACAGCGUGACUAUUUACUUUUCAGGCACCUCAGGAGAUAUAGAUUGAAAUAACUGCCAUGGUGUCCAAAACAUUACUUACGACAGCAUGAAUGAUUUAGAUUUUCCCUCUGGCCAUAUAUACUUGGAUAACACAAUCGAGGACCCAUCCCUAGAAAACUUUAUAAAAGCUGCAGCAGGCAACGUCUUUAUUGGGACCAACCAAAAUGUCACAAACAAUGAGCCCAGGAAGUUCCUGAGUUUGAAAGGCUUCACCAUGCCACCUUGGAGUUCCCUGGCAAGCCUUGUCCUAUUGUAUUUUGUGAUGCCAUUGCAUGUCACAAUGUGGGCAAAAUGUUGGGAACAAGCCUUUUCCAUAUUGAGUCACAUUGGACACAGGAAGGGGAUGGAUAAGAAAUAAUCUUGUACUGCAGUUGUAGCUGCCAGUAGCUGUUCUCAUCACAGUUGAUGGGUGUAUGGCAGAAAUCCCUGUAAAUAAGUAGAUUAGAUGAAUACAUGAAUAGGAAUUUUGGGUUCUGCUGGCCAUGGUAGCCAAAAUGCAGCCUCAGUUUUCCGAGAUAAACAGUCCUUAUCUACCAUAUGUUCAGGAUUAAAAGCAGGGAAUGGGUUCCACCAUUGUGUCCUCAUUUGAGCAUCCAUGAAACAGAUGUGCGGCCGUUGUUGAUGGGCAGACUUCUGUGGUAGAUGAACCAUUAAUUUUAUCCGACAUGGAUUUUGUGCUCUGAGCUUCCUGUUCCUUCAGAAGUGCCCCAACAGUGUGAUUCCCUCCAAGUCAAGAAACGAUUGUGGAGAAUUACAGAAUUGUAGACUGCAUUUUCUGGCUUUAUUCCCAGCAGCCCUUGCUCAGGCCAGAGUAGACAUCUGGCUUAUUCCAAGUGAAUUGAAUCUGAAUGUUGUAUUUUUAAAAUUUUGUUUGUAUUCUUUCUCUGUGUGUAUAUUAUAGAAGGGUGGUGUACAAAUUCGUCAAAUAAACACAAACACAUGUUUUUUUAAAAAAAAUAACUUCUUACGCUGCUUAUUUAUAUUUUGUUUAUUUAUUAGGGUGAUCAAUGCGGGUAAAAGUACACACAAUGAAGACCAGGCCAGUUGUGAAGUACUUUCAGUCAAGAAGAAAGCAGGAGGAACUAAUUCCACACCAAACAAGAACUCCUCUACUAAACGGAGGUCUUCGUUGCCAAAUGGGGAAGGACUGCAGCUGAAAGAGAAUUCAGUAAGUUGCCGCUUCCUUCUUUAAUGUGUCCACAGUGAGAUGGUUGCUUCACUUGCAGAAUCCUUGUGCAAGUAGUCUACGCUGUAAUGUUCUCUCACUAAAACACAUGUGUGUAAGCAUGGCAGCUUUGGAUAGAAUGGGCAAUAGUUCCCAUUCUUUCCAGCUUCUGGUGCUGUCUUUGAUCGCUCAGCUUGUUUUGCACCCCUACGAACAAUUGUGUUGAAAAUGUGGAUUGAUUUAUAAGCUCUGGGUUCAGCCCCUGAAAUGCUUCCAAUUGCUUCAGCUCACGAUGGCCACCAACUUGGCUUUAAAAGAGGAUCAGACAAAUCCAGGGAGGAGAAGACUAUCAGCGGGACUUGCCAUUGCACUCAUUCCUAUCUCUGAAGUCCACAUCAGCCUCUGGUUCACCCCUGUGAGAACAGGAUGUGGGGCUCAGAUAAGCCUUUGGCAGAACUCUUCUUAUGUGCCAACCUGGCAAUCUUGUCCUGUACUUACAGCUGCUCCAGAGCUAUGUUUUGAAACUUAGUAUGAUAAAUAAGGGUUAGGUGAUUACAGCUGGUCAUGGUGGCUGCUGUUUUCUUUGCAGAGGGUGAAGCUCUGCUUAGGAUGCCCAGGUUGUAAGGCUCAUUAGCUGGGAGCAGAAGCUGCUAUUCACCUCCAUGUAGCAUGUAUGGAGCAGUGACAUUCAAAAUUACGUAUGGUAUCCAACUAAGUUAGACCCAUUUAGUUUAAUGGACAUGCUCAUUGAAGUCCAUUGGUUUCAGAGCAUCUACUCUUCAGGGUGAGCAAGUUGGUUACAGCUCUGCAGCUUCUGCUGCUGAUGCAUGACUUGAGGUUCAUCAAAUAACAGGUGCAGCUAGAGACAGACAUCUUCUCCCUUUCCACAAAAGAUGCCAGUUGACCUGGGGCCAACAAGAGGGAGGAGACUCUGAGCUUGUCUCCCCCCCCCAAAAAAAACUUUUGAGAAAUGAAAGUCUCUAGCCCUUGUAGAAUUAAAGCAAAAUGUGUGAAAUGAACCCUGUCCAGCCUUUCAGUGCUUUUAGAAAAUGAGAGUAAAGUCACAGCUGUGAUUGCUGAGUGCUGUAGAGAAAUUCUAGAAUCGCAGGUGUGCCAGGAAAGAUGAAAAAAAUGGCCUUAACCAGGAAGUCCCUUCUCUAAACAACAAGGACUUGCUGAUUCAUUUUGAAGCUGAUCUUUGUUUUUCUUUGGUAAAGAAGUGGCUGUUGCCCAGAAAAAACAACCAAGGAAUUCAAGAUUUUGGUUUAGUUGUGCCCACCCAAAACCACAAGUUAGCUGCAAACACAGGAGUUUGUGUGCUCUUCCUAACUGAUUUAAUUUCAUUCAGAAAUGUGAUUUGCCCCUCUUUUGAGUAUGCAAACAUAAAAAGAAUUACCACGUACGUCCAGCGCAUUUUAGUAUAUCCAUAUAUCAGGGGGACAUUGCAGCGGAGAGAGAGCAUGGGCUAUAUCACCCCUCCAAAAUAGCCCAAUUUUGUUAUACAGUGGCAGGUGGAUUGAGGGUGGGAGGACUGAGAGAGGAGUGUACGACAACCCUGAAGUGUAGUCUGGUGUUGCUAUACUCUAGUCUCUUGGCUCUUUUUUUUUUUAAAGGAAAAUGCAGUAAAAAACAACAACUGGCUUUGCAUGGUUUAGGGGUAGCACUGGUGCAGAGCAGGGCUCUUGUGCCUGAAAGUUCUUUGACAGGCAAAGAUUCAACAGGUUAAGUCAUUUCUAGUAUAGAAAUACAGUUACGGAAAAGUUUUAAUUUGCUGACCUCACUGUCAGACAUCUUAGUAUUUUUGUAUCGCCUCAUUUCUUUUUAGUCCCUUUACCUCACUCGCUAAUGAGAACACAAUUUUGCCUAGAAUAUAAAUCAUAUGCAAAUUUGUGCCCUCUUCUGCUUUAAACCCAGAAAAUCUUGCUCACACACUUGUUUCUAUGCAUUGUGGAUUUUUUGAAGGAAUGUCUUGUCCUCAAAUAAGAUUCAAUAGUCUAACUAAGGUAACUACCUUACAAAUGUUAUCUGUACCUUUGCUGUUGCAUGGUUCAUUUCCCAGUUCUCUGGGUGCCUCAUUUUAAAACAGGUUAAGAAUUUAAUAUAUGUAUAGAUGAUAACAUGCUUUGAAAUACAUAGGCUGAGUUUAUUGAGCUUCAGUGUUUCAGAAGAGAUUAGCUUUAAAAUAUGAUUGCUGCGAAACGCUUGCUGCUAGAGGGCAGUCUUGUUCCAGAAGCUAGCCCAUUUCACUGGGCUGCCUUUUUAAAAGAAUAUGUAGCUGGCCUUCCUUGUGUGCAACAUUAAUGUGUAGUAGCACAGAAGUGAGACAUUUCACUCUGCGUUUCUUGCUGAGAUAUUGUUGCAUCUCUCAAAACUUAUUAAAGCAAAUGGAUAAAACCUGAGGGUUGCAAGCACUUAGGAGAAGUCUCCCAGCGUGACAUCAACUAGCAGACAGCCUCACAAAGAUUUUUUUUGGGGGGAAAUCUAGUAGCUUGGAAAUGUACUGGUUUACUCCUUAAAGCAAUUUUAAGUACUGUGACAUGCUUUUUUCUUAAUUAUGAUACACACACCCCCCCCUCCCUGUAUUGUUUAUUCUCUUCGUUCAGCCAUACUUCAAAUUUUGGAUUUUACUGUUUUUUUGUUGCUGCUAAUAAUCUAAUGUUUAUGCAUAGUUAUCAAAUAUCUGAUUGAUCUUGUUUUGUCUUGGGUUACUCCAAUCUUGUUUCAUAAAAUGAGGCUUGUGUUUUUAUUUUUGGUCAUAACCUGCUUUGAGGGCCUUGGGUGGAAAUGCAGCGUAUGAAUCUAAUUGUAAAUGUAAAAUAAAAUUGUGCAAUGAAUUCUCACAGGCCAGGGGAUACUUGGUCAGAUGCACGCAGUGAGUGUUUAUCCAUAUAUAUUGAAUUAUGCUCAGAAAAUCGAACCCUGCAUUCAGGGUGUGAGUCUUGUUGAAUCUGCAUGCACUGGUAGUGAGUCUGGUUGACCUCAUUGGGGUUUAGUUCUGAGUAGACCUGCCAGUUAGCAGGGAUGUGGGUGGCGCUGUGGUCUAAACCACUGAGUCUCUUGGACUUGCCGAUCAGAAGGUUGGCGGUUUGAAUCCGCACAACGGGGUGAGCUCCUGUCACUCUGUCCCAGCUCCUGCCAGCCUAGCAGUUCGAAAGCACACCAGUGCAAGUAGAUAAAUAGAUACCACUGUGGUGGGAAGGUAAAACGACAUUUCCGUGCGCUCUGUCUUCCGUCACGGUGUUCCGUUGCGCCAGUAACGGUUUAGUCAUGCUUGCCACAUGACCCGGAAAGCUGUCAGUGAACAAACGCUGGCUCCCUCGGUCUGAAAGUGAGUUGAGCGCUGCAACCCCGUAGUCGCCUUUGACUGGACUUAACCGGCCAGGGGUCCUUUACCUUUAGCUUACCUAUAAAAUACUUUUAUAAAUAAAAUAACACAAAUGUGUCACUUAAUUAUUUUUUAAAAACUACCUGGUAGCAGAUUUACAGGUUUUCCAGCGGCAGAACCACAGUAAAACUGGUUAGUAUUGCUGGGUGUCCUGUCUCGGGGUGACAGCCAUCCUUCGAAUUGGGAAUUGACAUUGGGAAAUGCAUUUGUUCAUGACUGGAGCCACUCUUAAAACCCCAUUCUUUUAUGUUGUUGUUUUGUUUUAAUAAUACUUAUGCAGGAAUCGGACGGCGUAUCUUUCCACUACUGGUCGUUAUUUGAUGGGCACGCUGGAUCUGGGGCAGCUGUUGUAGCAUCAAAGCUGCUUCAGCAUCACAUUGCAGAGCAGUUGCAGGAGAUUGUGGACAUCCUGAAGAACUCGGCCGUCCCUCCCCCGACCUGCCUGGGGGAGGAGCCAGAAAGCAUGGCUGCUAACACCCGAACUCUAACCAGAGCAGCCUCCUUACGGGGGAGUGUUGGCGCCCCGGGAUCACCCGGCACUCCUCCGACUCGCUUCUUUACGGAGAAGAAGAUAUCUCACGAGUGCCUCAUUAUGGGGGCUAUUGAGACAGCUUUCAGGGAAAUGGUAGGUGUCUCUUCUGCUUAGUAGUCUAAUGGUAGGAUCCUUCUCUGUUGUUUUGGGUACAGCUGGGGCGGGGAGGGGGAAUUGACAUGCCGACGUCAGCACAUUUAAUAAGUUUGUCUGCUAAAGAUAAAUAAAUGCCAGUCUUCUUAAUGGUAUUAUUGGGCUUUUACUGGCAAAAGGAACCUCCACUAGAAACCUGCGUAACGGUCCUAAUAUGAGUAAUUGUGGGCACACAGUUUGUGCCUUAAGUGUCACCAGUGAGAGCUUCCAAGUUGCAGUCUAAAAGAGGGCACAGAACACUGGUUUAGGGUUAGGCGACCGUCAUGAUCCAUGUGGCAACUAUUGCAGUGGUGCACCCAAGAAUCUGUGGCCUGGCUCAGUUAACCUAGACCUGUUUUUCUUUGCUGGGCCUACAGUAGAUUUCACCAGAAGAGCCCUAAGUUGAUGACAGAAUAUAACCAGAGUUUAUAGCCAGUAUCUGAUCCAUUGCAUCAUCUUCCCCAGUGUGAAUGUAAUGCUGACUUCAUCAAAUCAUGUUUUGUACUCCAAAACUAGUUUUGUGAACUACUGUUCCUGUGCCUCAUUUCUACUUUAUAGACCACUUCCCCCCCUUCCUAUGUUAACCAUGUUACAUUGUGUACCAUUGCAAACCACGGUUCCUCCAUAAACCAUGGUUUGGAGUAAAUUUGCAAGCCUGUUCCCUCUUUCCCUCUUGCUCUCUCCCUCUCUCUGCCCCUGUUUUGUCUUGGAAUGUAUUUAUGUGAGAAGCUAGAAAUUUUAUUUUACACAUGGAAGCUAUGACAAAAUGUUGCCAUGUUCCCAUCAGUCAACCAUUCUCCUUUCUAGGACACUCCAUUCUGUGCCAUCUGAUUUGUUCUUUCUCCCUCCUCUGGCCCUAACAAUCAGUUGGCAUUCUGUAGCCACUGAGGAUUCUCAGUCCUCAUAAGACUGUUUUUGGGUGUCUUUCCAAUAGGGUGUUUUUUAUUUCAUUUUUAAAUUUUUAUUUCUGAAAACCUUCAGGUUCCCCCAAACCUGCUGUUAAAUUCACAGUCACCCCUGAACUUUGGAAAUAUAGGGAAUGAAUUGAGUUCUGAUUAAAUGUGUUAACAUUAAUUUAGGAAGAAUUAUGGAGACUAAUCAGAUUCUGAGAUUGCAUUUGCAAGUCAUAUUGAUCAUGUGUUAUGGUGGAGAAAAAAAACGGCCUUUUCUUUGUACGUACAGACUUUGCAGAAUUUUUCCUCCUUUGUGUCCACUGGCUGCUAAUAAUUAAAUUGUUCUCAGUAACUAAAUCAUUAAAUUGUUUGAUAAUUACUGUUCUGAUCAUCUCCAUAGGUUACAUCUUUUGUGGUUUUCUCUUCUUUGAUACUGCUUCAGAGGCCUUAGAGAGACCCUGUUGUUUAAAAAUAAUUGGGGUUGAAAAAUAAUUGAGGGCAGAAGCAUGAAUUAGCGAGAUAAAAUUAAAAGUUGUUUAAAACAUUCAUAUUGAUUGACAAUUAAGCAUGAAAACCAGAAUAUUAACUGAACUAUGUAAAAAAAAAAAAUAAAAAUCCUGAUUUCACCAGAUGAAUAUAAAAAAUAAGUUACCCCUUGGUAAAAAUGCUAGUUUUACAUUUUAGGUUUUCUUGCAUUCACACCUACUGGAAUUUGCAAAGCAGGUGCAAAAUCUUGAGGAUCUGAUGCCCUUUUUAAAAUGGGCAGUUUUUAGUCCAUACAGUUGGAUGUGUUUGAGAAAUCCACAGGUUUGAUCCAGAGGUGGCUUCCUUGAGUAGUUUGGCAUUCGUUUCACGGACUAUUGACCUGUACACCACUACUUUAUUCUUCCCCUGCUACCAAUUUUGUGGGGGGAAACCCAGGGCUCCCCAGUGAAGUACUGUGUCUCAAUCAGGUAGAGUUAACAAUGAAGAUUGAAGUUUAUUUCAAACACAAACAAGUUUUAAAAUAUAUUCGAAACGUUGCCACUCUAUUCCCUCUCAGUCUUGGCUCGGUCUCUAACUCACUCUGACUCCUCUAUCUCCCCCCCCCCCCCCAAGAACCAACCGAACUAACUGUCAAAACCUCUGGGCUCAGCCUCAAAAUCAGGUAGGCUCCGCCCCUGUGCUUUCUUAUUGGUCAGCCUAUUAAUAGCCUAUUAACCUAUUAAUUGAUGCUUUUGAAUUAUGGUGCUGGAGGAGACUCUUGAGAGUCCCAUGGACUGCAAGAAGAUCAAACGCAUCCAUUCUUAAGGAAAUUAGCCCUGAGUGCUCACUGGAAGGACAGAUCGUGAAGCUGAGGCUCCAAUACUUUGGCCACCUCAUGAGAAGAGAAGACUCCCUGGAAAAGACCCUGAUGUUGGGAAAGAUUGAGGGCACAAGGAGAAGGGGACGACAGAGGACGAGAUGGUUGGACAGUGUUCUCGAAGCUACAAACAUGAGUCUGACCAAACUGCGGGAGGCAGUGGAAGACAGAAGUGCCUGGCGUGCUCUGGUCCAUGGGGUCACGAAGAGUCGGACACGACUAAACAACUAAACAACAACAACUAUUAACCCUUUCUCUCCCCCAAUACAAACAUAUCCCCAAAGAAUAGGCAAACGCCACAAGUAGAAAGGGACUUCCCCAUCCAUGCAAGUUGGCCCCAUGAUUGACAUUGCCUUCUUUUGCACACAUUGAUAUCUUCUGUCACUCUCCUUGCACUCCAUGCUCAGAACUGGCAUCUUGGAGGUCCCCAAGGGCUGCAGUUGAAGAUGAGGGAUGUGGGAAAGCUUGUCUUACGAGCAGAGUUCUACCUGUGUUUCUUUGGGUCCACCCUGCCCUGACCCAACUAAGGCGAUUCUCUUGGGAAAGCCAGGCUCACACGUGUGUGAAUUGGGCUGGCGCGCAUCUCUUCCUUGCCGGAUUGUUGCCCGUAGUUCCAAUCUCAGUCUGAAGCAUUUGGUCUCAUCUCUUUCCAUUGGAUGUGCGGUCCUGUGUGUAUUUGGAUAUGUUCUCUCAUCCAUUGUUUUUUAGGCAGUUUGUCUUACAGUCACAUUUUGUUUAUGCACAGAUAGAGCAGGAUUAGGGCCAGUAAAUGUAAAAAAGCUCCAUUAUUUAGGGAGCUUCCUGAUGACCCACCACUCUGCCCCUGCGGCACUAAUCUCCUACCUCCCGUCCAUUACACGGCCCUUCAAAGGAUAAACAAAACUUCACUUGGUCUCCUGAGUUCAGAAUAAAGCAUGCAGGAUUUAUAGGAACACAGGAAGCUGCCUUUAUAUGCUGAGUUGGGCCAUUGCCCAUCUAGCUAAGUAUUGUCUACCCAGACAGGCAGCAGCUCCCCAGGGCUCUCACUCCCAGCCUUCUUGGGUGUGUGUGUGGGGGGGUUUGAACCCGGGACCUUCUGCAUCCAGAGCAAAUGAUCUUCUACUGAGCUAUGGUCCUUGCUUCGCAAAUGGAUGCUGUGUGCUGAUUUUAAUCAGAUUUGGAUGUAGGAAGCUGCCUCUUUCUGAAUAAGCAUUGCCUACACCGACUGGAAGCAGCUCUCUAGGGUUUCAGACAGGGGUCUUUCGUGGUCCUACUUUGUAGGAGAUGUCAAGGAUUGGAACUGUCACCUCUUAGCAUGCGACUGCACUGCCACGCUGAAUUUCUUGAUUUAUUUUGCGUAUCAAUAUGCAGGGGAUUUGAUCUUCACUAGAACCAUCUCUUUAUAGAAGUGCAGCAAAUCCUGUUUACAUCUUAUUUUAACAUUGGUGAGUUUUGAAGCGAUUAGAUGUAAAAGCACAUACAACUAGAAAAAUAAUAAUUAUACCCAGUUUGCGUAUUGCCAUUUAUCAGAGUUAACAACCUUUGAUGACUUUAAGCAUGCACAGGAACAAAACCGCAUGCAGCAGUAUUUCCUUGCGGGUCAUGUUCAAAUGUGUGUGCUUUUAUUUAUUUUUAAAAGUGUUAAAAUAAAUUCGGCUAAUAAUAAUAAACCAUUUGACUCACCUCCAGAAUGCUUCUCCACUCUGAAUUUAACAAAACGUACAAUAAAAAUAUUAAAGCGGUGGGGAGAUAAACUUGGUGCCUUUGUGAUACGAACAACUCCACUAGCUUAUGAGGGCUUUGUGCUUUUAUACCUCUGUGUUCAUCAAACACUAUGAAUACUGAAUAAAUAGGUUGUCUGGAGGAGCCUGAAGUGCAGUUCACACCUGAGCCAGUAGGUGGCCUCAUUGGGCAGUUUACAUCUUGCUUCAGCUUGUGCCUGUCACAAAACCAUCACAGAAAUUCGUAGAGCAAAUGGGAUUGAGCCCUCAGUGCUGAACUGCACAGAAUCUUAUUUGUGACAGAUGCUAUUAGCAUCACAAUCCAUAUACCCUGCUUCAGCCCACUUGGGGACUGCUUGCUUCCAAGUCCUGCCGAGCAGUCCUCUUAACUUUCGCACGUGCAAAAUAACUUUCCUAUUGCUGUACUUAACCUGGUGCCUACUGGAUCUGAAAGCACGAUUGUGGGGCUUGGUUGUCAAUACGAAUUGUGUGUCUUAUCGCUAGUUGUCAUGGCUACUGUUUGUUACGGUGCGUUGCCCUCAAUACAUUUAUUUUCCGUAAGGGGAGUGGGGAUGCCCUUCUGGGGCAAGACAUGACCUGAAAGGAGAAUAUGUAGCUAAGGGCCAGGGGACAAACCACUAACCAGUCUUUCCUCCUGUGAGAAGACUAGUCUUAUAAUUAAUAACGUUAAAUGGCAGGUGACUAAUGGCAAUUGCUAAACAAAUUGGCUGUUUUUAAUAUGUGGAAAGCAAAGCUGUUGGUUUGUUUGUGCGCAUUUUGAUCCAGUCUUGUGAAUGCUCCAGGGAUGUAGUCCACAUUAUAAUGACAAACGGCCGACUUCAGGCCCUCCCCCCCAGGGUAUGGAAAAACGAAAUGAAUAGAUUCUACUGUAUUUUGGGGGGGCUUGCAAAAAGGACUGCAAGUGCGAUCUUCUUUGUGAUGAAAUGUGUUUGUCUCCCGUUUGGCAAUGUGCUAUGUGUACACAACUCGGCUCUUUUGGCAGCCGUUCAGUAUUGAUACUCCUGCUAAUGUUAUGCAUUCUGUUCCCUCAGCUAUCUUAACAAGAUUUUUGUAAAAAAAAGAGAAGAAAAUAAACAAAAAGGCUGGAUAUGCACAUUUGGCACAUGUACAGUAUUUUUCCAUGUAUAACAUGCCCCCGUGUAUAAGACACCCCCUAUUUUUGGGGACUCAAAAUUAAGAAAAUACACUCAGCACUACCCGUGUAUAAGACGACCCCAAUUUUUAAACAUUCUUUUCAUGUAAAAAAACCCUAGUCUCAUACACGGAAAAGUACGGUACGUUAUACAAGUUCGUUAAUGGGCAACAUAGGUUCGCAACCUGGUGCCCUUCAGACACGGACUGUAAUUCCUGUUAUCUCUCACUGUUGGUCAUUCUGACAGGAGACGAUGGAUAUUAUAAUUUACGUCGCCUUGAGAACACUAUGUUGGAUGCUCCUGCUCGGAAAUAGCUCAGAGCUGGUAUUGACUUUUUAGCAAAAUGAGAGGAUAAAAUUCAGAAGUGAUUCCCUGCACGUGGCAGAUACUAUUUUAAAGUUCCCCCUCACAGUUAAAAAAAUACCAAGCAACUCCCUUCAGCCGUGGGGGUGGGAGUGGGGAAUCAAGUAUAAAAGGGACAAAGUUUUUAAACUCCUUCUGAAGUUUGGCUAGUCUGCUUUCCAGGAGGUUUUUUUUUGCAUAAGUAACAUUUUAAAAAGUGAACCUCCGCCUGCAGCCUAAAAUGGUACAUUCCAUUUUGCCACUUCAUUCCCAAGCCUUUCUGCAGUGUGCGUAAUGGUUGAAAAUGUUUAAACACAUCUCUGGUCAUGAAAGCUUAAGUUAUGCUUUCCAGUUGUAGUAUGUGUGACCAUUUGUUGGUCAGCAUUUGACCAAUUGAGUUUGAAAUUUUGUGUUUCAGGUUUUUUUUUUUAAACAGAGUGUGUGUGUGUGUGUGUGUGUGUGUGUGUGUUCGGAGCUGCCCAGAGGGCUCCUCCUGUUAUGGUGGAGCUAUCUAUAUAAACGGAGUGAAUAAGAUAAUAACAGUAAAUCGUUGCCCUUGUGGUGAGGUGUGCCUUUCAUAAGUCCACCCAUUGUGCAGUUAAAUUUUUAUUUCAUACUUCAUGGGGAAUUAUCGUUGUUUCUAAACUCAGGGUAGGAAUGACUGGCUUUAGGGGCCAAAUUAGAUAGAAGGUGAAUUUUAACUCUGUUGAAAUACAGUUUUUAUUAUAUAAACAGCAAGGUACUGUGGAUAAUUUGUCUGAAAUGUAAAGAACAGCUGCUGAGAGACUCUUGGUUGGCAACAUGGCAGGGCGAGAGGGUGCUCAGCCUCCCAACCAAUGCCUUUUGUUAUGUAAGUAUUAAUUGCAUUGCCUCCAGGCUGCCUCUUAAUUGUGGAAGACCACAGAGUACUUCAUGCUCUAAAGACUGUGGUUUGUAUGUUGUGCAGAAAUCUGAAUAUUCUAGUGACUUUCUUGAUGCAGUUGCUGGCUUGAAUGUGGGGAUGAUGGGAACUGUAGUCCAAAAACAGCCAGAGGCCCAAGUUUAGGAAACCCUGUUCUAGAGUGUGAGAACGUGACUUGGCUUGAAUGUGUGUGUUUCUUUCUCUUUCCUUUAUUAUACCUUCCUAUGUAUAAGGCUGCAAUCCUAAACUCACUUCCCCGGGUGUAAGCCCCAUUGAAUUUAUAGGACUUACUCUUGAGUUGACAUGAUUAGGCUUGCAGCUUUGCCAAGUUUCUAAAUGGUUCUUCUUGCUAUUGGUUUUCCUGCUAUGGUUUCUUACUUGCCUAAAACAAGUGUGUGUGGUUAUACACAUGGCUCCAGAAUGAGGUAGUAGAAUGGGCCAUAACACUUCCGUCUACAGGAAGAGGGAAUUGCAUUCUUAGAUGUUUCCCAGUGUAGAAGUUGUGACAACAGAGCUGGGCUGUGUCCAUGAGGCAAACUGAGGCAGCCGCCUGGUGAAAUCUAAGGGUUGCCUCUUUGUGUGACCCCUCCUUGCUGCCGUUGGAGGAGAAGUGAGGAGAAGCAGCUGCUUUCAGUGAGAUCUCACAGGGUUCUUUCAAGAUCUUGCCAGAACCCAGAAGCCCUGUGACCCCAAUAAGUGAGACUUCAACAGGGGCAGCGGGGGUAGGCAGAUGGCACAUGUGGGCGGCCACCUUCCCAUUUUGCCUCAGGUGGCAAAACUGGACGGGCAGUCUCUAAUAAUAGUAGUAGUAGUAAUAAUAAUAAUAAAAAUAAUAAUAAAUCAUCCUCACUAGCGGAAAUCUAUUACAUCAAGGAGUGGGUUGGGAACUAGGGUACUGAUCUGCUAUCUUUUUCCUUGCAAGGAAUUAUUUUUAACAUGCCAUUGAAAAAUGACAUCCCUGACCUGCACUCUGAAUUAAUGCAGCCCACUCCCCUGCUUCCAUUCUGCUACACAUGCAGACUGGGCUUUCCUUUUGUUCUGUCCAUGAGGUAAUUGCUGCUUAGCUCUGUAUCUUUCUUAUACUCCUCCGCCUUUUCCCUGUCAGCUUCUCACUGCCUUCCUCAGUCUCUGGUCUCCUCUGCUAUGUAUCAAACAUUUGUCAUAACUUCUUUGAUUUUUCUGAAGCGCCUGAAAUAGAAAACCCAGCAUUGUCUGCUUUUCAGUAUAACUAUGCUUCAGACGGCGUUACCGCUCACUGGGAAAAGAAAGACAGUAUGUGGUUCUAUGUGUUAAAUUCUGACAGGUUCUCUCUUUUAUUCCUCAGGACUUGCAGAUAGAGCGAGAAAGGGCUGUGUACAAUAUAUCUGGCGGCUGUACGGCCCUCAUUGUGGUGUGUUUGCUAGGAAAGCUCUAUGUGGCAAACGCUGGCGAUAGCAGGUAGGCACAAUUCUUCACGUUUCUUGGUAAGUUAAGAACAUAUAAGAAAAGAACGACAGGCCUAUCUAGCCUGGCAUCCUGUUCUCACAGUGGUCAACCAGAUACCUAUGGGAACACAGCAAGCAGCUCCUGAGCAGAACUGACCUCUUCUCUCAGUAAGCAGCAGCUACCAACCUGCUGGAAGCUAGCAUUAUGACUCAGUCCUGUCUGGUGAAUGUUAAAAUAUCUAACCCAUCAUCUGUCAAGUGCAUUGGUGUCCAAACUAUCAAAGUGCAUUGGUGUCAGGAGUCCUGGAAUACAUCAAAUCUAGAUGAGAUUUUUCCUGCUGCAAGGAUGGAGGACAGGGAAGUUUUUCUCAAAUGGAAAGCAAGUGUCCUGUUGUACAAUCCAGGAUACAUUCCAAAAAAUGAGGUGGCUUCUUUGGAACCUCAUGAAGAGCUAAUAUGACCCUUUUUUAUUCACACAUUAGAUGGUCUUAGCUCAUUCUUGGCUUUUGACAUAUAAAGGCAACUGGUUUAUACGGUCACAAUCUAUACCUGAAUCUUAUCCAAAGUGUCUUACUGUGUGUUCUUGGCAAACGUCUCCUUUCCUGAGAUGGGUGGAGGAGAGUACUUUCCAGUGUGUUCUUUUUCAAAGGGGUUGAUAUCAAGGUCAAAGCAUUGAUUUUCUGUCAUUCAGAAAUUGCAUAAAGAAAUGCAGGCACCAAUCUCAGCAAUGUUCUCUCAGCCUUUCUUCCCCUACUGCAGCAUUGCUGUUUACUGUUCUGUUAAUGUUUCAGCAGUGCCUUACAGUGCUAGGUACAAUGCACUGUACAGUGGUACCUCUGGUUAAGAACUUAAUUCGUUUUGGAGGUCCGUUCUUAACCUGAAAGUGUUCUUAACCUGAGGUACCACUUUAGUUAAUGGGGCCUCCUGCUGCCGCUGCACUAUUUCUGUUCUCAUCCUGAGGUAGAGCUCUUAACCCAAGGUACUACUUCCAGGUUAGCGGAGUCUGUAACCUGAAGCAUCUGUAACCUGAGGUACCACUGUAAUGCAUGUGCAUUAUAAGCUCUAGACUAAACUAUUGCUGUUAUAGUAAAGAAUUUACAGCUCUGCUGUAAUAGCCAGAAAUUUGUCGUUUUGGAUCAAUACACAAUUCAGCCCCUCUCGCCUUUUUCUAAUUAGCCACUUGUCCUUUGAAUAUUUUACUUGUCUGCCUCCUUGCACCAUUAUUUCCUCUUGCCGCAGCCUUGCAUAUUGGCCCAGUAUGUGGAUCUUUUCCUUCAAUAGGCAGAAUGUUUUUUGAGAAUUCUGUGAUGUCACAGCAGCUCACACGGUGAUUGGAGAGGGGGCUUUCAGAUCCACAGAACAAUGGAGCAGGAUCAUGGAGGAAUGCAACUCUAGUACUUUUCACACAGCAGGAGCUAUGAUACGGUAUCACUGCUUUUGCUUGGGCACCCUGUGUAACUUCCAAAACAAGGAUGCUUGCUUGGUGAGUGGAUGUGUUUUAUGUGCCAGGGAAGAUAACCAGUUUCAGGUGGCAUCCGGGAAUUCAGAUGACACACAGCAAACACUGUCACUUCUUUACCUCCCACCAUUGCAAUGUAUUCUAGGAGAAUUCUGUUUGCAGAGUAAGCAUAAAGGAUCCCUUCACACCCCUAGACAACUGGGUAGCUGAUUUGCAAGCUGCUCAUGCUUGAAUUCAGAACAAAUUGAUUUUCAGCAUUGCUUACAUUUGCUUGACAGGUAUGUCCUAGCCCAGCAAACUGUUUGCUGGCUUGCAUACUCAUUUGCUUAUCUGGGCUUGUCUCUGUCCACUGCAUCUUUUGAGGUAUUGAAAGUGGGGGGGAAAUAAAAAUAACUGGAGGCUACUAUGAUUAGACACUAGCUUCAUUCCAUCCCUCCUACCAAUUCUGCCCCUGCUUUGCACCUGCCAACACUAAACUGUCCACUCUUCUGGUUUAGCACUCCAGUGAAGAAACAAAAGAAUAAUAAUCUCCCAUGAAGGUUUUUUUUCCCUAACAAACACAUGAAACAAAAAAGUUGUCCUUACUUAUGACUGGUUCAUACAAAUAAACUCUGUUUAUUUUAAUAUAUGGUUAUGCUAUUGGACAUGUAAAUAAGCAGAGAAGCGCUCUCUCUCUCUCUCUCUCUGUGUGUGUGUGUGUGUGUAGAGGAAUUGGCCCCAUCUAUGGGGACUCCUAUAUCCAUAUUUCAUGUGUGCACCUGCUCUUUCUCCAAGUUACCACAAUUUAAGGAGAUGCCUUCCAUCAUUCCCCUAUGUGGUCAUUUGGGUUCAUGUGAGAUCUUCUCCAUGCAGCUGUGUGGUGCCGCCACACCUGGGGGCUGCCUGCUUGGACUUGACCCAUGAGAGGGCCUUUUCAUGGAAGGUUGUGGAAUGCCCUCUCUGGCGAUGUGUAUCUGUCUCUCUUCUUAUUGGUGAGGGAAUUAAAAAAUGGCUGAAAGUGCUGGUUGAAAGAAUGUCUGUCUGUCUAUCUAUCUAUCUAUCUAUCUAUCUAUCUAUCUAUCUAUCUACUAUUAUAGAUGUGUUUGCCAUCCUGGCGUCCUUGAGAAUUAAGGAUAGGCUAUAAAUAGAAUUAAUAAUAAUAAUAAUAAUAAUAAUGUAAUCCAAGUGGAGAAAAUAAACACAGAUUCUUUGUUUGAACGGCGCCUCAGCCUCCAUACUACUACAUAUCACAAGUAAGUAAGCCAGUGGUUUUUAAACCAUUACUAGAAAAUAGCAAUGUAAUUGUUUGUUUGUUUAAGGCAGUGGUUUUCAACCAGUGUGCCAUGGCGGGCAGCACUGGCCUCGGUCCCUCUUUCCUUCCCUCCCUCCUCGGAUGUCCUCUUGCGUCUCUGCCUCCCCAAGGCUUGCACAGCUGUUUAUUGCAGCAGCCCUGGCUAUAAGCGCCGCAGGCGAAGGGUGGCUCUGGGAGGCACCUCUCUUUGGGGGCAGGGGGCAGCUCAGAGACCAGGGGUGGCAGCAGCUUCUGCCCAGACGACUCCCAAGGAAUAGGGGAGAGAAGGCUGAGGGAACACUCCACAAUGGAGGGUGUUUGAAAAAAGGUGAGAGGCUGGUGGCUCUGCAGGCAAGUAGUGACAUAACUGGGUUCCUGAGCCCCGCACAGGUGCCGCAGAAAGAAUGUAGUUGGUUAAAGGAGCUGUGGGCUCAAAAAGGUUGAAAACCUCUGAUUUAAGAGAUUUUAUAAACAUCUAAGUAAAAUGAUUAUCGCCAAUAUACAGAUAAAACCAGCAGACUUUUAAAUAGCAAAAUUAUAUGCCUGGAUACGCUUGCUAAAAUAAAAUAAAAGUUUUUAGCUUAUUUUCAGCUACUCCUUUAUGUUCUGUAAACAAUCAGUGGAUGUAGUCCAGGCAUGAUUCUGUGUGCAUGUUUAGCUGCCAUUGUAAGCAAAUGGCUGGGGGAGAGGGAAUUUUUCUUUUAGCCUUCAGUUUCCUCCGACUGCUUUGGUUGCUUUCUGACCCAUAUAAUCAAAUUCUACUUAUAUCGACAUAAUGUAGUCCCCUUGCCUUAUUCUGUCCAUCUGCUCAGUCGCCCUCUUCUUCUUCUUCUUCUUUUGCAAUUGACACAUAUUGGAUUCCUCUUCAGAGAUGCCAGAUGCUUCUGGCUCACCUGCAUGUUCAACUGCCUGUUGACAAAAUGAGCACAACCUCCCCGUGGCUCGGAAUUCAUAACACACUGUCAAACAGAGUUUUCCAAAUGGUUUCUCUUUGUCACUUCUUGCCAGAUUUUAGUAUACCUUAUAAAAAUGUGCAGUUCAGUCUUCUGUUUCAGAUCGUUUCUGGCUUAAAAGGUGUGCAUUAGAAUCAGGGCACGCUGUGAAUACUCUUUUAGCAGGGGGAGGAAAAUUUCCUGUUGUUUUGAUCAUAGGAAUACCAAUAGGCCUAACUUUUGUCUUCCUUAAAUUCAUCAGUUCCCCUCAGAAGUCUUUUUUCUUUUUAAAGUUGUGAAUCAUAGCAAAAACAAAAAAAAAAGUGAUGGGGGGGAACCAUGGUUAGCACCGGUGUUAUAUUAGAGAUGUGAGGAUCCCAUUAAAGCUCAAAUACUAAAUGGAUCCGCGAUUAUGAGCCAAAUUUGUGAGCAUCCCCACUGCAAAGAAGAUUUAAGUUUCAAAAAGUAUACAGUUUGUUCCAGGAUUUGAAAUAUGUGAGGGUGGUUUAACUAAGAGGUAAGGUUGACAAAAAAAUGAAAGGGAAAGUGCACAUUUCUGAGACUGGCCCCUGAUUUGCAAAGAGCUCUGGACCACAUCCAAGUCAGCAAUUUGAACAUGGGUGGGGCAGUCAUAAGGUUUGAAAUACUGGAAUUUAUUUGGAAUUUAUUACUUGUUUCCUGGUUUCUCAUCCAUUAACAUGUUAUUGCCAUCAUAUCCCUAUGAUUGUCUCCACAAGCACAAAGUGGUAUAAAAGCUCUUUUAAAAACAGCAACUGGAACUCAGGGCUGUCGUUACCUGGGGGUGCAAGCGGUGUGGGGCAGCUGGGCACCGAAUUCUGGGGGGCGCCAGGUGCCCGCCGCUGAAGCCACUUAAGCUCUUAACCUGUUAUGAAAUAAUAAAUAAUUUUGAUCAAGCGAGAAAAACAAAAUACAUAUUGUAAUGAGUAUGAGUUACUCGUGCGUAAACUGGUGCCUCUCUAGGCUAAUUUGCCUUGUUAAACCUUUCUGACUGCACAGCCCUUUCUCAUCAUGACUGUCUCAGUCACUAGCAGAAUCCGUCAGUGGGCGUUUCUUGAAUCUCUUCCAACAUAAGAGUUGUUUGACACCCAAUCUCCUCCGCCUCUCACUGCGCGGGAGCCUUCUGCGCAGGGUGGGCGUGGGUAGCGGGGGACCUGUCCCCUCCUCACUGAGUUCCAGUGAAGAGUCCGUGAGCCCUCUCUCCGAUUUUCCCAUCUGCUCACUUUUGUUCCUGGUGUUGCGCUUAAAUGCUUCCCCUCCACUGAGUCGCCUCUCCCCUGCUGCUGGGUCCUUCUCCAGCAUCAUCCAGGAGCCUCCCCUUCGCCUCCCGCUCUGAUGUCAGUUCCCUGACAUCCACCUCCCCCCUAGAAUCCCCUCCACCCCUGGGCCGACCUGUGGGACCAACUUCGUCCCCUUCGUCGGCCGAGGAGGCGGGGAAACCUCGGAAGGAACUGUCACCAUCUUCUGUGGGUUCGAAACCCGCUUCCCAAUCGCUCUUCCACCUACCAACGGGGUGGUCUUCCCCGUCUGAUGCUUCUUCCUCCGAAACCUCUCCUCCCUCCUCGGAGUCAGAAAAUCCCUCAAAAACCUCUUCCUCAUCUGUGGUUCCAAAUUGCUCCUCCCAGAAUCUCUCCAGGGGUUUGGGUUUGUCCGGGAACCGGCGGUGGAAUACCUCCACCAGAUACCUGUCCUCGACGGCUUCCGUGGGGACCCACGUGUUUUCGGACCUGGGUUCCCCUUCCCACGCUACCAAAUACUCCACCCGGCGCCCUUGCCACCUUGAGUCCAGUAUUUCCGUGGCCCUGUGGUGGUGUUCCCUUUCUUCUGCCUGCGGGUGUGUGGUGACUUUUCCCUCUUGCCCCUGGAAUUCCCGCCCUUCCCUAUGCGGUGAAAGCAGGGACCUAUGGAAAACCGGGUGUAUUUUCAUGCUAUCAGGCAACCUGAGCUUAAAUGCCACGGGAUUAACUUGCUGUGUUACCUCAAAAGGUCCCAGCCGUCUGGGCUGCAACUUCUUGCACCCCCCUUUGAAAGGUAGCCCUUGGGUGGACAACCACACCCGGUCCCCCAUCCGUAUGGUCCCCUUCCCUGCGGUGCUUGUCUGCCUGCCUCUUGUAAGUUUCCUUGGCCCGCUCCAAGUUCAUCUUAAGUUGCUGGUGUAGGGCCUCCAUUUCUUCCACAAACUGCUCUGCGGCGGGUACGCUCCAGCUUUCCUCCCCACUCCCGGGAAGGCCCUGGGAUGACACCCAUGGUUGGCCAUGAAUGGGCUCAUUCCCGUGGACACGUGUUCCGCGUUGUUGUACGCGAAUUCAGCCAGCGCUAGUUUUUCUACCCAAUCGUUCUGCCUCUCGCUGACAUAGCAGCGUAGGUAUUGCUGGAGUAUACUGUUCGCUCUUUCUGCUUGCCCGUUGGUCUCUGGGUGUCUCGCCGUCGAGAAACCCACCUCCACCUGCAGUAAGCUCAUGAGUUUCCUCCAGAACCGGGAAGUAAAUUGUUUUCCGCGGUCGGAGAUAACCCUCAAGGGGCGCCAUGCAGCCGGAAUAUGUGCUCCACAAACAACCGGGCUGUUUCCUCUGCCGUUACAGCAUGUGAGCAAGCUAUAAAAUGGCACAUUUUUGUCAGUAGGUCGACCACUACCAUGACUGCUGUCUUUCCCCGGGACUUGGGCAAAUCUGUCAUAAAAUCAAUGGAUACCACCUCCCAGGGUUUCCCGGCGUGGGUAAGGGUUCCAGCAAUCCUGUGGGGCAGCCCGCUCCCCUUUGCCCUUUGGCAGCGGUCGCACCCCGUACAUAUUCCGUACAUCCUCCCUCACCCUGGGCCACCAGAACUGCCUGGUCACAAGCAUCAUGGUUUUGUGCUGUCCAAAGUGCCCUGCUGUGGGGUUGUCGUGGAGUUGUUUGAGUACCUUUCCCCUCAGGGUCUCCCCCGGUACGUACAGCGCUCCCUUAUAGUACAGUACCCCUUCCUUCUCCUCAAACCCUUCUUGGGUCCCUCUUCCGUCUCGUAGUUCCUGGAUUUUAGUUUGCGCGAACACGUCGUUUCUGGUCAGCCCGGCUAGUUCUCGUUUCCCCACCAAAGUUCCCCCACACCCAUCGGUCCUCGGGGAUCACGUGUCGUUUCUCCGGCGGCCCCUCUCCUUCCAGGUACUCCGGUUUACGCGAGAGAGCGUCUGCUCUUACGUUUUCUUCUCCGGGCACGUAGCGGAUUUCAAAGAAAAACUUGGAGAACUCCUGUGCCCAUCGAAUCUGUCUCUGGUUGAGUACUCGUGCGGUUCUCCAGUACUCCAAGUUCUUGUGAUCUGUGCAAACCUGGAUCUGUUGUUGCGCCCCAUCAGUAGAUGACGCCAACGACGAAAGGCCGCGUAGAUUGCCAGCAGUUCGCGGUCAUACACUGUAUAGUUUUGCUCCGACUUGCUCAGUUUUCUGGAGAAAAAGGCACACGGUUUCCAUUCCUGCUUUCCCUUCCCUGGCUGCAAAGGACCGCCCCUACGGCUCUGUCGGACGCGUCGGUCUCUAGCCUCAGGGGUUUCUCCAGAUCUACGUGCAGGAGUUGCUCUUCCGAUGCGAACGCCUUCUUCAGUUUUUCGAAGGAUUGCUGGGCCUCUUCUGUCCACACAAACUUCUUUUUGCUACUGAGACAAUCCGUGAUGGGCGCUGUCAAGUGGGCGAAGUUCUUGAUGAACUUCCUGUAGGAGUUGCUGAACCCUAGGAACCUCUGUACGUCCUUCCGUGUUUUGGGAGCCUUCUACUCCAGCACUGCCUGCACCUUGCUUGGGUCCAUCGCUAAGCCUUUGUCAGACAACUUGUACCCCAGAAACUCGACUUCUCUGGCGUGAAACUGACAUUUUUCCAGCUUGACCCACAACUGGUGCUUCUGCAGUCGUUGUAACACUUCCCUGACGUCUCUAACAUGUUGUUCCUCAUUGUCCGAAUAAAUUAAGACGUCGUCCAAGAAGGCUACGCAGUUCUUGUACAGCAGAGACCCCAACACGUGGUGCAUGAAAGCUUGAAAACAGGCGGAGCCCGACUGUAAUCCAAAAGGCAUAACUAAGUACUCAAAGGCACCUAGGGGUGUGAACAUUGUGGUCUUCCAUUCAUCCCCCUCCCUCAUCCUGAUCAAAUUGUAUGCGCCCCUGAGGUCCAGCUUGGUAAAAAUUUUGCCUUUCCUCACUCGCGUUAAAAUGUCGUCAAUCCUGGGCAUUGGGAAGGUCACGGGUUCUGACACCAAAUUGACAGCUCUAUAGUCCACUACGAGCCUGGGUUUAUUUGUGUCCUUUUUGUCCACAAAGAACACCGGACUGCCCCCUACUGCCUUUGAUUCUCUUAUGAAGCCUCUUUUCAGGUUCUUGUCGAUAAAUUCUCGCAACUCCUUCAUCUCCCUGUCUGACAUGGCGUACAGCUUACCCACUGGCAGCUGAGCCCCGGAAGCAAGUUGAUCUGGCAGUCAAAGGGCCUAUGGGGUGGCAGUCUAUCUGCCUCUUUUUCGCUGAAGACCUCCCGCAGAUCUACGUAUUGUGGCGGCACCUCCCCUUUCCGCUCCACCGCCAUCCCAGCCACCCUGGCCACGGUCAUUCUUGGGGCUUCCCCCCCUAGACAGUGUUCCAGGCAAUAAGCUGACCCAAAGGUGACUGUCCUCUGAUGCCACGCCACCACUGGAUCAUGCUGUGCAAGCCAGCUCAUCCCUAAUAUUAUUGGGGGUCCUGCUAGCGAGGCGACGUGAAAGGCGAUGGUCUCCGAGUGCCUGGACACCCUCAUUCUCAUUGGCGGGGUUUGGUGUGUCACUUCCCCUCCUAGAAGCUCCCUGCCAUCAAUGGUGGUCACUUGCAAGGGAAAAUCCAAAGGCAGUAAGUGGAGCUGGUGCUCUAAUGCAAAGUCCUUGCUGAAGAAAUUACAUGAGCUGCCUGAAUCCAGCAUGCCUUUCACCUUGACUGGGUGCCCGUUCGGGAGUUCUAGCACCACUUCGAUGGCUAUUGCCGCCUUGGGGGUCUGGUUGGGGCACUUUUACUGGUGGCUGGCUUGGCUGUUGUGCCCCUUGAUUGGCAGCCAAGCGUUCCCGUUUCCCUGUUCCUGUUCCUUUACCACCUCCUCCUCACCCCCUGCGGUUCCCACCAUUCCUUGCCAAGCCUUUCUUUGAGGGCAGGCUCUGGCAAAAUGGCCUGGCCGCUGGCAAAGGUAACACUUUUUGGAGGUUUUCCAAUCCUUUCCCUCCUUCUUGCGCCCUUCGCUGGUGCUUGAAACUUCCCGCGCGCGCGCCCCAUCUAUUUCCAUUGGCUCUGCUGGCGGGGAGGGCUGCCUUGGUAUUUCAGGAAUGCGGUAGUCAUGGCAACGUUGCUCUCUCCCUUCCCGCCUCUCCUGGGCCGCGCUUCCUGGCGCACGCCAAUCGCAAGCACAGCCUUGGUCAGCUGAUCCAUCCCCUGUGGGCGGGGUGCGCGGGAAAGUUCAUCCUUAACCGUUGGGGACAACCCCUCCUCGAAUAACAUCUGUAUGGGUUCGGAGCCCAGUUCCCACCCGAGGCGGUGAACUAUCAUGGCAAAGCGCGACCAGUAGUCCCUAACUGACUGGCUCCCCGUUUACAGUUCAUCAAUUCCCGCUUUGUCACACUUUUUUGAACAUCAGUGGAAAACAUCGCGUCCAUCGCUUGGAAGAAUUUCCUCAGGUCCUGCAUGGCGGAAUUCUGCGUCGCCAUAAGGGGUCUGACCCAUUCCCUGGCCCCCGUCCUGCAGGUGACCCACAACAUAUGCCACCCGCGCCGCGUCGUCUUCAAAAUCGUUAUGCUGCAAUUCCAAUGCGUACUCUAUUUCCGUUCGAAACGCACUGUAUUCUUGCGGCUUCCCCCCAAACUUGUGCACCAGUCCCGGUACCUUCCUUGCUAUGGGGGUGGGUCUGACCUGUGCAUCUUGAGACCGCCUUUCGUCCAGCCGUGCCGUCAGAAUGGCCACAUGCUGCUCCAAAUCUCGGUUCCUCUCCUCCAGCGUUUGCCCUCCAGCUGCUCCCCCUGGGUGCCUGCUUCUCCGGGCUUGCUCAUGAUGCUGCCUGCCUGCUGCUGCGCACGAGCAACUUUUCAGGGACUGACGGAUUGCUGUAAUGAGUAUGAGUUACUCGUGCGUAAACUGGUGCCUCGCUAGGCUAAUUUGCCUUGUUAAACCUUUCUGACUGCACAGCCCUUUCUCAUCAUGACUGUCUCAGUCACUAGCAGAAUCCGUCAGUGGGCGUUUCUUGAAUCUCUUCCAACAUAAGAGUUGUUUGACACCCAAUCUCCUCCGCCUCUCACUGCGCGGGAGCCUUCUGCGCAGGGUGGGCGUGGGUAGCGGGGGACCUGUCCCCUCCUCACUGAGUUCCAGUGAAGAGUCCGUGAGCCCUCUCUCCGAUUUUCCCAUCUGCUCACUUUUGUUCCUGGUGUUGCGCUUAAAUGCUUCCCCCUCCACUGAGUCGCCUCUCCCCCUGCUGCUGGGUCCUUCUCCAGCAUCAUCCAGGAGCCUCCCCUUCGCCUCCCGCUCUGAUGUCAGUUCCCUGACACAUAUAUACCUAGGUAUUACCAAAAUCUAUACCUACUGUUUCACUAAAGGACUUUCGACUUUGUGCGCUCAUUUACUGAAGACGCACUGCGCCAGUGGCAGCGCUUGUCAGACUUGGGGGCGCUGGGCGGAUCUUUGCACCCCGUUGGCGCAUAUGCUAAAGACUCCCCUGCUGGAACUUGUACUUUCAGGUUUCCCUACAGUAACUUUAUUGAUGGGACUUGAGUAUGAAUCACACAUCUUGUUUUCUUCUUAAUGUAGACCAAGGAUGUACCAUAUCACUCCAUUUAAUUGUUUGAAACAAUAUGUGUCUUUUUGUAACAUAUUGUGCUAAAAAUACUAGCAAGACACUUAAUCUGAAAGAUGUAUCUUUGGGCUGAAAGAUGUAUUGUUCAAGAUGUAGCACCUUAUGUAGGGAUAUUUAAUCACUGAGGGCCCUUCAGUUAAUGUUGAUGUUCUCAUCUCACCAACAUAAGUCAGCCUGCCUCAUCUAGCAGUGGUACUACAGAAUCUGACUGCAUAUUUGUAAAAUACAUGAAUGUCAAUACAGAAUAUGACAGAUUGAGUCACCUUGGCUCUUAGAAUCCAGUAGUUUUCAUAUCUAGAUAUUUCCUUCAAGAACAUAUUUAAGGGUUUUGAAGUGUACAGUUCUGUCAGUUCAAUCCUGCCUUGAAAUGAAAUGAUCAAAUUUCUGCAUUAAUUUAGGACAUAACGCUUCUAGUGGCCAGUUUAGUUGAUUUAAUCAUUCUGCCAGACUCUAAAUAUAUAAAUGUUAAUGAUGGAAGAAUGUUUUUGCAAAUGCAUUACCAGGUCUGGAUCCCACCUCUGAAGGCCACAGAAAAUUUACGAAGCCGGGUAGUGUUUCUUUAAUGCUCUUAACUGCCCAAUCUCUCAGUAGAUUGUACUUUUCAUUGACUGCAUUUAAAAGUAAUUGUCAAAGUGCCUCUAAAGUGUGUUUGUGUGUGUGUUGAAUUGAUAGUCCGUGAAUCCAAAAGCAUUUCUAAAGAAAGGGUUUGUCGUCGUCAGCAGUAGAAGUGCUGCUGGCAGAGUCUGGAUGAGACUGGGCAGGCAUCUGCUGAGACUGAUUAGAGGCCAAUUCAAAUGUCAUAACAACGACAUAGCAGCUGCUGAAUAGCACAUAGCCACAUGAGUCUGCCACAUGGCCCACGCAGAGCCUUUAACUGGGACUGUCCAGUGAUCAAAGCUCUUAGUUGAUGGUUAUCUCCUCCUAAUUCUAAAUUUAUUUAAGGCUUAUUGAAUUUCAGGUUUAACAGUUGCAGUAACAGCAACAAACUCCAGUCAUCCCUCCUUCCUCUGCCCACAACAAAACAUCAGCUUUAACCCAUGACGUUCAGUUUACUUGGAACUGCCAGGCAAAGAAUCUCAAGUGUAACUGGUACACAUGCAAUGAUAGCCAUAAACGUCAGCACAAAGGUGAAAGGCUUCUGGGACAACCUGUUGACCCAAGUUUGUGGAGUCCUGUCUUCAGGAGAACCAGAAACAUGCCCUUCAGCUUCAGCCUGAGAGAUCAAUACUUUAUAUCAAAAAAUAUGCUCUUUGAAGCCAGCAUUCAACCUGACUCUGAAUCCACGCAUGUACAUUAUCUGCCUACCAACCAACUGCACCAUUCAAAUGCCGCAAGCAUUAUGCAUGAAACCACUCCUAAAAGUCCUACUUUACUUAAUUCUUCUCUUUCCUUUUGCCUGUUUGUCCAUCCUGUGGUCACUUCAUGCCGUUUUCACUUGACUGAUACAGCUAGGAUUUGCUCUUGUCUGCCUACACACAGUAUCAAAACUCUUACUAUUUCUAUCAUAGACUCAUGCAACAUCCUCCUUGUUGCUCUCCCUGUCACUGAGCUUUCCAUCUCCAGUGUUGCUGGCCAUCGUACAUUUGGCGUUUUCCCUGCUUAUCUCCUCCUCCUGGUGUGUGUGUGUAUGAUGUAUAAAAUAUAAUUAAAAACAAUUCAACAUUACAUUUUUUAUAUGGCUGACUUCACUGGCUUCCUUGUCCUUUCUAUUCAGCUUCACUUUAAGCUUACCAUAUUUUGAAAAUGUCUGCAGAACUUCUUUAUCUCUUGCUUUCUCUUUUCCCUUCUUUCUCUACGUUAUGUUCCCUUCCCAUUAAGAAAUCCUCUUUGUGUUCCUCUCUGCUUGCUUCUCCCUACUGCAGAAAUGCCCUUAAACUUGACAUCUCACUCUCUUGGUCCAUUAGUACAUUCAAGUGCCUCUUCAAAACACCUUUUUUCCACUUUUCAACCAGCAUUUUCUGGGUGGUGUUCUUUUGCCUUCCUCCAUCAUGCCUUUGAUCAGAUUGUAAGCCUGAGGACAUAGUCUAUUUCACUUUUCAUUUUUGUACUAUGCCUAAUGGUCUUAGGUGUUGCUGUUGUCGUGCUUGAUAAAACAAAUAGUUGUAUUUCUGAGUAUGGCUAUUUUAAAAAAAUCUAUAUAUUCCAUUUUCUAAAAUUCUAUCUUCAGUUUUACUCCGGGCACAAUCAUUCAACCAGUUAUACCCUUUGGAUAACUCCUGUUUGUCUUAAUGGAAGCCAUUUAGAAGAAAUCUUGAUGGAUAUUCCUAUGGUUAUCUUACAAUUUCAAGUGGGGUGGCAUUUUCUGAAGCUUCAUCACUGGGCUACCUUGUCCAAACAGGCUGACCUUUUGAAAAACGCUCUCAUUUCUUGGAACUGACUUGUUCACAGGCAGUAAUUGCAUUCAGAUAGAUGGGCACAACAGCAACAUAUUUAAUCACAAGUUGUACCUAUGUUUUCUAGGAAAGAACCAAUAAAGAUCUGGAGCUACGAUAUUUUUAUUACAGAGCAAGAAGGUUUCAUGGUGAAUGGAAGGAGGUGAUGGAAAUGUAGUAGGGUAGUUCAUGUAUUUUGCUUGAUGAGAGUGCCUGAGUUAUAAUAAAUGGUUUAAAAACAAAAACACACAACACACUUCUCGAACCCUAGUGCCCACCAUAUAUUUUGGACUACAGCUUCCAUCAACAUUGGCUGGCGCUGAUGGGACUUAUAGUCCAAAACAGCUGCUAAGCACUAGGUUGGUGAUGUGCAAUCCAAUAUAAUAAUUAAUUUCAUUGAAAAUUCAGGAUCAUUUAAAAAAAUCCAGUCAUCUAUAAAAUAAUGUAGGCUGAGAAAAAAUUAGGUUGACUCAAGGUAUGGCAGGCAUAUCUACUCUCUUGUCCUUAUAGUCUGUAGGCUCUUUGGUUCUUUUUUCCCCUUCUAAAAUGAUAAAACAGCUUUUCCCUCCAGGCUUUUAAAAAGAAAAAUACCCUGGCCUGGAUCCAAAGAACUGUGCAGUUUGUUCAGUGUGACUAGGAGAUAUUUGAACAUAAGUUUUUCAAAACACCAUGCCCACCCCAAAUUCUGUAUGGCAAACCUCUCCUGAAAUUAAGGGGCAUUUCAAAAUCAGUUUGAAGGCAUGGCAAGGGGCGGAGGUGGUCUGCCAUUGAAAGUAGAAAGUAAAAGCAAACAAUCCUGUUGGGUAUUAAAGCUGCUCAUUGGAUUCCAGCCACUAAGUGUCAUUUUCAGAGAUUUUGUUUGCCCUUCUUGCCAGUGCAAUAUAGCUUUAGGUGCAUUAUGAUUUCAUGCAGGUCUUGCACAUUUUAAAUAUUUGUGAAACAUUUGAACCCAAGUUAAAUACAUUAGUACUCUACCUUUGUUUUAAAUUUCAGUGAUUGUGCUUGCAGAGAAAAAUUGAAAGUGUAGAAAAGGGUGCAUUGGACUUUUGUUGUGUUACUCAGUGUAGUAUCACUCCUCCUGCUCCACUGAUCAUCUGAGUCCAUUUCGAAAUAGAUUUUAUGGGUUCAAGAAGUAAAAACAAACAAACUGAAACAACCUUUGGGUAUCCAGUCACACCUUUGUAAGUAGAACCAUUUCCCACUCACUCUUGAGAAUAAACCUUUUUUUGGUCAUUCCGGGUUACUUCCACAGUAUUAACUUCUUCCAGAUCCUACUUCUGUUUUGCUUUACUUUGUGUGAUCAUUUUCUUAUGCAUGAGAACUGCAUAAGCAUUUCUAGGCUCCUUAUAGAUGAAAGGUUUUCACUCAAGAGUAGACACACUGAAAUUAAUGACCAUGAGCCACUUAGGUCAUUACAUACUUAGGACUCGUUAUUGAUUUCGAUGGGUCUCUGCCUGUGUGUGUGUGUGUGUGUGUUAGUCAGUUGCUCUAGACUCUAGAGAACAAGAGGCGAAGCAGUCCUGUAUAAAUUGCUGGUGAGAAUGCAGUAUUUCAGAUGAAUGAAAGACUUGAUCUUACAUCUGAUCCACCUAUUGUUGAAUCAGAUUGUUAGUUCAGACAUAAUGAGAACAAACCUAGGCAAGCCUUACGUUUUUCCUCUCUCACCCUCCACCAGUGGGGCUGCGAAUAGGAGAUAAAAUGCUCUCAUUUUAGAUUAACUGCAGCUUGUUGUAUCAGCUGAACCUGGAUAAGCUGCUGUUCAUCUUAACUAUCGUUAGUGGGGGGAAGCUUAACAUCAAACCAUAAUUAAUUACACUGGUUUGUUUUCCUUAUCUACUUAAAAUUAACCACAGUUUAGUCACAGUUUAGCAUGUUAUCAAACUCUAAACUAAAACAGAAACAGAACCAACUGAUAGGAGUUAUAUAGUAGGGUUGCUAUAUUUCAGAAAGUGAAAAUCUGGGCACAAAAGUUGUCGCCCUACGCCCAGUUUUCCCUGGACAUUUUGGCAGAUUUUCGGAAAUUCUGCCUGGAUGCUAUUUGCAAAAAAGAUGAAUCCUGGUUAUGUCCAGGAAAUUCCGGAUGUAUGGCAGCCCUAGGUUAUAAUCCAAAACUUGCUGAGAAAGGCAAUGCUAAAGGUAAAGGGACCCCUGACCGUUAGGUCCAGUCACGGACGACUCUGGGGUUGCGGCACUCAUCUCGCUUUACUGGCCAAGGGAGCCGGCAUUUGUCCGCAGACAGCUUCUGGGUCAUGUGGUCAGCAUGACUAAGCCUCUUCUGGCGAACCAGAGCAGCACAUGGAAACGCCGUUUACCUUCCCACCGGAGCGGUACCUAUUUAUCUACUUGCACUUUGACGUGCUUUCGAACUGCUAGGUUGGCAGGAGCAGGGACAGAACAACGGGAGCUCACCCUGUUGCGGGGAUUCGAACCGCCGACCUUCUGAUUGGCAAGCCCAAGAGGCUCAGUGCCACAGCGCCGCCUGCGUCCUCCUCUCCUUCAUAGCCCCUCCCUUUUCUUGCCAUUUUCUGCCUUCCCUUUCUCUGAGCAAAUAGAGCAAUGAGGCCAGACUACACAAAGAGGUAAAACUUGUAAACGUAAAGAAGAAUGAACUUCCAACUAUUAGGAUGCAACAAACAUCCUGACUGCACUAUUGGGGCAGUCACCUUUCAAGGUCAUAUAAGAUCAAAUUAUAGCUUUUUGUCUGAUGUCUCCUUCAUAAGGUUUUAGAGUGACAGUUAUAUCAUGGAAAUAACAGGAAAAUGCCUAUUGCUGGAGAGGAUUUUCUUUUCCCAUUGGUGUUUGCAGGUAGGCUUUUCUAAGAUGAGAGGGAGAGAGACAGUUCAGUUAUCAGUCAUCCCAUUUCCUGUCUCCCUUGGCAGGUACCUAGUUAAAUUUUUGUUUAGACAGGAUUUCCUAUGCCAUCUCCAUUUGCUGCUAGAAUGGUUAUGUUCUGACAUGACAUACAACUGGAAAGCAACUUAUAUGAGUCAUCUGAAGCCAGACGGUUUACAGACACCACAGAGACCACAGCAUACAGUGGUUUGUCCUCUAAUCUGUGCUAUAAGGUCCCCUAGGCAAAUAGGCUUUUCUUAAUGUUUAGAUUAAAUACAAUGGAAAAGUAGUGUGUCUGGUAAUUUUAGUAAUACACUGUUGGGUCUAGGCUUUUUAUAAUACGGACCCAAAGGGACUGCUCUCCUUCACUCCCUCACUGUGUGUGUUUUGUUUUUAUAUAUAUAUUGCAGGGCAAUAAUAAUCAGAAAUGGAGAAGUCAUUCCAAUGUCUUCAGAAUUCACUCCAGAAACAGAACGUCAACGUCUUCAGUAUCUGGUAAGGGUCUAAAGAUUUGGAUUAGUGGGUGGUGGUGUACAUUGAGCUAUCACCUUCUCAGCCCUUAUCUGAAAUGAAACUUGUACUGCCCUUCUGGAACUAUAUUGUUAUCCCACACUUCAGCCAAAAAAGGCUGAAGAAAUGUGGGUGAAAAUACCCUGCUGCCAGGCUUACAGGCUUACAUCCAAAAGGAAAAGCAAACUCGGUCACGAUUUCUUAGUCACAGAGUUCUUGUAAUGACUAGCCGUAAUGGAAAGAUUUUCAAGAGGAGGAGGAACUAAAAGUUACUGGUCUUUUAGCAAAGCUGAUGGAGAGAUGUGCUGCCCCAUUCCCAUCAGGCUGUAGGAAAGGGGAUCUGCACUACAUUUUGAGUUGGCAAGUAGGUAUUAGGGCUGGUUGAUAACUGAUUUUCAAUAUUGCAAUAUAUCACCAGCUCAACAUCGUGAUAUAUCGAUAUAUCAUGAUACCUGAAAUAAGGAAGGAACUACGCAGAGGCAAGCAGGACAAUGUCCUGGCAAUUGCUACUGCUUAAGGGUCUAAAACUGAUAAAUGAUGGUCACUUUCAACAGCAGGCAAGCCAAAAUGCAUCCGAAUGAGACUUCUGGUUUUGGGCUUGGCUUCCAAAUGCUGGUAUUCAGGACAAUCCAAAGUACGGUGAUGAGUCAUAGUGAAUACAAAUAAUCUGAGACUGCCAGCAGGUCUGCUAGGAGGCAGAUGCAGCAGUGGCAGAAACAGUUUGCCAUGGCCAUGGUACGUUUCAGCAGUAGCGGUGACAACCUGCAAGGCCUUGUGGUGGUGAUAGAGAGUGACGGCAGUAGCAGCAGUGGCCUGUGAGGACUCAUGGCAGUCUGGCAGUCCCAGAUAAUUUGUAUUUGACUCAUCACCAUACUUUGUAUUGUCCUGAUUACCACUAUUUGGUAGCCAAGCCCCAAACCAAAAGUCCUGUUGUGAUGCAUUUUGGCUUGCCUGCUGGUGAAACUGAGUGUGUGAUUAUUGAUAAUGUUGUCAUUUAUCCGUUUUAGUCCCCUAAGUACUAGCAGUUGCCAGGACAUUGUCCUGUUGGCCUCUGCAUAGUUCACAUCCUUAUUUCAGACAUUGUGGUAGAUUGCAUUGUUUAGCUGGUGAUAUUGUUAGGUUUGCCUGGUGAUAACGUUGCAGUGUUUAGCUGGUGAGUUAUUGUGAUGUUGGAAACCAGAUACCGCCUAGCCCUUACACACAUUGUCAUUGGUGAUAUAUUGCCAGCUCAAAUAUUAUGAAACAAUUAUCACCAUGUGAACUUUUAACCCGUUUUGUAUGAUAUAUUGAUAUAUCGCCCAGCCCUACUUGGUAUCAAUAAUAGUGAUACAUUUAGGUUUGCUCUGAGAAAGGGUACUUUGGAUCUUUCAGAACUGACAGCUCUCCAGAAUUGGCAGAUAUUGGAAGGGUAACACGGCAAUGGUCAUCCUUGCCCUUUCAGCGGCUGUUGUGGGUAUAAGAAAACACGCACCCUAAAAUUCCUUUUGUCAGGCUGUGGCAUCUGGCCUGUGCCUUAAAUUCCACCAGUGCAACUGGCACUUCAGCCAGAUGCUCCAAACCAGCCUGUUUCUCCCCAUCUCUGAAACUUGACUUUAAAACCAGCGUGUCGUCAUUAGUGUCCUCUCCCACUGUGCCCAGAAGCUGAUGGGGACAAGCUUGUAUAGGCCAGAUGGCCUUUCCUUUCUCAGAAAUGCUCGCUCUGAGUAGAACAAUGCUUCGCUGGCUAUAAAUGCCGAAAGAAAUGUGUGUGGUUGUGGUGAUUGCGGGGAGGCGACUAUAUUCUUCUGUGCCCUGAUUUUAUUGCUGUUUACAUUGCCAGAGUCUGAAACAUUUCAGAGGGAAGAGCUACUUUUGGAGUCUCGUUUUUCACAGUGAUGAAUACAAAGCAUCUGCAAUAAAUAUUUAUGCUGCCUGCAUUUGCAAAAAAAAAACCCCAACGUGUUUGUCUUUUAAAUUAGCAGGGAUCUGUAGCAUCUUGAGAGUGGGGUUUCAUUUGAAGAAAGCAGAGAUAAAACAUUGCCUGAGAGGGUCUUUCCCCCCUUCAGCCUCUUUUGAUGUUCAUUCUGGUUAGAUCUGAAAAUAGCAGCUGCCUUGAAAAAUAUUUAUGCUACUUCCCCUAACUCUUUUCUUUACCUUUGUUUGUUUACUGCAUCUCCAUAUGUAGCAAAUGCGCUUGGGUUAUGGCGAUCACGUUCAAAGGAAGUAGGUGGGAGAUACCAGAAGUAUGAAACCACAUUAGAGAGAUCCUUUCAAAUGCAGUGGAAGUAACAUGUAGAAGAUAAUUUUAGGACCAUUGGUAUUUCUGACCAGUUCUCACCUACUGCUGUUAGGUUUAUGACUACUCUUGGUUUGUGGUCAGGGGUCUCAAGUACUCCUGCAAUCGAUGAUUUCAAAAACAAAUGUCAAUACUUCUCCCAAGAGUAUUCUGUACCACUUUUUAGAUUUAGCAUUUUUCACUCACGCACUUCUCCUUGCGGUUGUCUAAAAUUGUUAUAGCUUAAUAUUGACAGAACAUUCUGCAAGGAAGCAAUACAUUUCAGAAGUCCUAUCCUUACAUUUGAUUCUCUCCUCUCUCCAUCCCUCCCCUUCCCUUCAUAUUUAAUCUGAUUUUGUGUUUUAUAAGGAAUUAUUUGGGGUAAAAAUCUGCUGCCCGAAAUAAACAGAACUGCUUCUUUUCUUUGGUAUCCUAUUAAAGCAAGGUGCAUGUGACUUGUUUCAUAAUUUAAUAUUUCUUGCUAAUCACCUUGAGGAAAGGCAGAGUAUAAAUAUUUUAAUAAAUAAAAGUGAUUUUGUGCCUAUCAGUUUUUUAAAAAAAUUGCUACAGGGAUGUGCCUAAGUAUGUUCCCUUCUCCUCUUCCAUUUAGCAGUUCCUGAAGAAAGCACAUAAGAAGUUUUUUGCAAAUUAUAUAUAAAAGCACUGAGCCUGCCCACAAAUUGAAAUAACUGUUUAGUUAUUACAAGAAAAAGAGAAUAUUGUAUUGCUUAGGGUCUUGUCAACAAGCAAGAGGAAUCUCAAAUAAGCCAUUGAACCUGUAUGACUUGCAUAAAAAAAGUUAGACCAUAAAUUUCUAGUAUUAUACCAAUCCCAGUUUUAGAAGUUGCUUUCUGUGUUCUAAGCUCUGAGCCAUCUAUGACUUAUUUCCUACAGUUCUUCCAUCAUGGAUUCACAUAUUGACUCUUGUUUCAAGGAGGUCUUAUGGUUUUUCCUCUUCCUUUUUUUAAAAAAUAAAUUUGUUUACCUGUUGGAAACCUUACCUAGCUUCCUCCAAAUUUAUUAUGAGCUCCUAUUACAAACACUUGAUAAAUUAGCAAUUUUUUUAAAAAAAUAAAUUGAUUUGAUCCAAGUAUCAAAACAAAUGAAAGUUAACUGUCUCCACCCCCCCACACACACAUAUACCUACACACACAAGCAAACGUUUUCCCCAAUAGUUGAGGGGUUUGAGCAGGAUUGAUUUUAAAAGAAUACAGUUGUACCUUUGUUCUCAAAUGGAAUCAGUUGCGGAAGUCUGUUCGACUUCUGAAAGCGACGGCACGGCUUCCAGUUGGCUGCAGGAAGCCAACGGACGUUCGGCUUCCAAAGAAAGUUUGCAAACCGGAACACUCACUUCCGGGUUUGUGGCAUUCGACUGUAUUACAAAAUAGCUCUUUAGAUUUGCUUUAAGCACAGCAACUAUUUUUAAAGAUCAGGAAAACUUUAACUGCCUUGGUUGGCUUAGAUGAACUGGAACCAUUCAUGGAAAGCUGAGGGUAUCAAAACUCCUGAUGACAAUGCUGAACUAAGCAGAUCUCUGGGUAAUUUUGUUCGGUUUGCUUCAUGCAAGCGGGCGCUGUCCAUUAUUUCAGCGAAUGUACUGAUACUCUGACAAGUAUGCAAAUAGCUUGCAUGUUUCCUUUAAUUUGCUCAUUUGCCGAGGACACUCAGGUUAAGCCAAGCUCAAACAUCAUGUGCGUGUUCUUCUGUAUUUAGCGAUACAGCAGUAAACCAGAAGUUAAUACUCGCGUUUUAUUCUGAAUGGCACCGCAUCUCAGAAUCCCCAUGUAAAGCAGGUACUACGUAAACAGGUGGGGUAUACAGGAAAGUUUAUAUAAAAAACCACCUCAGUAUCCAGAAGCCUGAGCUGUACAUGCUGUGUUCCAGCCUAAACAGACCCAUGUGCAGAACUGAUGGCUGCCCCCGUUUAAUUUGAUGAACUUUGAUUGGACUGAAUCCAGACAUCCUUGUUCCCCUGCCUCCCAACAAUUGGUCAAUAGGACCUAGAAAAGCCAACGGUGCUGACAGUACAAAAGGCUAGAGCAUUGUGCAUGGUAGUAGCAGUGAUUUAUUAUACGGUUAAAAACCAGCAUGCUGUAUCAAAUACAACAAACAAAGCAAAUACCAAUAGGGAUGAAACAAAGUAAAAUAGAAUGGUAGGCAAGCAAAACUGAAGACGUAGCAUUAAAAGAGAAACAGGAAGUCUGUGUAGACCCAGUAGGCGAGAACAACUGGCGUAUCUUGUAGGCUGCUGCACAAAAUCUUGCAAGUGGACAAUUCCAAGUUAGAACCUCUGGGCAAAUAACGGGGCAAUUACCGUAUUUUUCGCUCUAUAAGACGCACCAGACCACAAGACGCACCUAGUUUUUGGAGGAGGAAAAAAAGAAAAAAAAUAUUCUGAAUCUCAGAAGCCAAAACAGCAAGAGGGAUCGCUGCGCAGUGAAAGCAGCAAUCCCUCUUGCUGUUCUGGCUUCUGGGAUAGAUGCGCAGCCUGCAUUCGCUCCAUAAGACGCACACACAUUUCCCUUUACUGUUUUAGGAGGGUAAAAGUGAGUCUUAUAGAGCAAAAAAUACGGUAUCUUUAUAUCUUGGUAGCAGGGGCAGUGUAAGAGAACAUGGCCUAUGAUCUCUACCUCUCCAUCAAUACAGGGGCAGAGCCUUUUGUCUAAAGAUAUUUUUCUGUAGUGCCCAUCUAAAAUGGCAGUAGUGCAUGCAGAACUCAAGCGCCAAAACUGGUGCCAAAGGUGAUGGAAGAGCCACAUUGCAAUGCCUACCCUCAACCAAAUACAGUACCAGGUUUUAUAGGCAAGUUGUCCUGAACUGCAAAUAAUUGGCAGAAGCACAAGUGGUGUAAGUUGAGGACAGAAGAGGUGACAAAAUGUUUUUGCAGUAGUUCAAAGGUUUGAGGGUAGGGAGGGGGAGACUUAUUAUCCAGUGGAAGUUAUUUAAGACUUUAUAAUAGUGGGCUUUUGAGAUUUUGUUCUUCAUUCGUCUACAAUUGCCACCUCUCCUUGAAAGCAGAGAAUAACAAUGCAAGAGCUCCAAUAAUGAUUGUCCUCUUUCAUCUCCCCCUUUUUAAUCUUGUAGGCAUAUAUGCAGCCACACUUGCUGGGAAACGAGUUUACACACUUUGAGUUUCCAAGGAGGGUCCAGAGGAAGGAAGUUGGGAAAAGAAUGCUCUACAGAGACUUCAAUAUGACUGGCUGGUAAGAACGCCUCCUGUUUUUUAGAGGGCAGCAUCCACACAGCAGUUUGUUCCAUUUCCCCUGCAUUUCCCUAACACAGGCAUAGGCAAACUCGGCCCUCCAGAUGUUUUGGGACUACAACUCCCAUGAUCCCUAGCUAACAGGACCAGUGGGCAGGGAUGAUGGGAAUUGUAGUCUCAAAACAUCUGGAGGGCCGAGUUUGCCUAUGCCUAGUUAAUUUCUGCAUUAUAUUUGGGCUUUCAUGCAGAAAGCCACUUCUGGAAAACUAAUGGAACAUAGUGCAUGCUCAGCACUCAUUUCCAUGUUAUUUGAUUCCAGAAAUAAUCUGUUUGCAACCAUCUUAACUUGGAAAAAUGUGUGAGUAAAAGUGAUGGAAUUUGGAGCAGUGUACUGGUGUAUAGUUCUUUGCUGCUGUUUUCCUGGGGGAAUUGUGGAAAGCGCACACAUAUUCGGAAGGGGUGGGCAGGUAGCGACAUUGUCCAAUGGCAUUUGUUGCUGUGUCACAGCACAUUCCAUGAUUUGAAUGAAAUUUAGUGUGACAUGUUAGCAAUAUUGUUCAAAAAGCUGCAGUUCCCUAAUGCUGCACCCCAUGAGAAAAUUUCAGGGGGGGAAAGACAAAACUGGAAAACUAUUUUCCAUAUUGUACAAUUUCAAAUCUAUGCUAGAUGGGACCGAUUUGAGGUGAUGUUGGUUUCUUUGUAAACUUUCUCUUCUCCUGGGCUCUGGAACUUUUUCAGAGCAGUUGGCUGGCCAGCCUGUAUAGGUUUGCUGAAGGUGGUACUUAAUGCCCAGGACUUGUAUCAUCCAUUUAGUCAUUGGGUUGGUUCAAGGCUGCUACUCUUAACUCUCUUCAAGCAUCCCCUAUCACUGUAGCUGGUGACUUUGUCAGGAAUUAAACUUACUAGAGUACAUAAAUGCGAGAUUAAUGCUUAUUAUCCUCAGUGUCUACUUACUUGUGACACCUACUAUGGCUGGCAUUGUAGUUACGGAACACAGUUUAUUGCAGGACAAGAACCUGGGGUACCUCAGACUGAAAUUUGCCAUCUGGUCAUAUUUAAUUGCAUUUUAAAGUCCAAGUAUAAUUUAUGUCCUUGGGAUUGAAAGCGGAAAUAGGACAUUCAGACAAAAGCCUGAAUUACAGUUCUCGUGUGACUGUAUUAAGUACUUUGAAUGUUUCCCAUGCCUUUUUUCUGUGGGCCAGCUUAAACCUUUUCAACCAGCAACAUAGGAGCAGCCCGAAAUGUUGAGGAGUAGACUCCAAUCCUCAAAAGACUGUGCCACUUCAGAAUGAAGAUUCUCUCCCACAUCAAAUAUUACUUGAACGUGGAAAGCUAUAGAUGGUUCUCCCUGAAGUUCUAGCUUUUUAUGUUGAAGUGUAGUCCAAGCAUACAAUUCUCACAAGUAGAACGUACUUUUGUGCUCUUUCUGAACCUUUUGGUCAUGUUAAUGUGGUGUUUUUUUAAAGGAAACCAGACUUGUUUACAGGUUGCCCCAUGAAUAUUUCCUUUUAUAUACUCACGUCAUUUUCACAUGGAACAGCAAUAGGCUGCUACCAGUUGCGGCUGAUGAAGCAGCUGCCACCGCCGCUGCUGGAGGAUGAUUAGAGAAGGAGAAAGUACUUUGAGCAACUUCUGUGGCUUGUGCACAGCUUUCAUUUUCUGUACUCAGAAAAUAUUUUGUUGUGAUACAUACAGUCAAACCUCGGAUCCCGAGCGCCUCUGUUUUGGAGUGUUUCAGCCCUCGAAUGCUGAAAACCUGGAAGUGAACGCUCCGGUUUCCGAACGUUUUUCAGAAGCCAAACGUCUGACGCAGCUUAAACUUGAGUGCAGAAAACUCCUGCAACUAAUCGGAAGCCCGCCUCAGUUGUGAAACAUUUUGGAAGCCGAACAGGCUUCCGUAACGGAUUACGUCCGACAACCAAGGUUUGACUGUACUUGUUUUGUCUCAACUAGCCACCUGACUGCUCUUUAGGCCUUAUAAUAUGGCUUAUAAGUCUCGCCCUCUUUUUUUUUUUUUUACUGAAAUAAAAUAAAUGCCAUGAUCCCUAAGGGAUCAUCUUUGGAACGCAGAAAUCUUCUCUGUCGUGUUCAGCUGCAGGCAAAGGGUUAAUAGCCAAAGCCAUGAUACAGGUUGCCAUAUGUCCUCUUUUUCCAGGACACAUCCUCUUUUUAAUGGGUAUGUAAAAUGAGAGUCGUCAUAGUGAUCUAUAGUUAAAAGUAGAAGUCUAUAGUUAAAAGUAGAAGUCCUCUUUUUUUGCUCUCCAGAAUAUGGCGACCCUAAGUUGGUAGGAGUCAGGUGGAUCAGCCUAUGCCAUUCAUUUGUCCCCAGUGGCUUUGCUGCUUUGUUUCUGUAAGCUUUCCUUGCAGUUAGCGGGCAAUGUCCAUUGGGUAUAUAUUUAUUUUGGUGUAUCUCUCCCCCUCUCCUCCCUUGCAUGUGUGCGUGCAUGCGCACACACACUCAUUCUGAGGCUGGAGUCCUAAGGGCAGGGGACCCUGCAAUGUUUUCUGCUUUCAUGGAAUGAUGCCUGUCAAAUUGGCAUUGUCCUUCCUGAUAGAGCAGGUAUUCAGGUCUCUUGAGUAUUUGAUUUUAACAAGCAGCUGCAUUCUAAUCUUGCUUCUUGUUUCUUUCUUUCUUUUAUGCGCGUUUUCUAAUUUCGUCUGGGGUUGACCUUUUUUGCUUUUCUCUUGCAACUAGCACCAAAGCUAGUCUGUUUUAAUUCCAGUUGGCAAACAAAAAAACAAACAAACAAAAAACAUGGUCCCAGAGGAAGCCUACUAAACACAGCAGCUCAUGUGUGCUUUGCGUUGUGUAACUUGCAUGUUGCGUUCAGCAAAUGUUUUAGCUGUGGGCGCUUCUCUUCUUCUUUAUUGCUCUGCUCUGUGGCACUUGACAGCCCAGCCAGGCAGUCUGGCAGAGCAGGGGAUAAGUAGAUUGAGAAAUGCCACAGAAUAGUUUAUGAAGCCAACACCAGAUCUGCACUGCCUCCUCCCCUCCUCUUUAAUAUAAAUUGAUUUAUUGAAUCAAGUGCAGAAGCCCUGGUUCCAAAACCUUAGGCGUUAUCCUCCAGAGAGCCGCCUAAUAAAAGAGGCCCAACUGACAGUCCUCAUUAGCUUUGCCACAGAUCCCAAGGCAGUAUUUAAAGUGGCAAUGUCCCUUUCCCAGACCUGGAUUUAUCUGCCAGCCAAUGCCGACGGGCCUAAUUAGCUUGCUCUUAUUAGUCUUAUUCAGAUAAGUGGUCUUCUCUAACAGUCUGACUCCAGGGUACAAAGAGCAAUCCGCAGCCUGCCUGCCUUAUGCUUCCACCUGCUCAGUUACACCUUGCUUUCUAAUUCGUAUAAUUCUCAUGAGCUCCCAUGGAAAAUGGUGUCUGUGUGUUUAGCUGGAUUUUUUGUUUUGCUUUGUUUUUCCUAGUGAAACAUUUCAACUUCCAGCAGUGAUCAUGAUUUUGAGAAAGGGAACAUAUCUCAAGUGCGCAAUUAAACAAGCCCUUUCCCCCCUCUAGUAUGUGAUAUAUAUUUCAUCCAAGUAGCUUUUGUGGUUUUUUUAAAUAAAAUAUAAUGGUUAUGGAGACAGCAGUCCUGUUUUAGGGAGCGGGGUGGUUAAAGAAAGAUGACUGCUGUGUUAAUCUGCAGCUACUGACAACAGAAGGAGACAGAAGAUAGAAGUGGAAUUAGAUUUAACAAAAGCCCUUUGCACAGGUACUUUUGGGUUCCUGGCGUCAUGCGCCCCAGAGAAACAUAGCUCCCUGUAUUCUGUUUGUAACACGUUUCUGGAAUGAUAAAUGGCUGUUCACAACAUGCAUGUUCUGCAUCUUUUCAAGAUUUGCAGCUCUGGCUGCAGGAACAGCAGGGGAGGAGAUCUGACCUGCUGUGUACAGCACAUCUCCUGGCAAUGACAAAUGACUCUUCUUUCCCUAAGUGCACACAUGCCAGAGGAACAGAGCCAGUGCUGUUGGAGCAGGGCCAGCUGGAGACAACAAACAAACCAGAAAAGCCCCAUAGUCACCCCCUAACUGUGAGGGAAAGAAUAGCAGGGCAAGAUGUGUUUUGGUAGUCUGCUUCUUGUGAUUUUUUGCACUGCCUUAUCAGUUUUGUUGUAACCUCCCAAGAUAUGUUUAGUGUGUCAUUUCCCUCCACAUUAACACAGGACGACCUUGGAAAUAAGUACUUUUAAUUGGUACCUGAAUAUUCCUAAUUGAUAUUUAUUUAAUCUCGCAGCAAUCUGGAGGCCAGUGUGGUGUCAUUACUAGAACAUGCAAAAGGGCAACCAAAAUGAUAAAGCAACUCCUGGUUAGCCAUUGUGAGAAUAGGAUGCUGGACUAGAUGUUUCACUGCCCGAAUCUAGCAGGCUCGUCUUAUGUUCUUCUCUCUGUGUGCUUGCUUGAGAAAGUCAGGUCCAUAUUCCCAUUCAGCUAUGAAGCCAGCUGGGUGGUCUCGACCACUUUCAGCUUCACCUAUCUCAUUAAAGUAAUGCAUGAUCUUGUGCAACUUAUGCAAUUUUCUAUUUUCCUCUUCCUAUAAAUUGUUGUCACCCCUCCUCUUUCGUUACUGGAACCUCGCAAACAUUUUAAUGUUGCACCUAUCUAUCUACCUACACAAGUAAUACAAACAGAAGAUAAAGUUCUGAUCUCACAGUUGAGGUCUGCAGAAUUAUGGUUGAUCUUUUUAUUUGUUAAACUGAACAAGUGUGUUUUUGUGUGUGUGUGUGUGAGAGAGAGAGAGAGAGAGAGCGCGCGCGCGCAAGUGAAAGAGAGAGAGAGAGCACACUUAGCUGCAGUUGCACAAAUCCAGGCUUAAACAAGAAACCCAAAAUCAACCCACAAUCCUCCAAUAAGGAAGUGCAUGUGCAAAUAAUAUUUGGUCCAGGACAAUGACUAAUAAAACUGAAAUGGAAGUGUCACACAAGAAUUUCAGCCUGGGUUCACUCUAGAUUCCAUUUCUUAUGCUCUAACUAAUAUAUAUAAUAAUGCCUCUGUGUGAAAUUAUUUUAUCUGGAAGUUGUGUCUCUUGUACAGAGCUAGCCCAUGCGAUCGCAUCACAUGGACUUGAGAGGUGUGUUCUGGCCAUCAUUCUCUGUGACAUUGCUAAGGAUUUUGCACAAUACACUCAGCUGUGUUGGCACAUGGUAAUAAUAGACUAACCCUUGGAUAGUUUGCAUCGUUGGAACACUGCUGCCUUGGCCUGCUUGUUAAGUGUUACUAUCUUUGACAGCAACACAGCUGAAGCAAGAGUGAAGAAAAUAGCUAUUCCCGAAUUGUGCAUGUUGCUUAAUGGGCUUGUCCUUAGCUUUGAUUUCUCUUACUCUGCAUAAACAGCUAACUGAAGAAUCCUGCCUAGCCAGGCUUUGAAAUUCCAGAACUGAAGCCCCCUUUUUAACAUAGAAAGUGUGUGUGUGUUUUAUUGAAUUUCAGUAAAUACUAUUAUAAAAUUACCCCCCCCCCCAACAACAAAUUACCCACCUCUUGAAUUCUUAUGAACUGGGGUUAAGUCUCACAGUUCAAGAAAAGGGCACCAAUGACAUAUCUGUGCAGCAAAAUAAAAAAGAGAUUGUUCCUGAAAGGAUGUCUUGCUUCACAUUUCCUGGAAAAGUGGCACACUCCAGCCUUAAUCUUCUGAUGCUAAAUGAACCCCAUUUUAAAAGCAUUUGCAAGGAUGUAAAAUACUGACAAUACUGAUUUGCGCCGUCUUCCUGUAGGGAUUUAUUUCUUUCUUUUUGGUACUGGAUACUUCUAGUACCUGCAGUUUUACUUCAUACCGUGUUCAGACUUCACUUGUUUUCUUAUCACCGCCUUCUUAGAAUGCAUUGCAUUGUACGAAAGCAACCAGAGUUCCUUCACGUUCACUCUUACCAAGCUGCAAUUGGAUUUAGCUCCUUCAUCCUUGUGGGUCUGUUCCUGGCCUUUCCACAAGAUGCUUUGCAGCUUCCGUGGCCUCGUUUCCCUCCUGUGGUUUCUUUAUUUCUUCAAGGGAACAAAUUGCAUUUAGAAUCUGAAGCAGUGCAUAAGCAAGAGACUUGUGCUGCUUAGGGACUUUGGAGGAGAGCAAAGUGUGAGAGCAGACCUUUUAGAAUGCAUCACUGUUUGCAGCCCUGAGAAAAAGUUAAGAGGCAAGUCUCUACUUAUUCCCCACUGCCAUUUACUAAAAAGGGGUGGUUCACGCCUCCUGCAGCUGCCUACUAGAACUUCCCCUCUUGCUUAUGUAACAUAGUCCCCUAGGAAACCUACAGUAGUUCAGGUCAAAGUGCCCACACAGAUCCUGCAGACUGUGCAGGUUGCUUUGGCACUCCAGGUAUCUGUGUGUGAUGAAGCAGGAAGCACAGCGGCUGGAGGGCAGGUGGCAGAAAUUCCAACCUGAACCUGAAUGAGCACAGGUGAGAGAGCAAUUAUUGCACCUUUCCAGUGGUGCUGUUGGCACUGCACCUCCAUUUAGCUGUCUGACAGAGGUCUUAUGGGUGGUGAAGGCCAGGAGAGCAGUGCUCUGAUUCUGUCAGCAGCCUGAUGGGACAAUUUUGCUAGGAUGAUAAUAAUAAUAAUAAUAAUAAUAAUAAUAAUAAUAAUUUUAUUAUUUUUACCUGACCCAUUUGACCUGGUUGCCCCAGCCACUCUGGGCGGCUUCCAACACCAGAAUAGGGCAAAAGAUACAUACCUGUUUAGUGUAACAAUUGAAUGACAUCCAUAUUGUUCUUCCUCCAAGUUAAGAGAUGGUGUCUGUGUGAAAGCAUGGGUGUAAAAAAAGAAGUGUGGGGAGGUAAAUGCCCAUCACUAAAUUAAAAACCUUGUAGGGACAGUUUGUCAAAAGGGGAGAAAAACUACAACAUAGUCUGUGUUAGGUUUCUGUGGAGUUAGAAUGGGACAAGGCCAAUUGGUGGUGCUACUGGGCCACUCCCAGGUGUUUUUGUGUGUGGAGGGGGUAUCAAGCUACUGCUAUGUGUGUUGUUUUUCUGGCCUUCCUUUUGUAAAUGUUGAAUGCUAUUUUCGUUUUCAAUUUGUAUCCAACUGCCAGCCUGCACACACGCCUACCCUUUAAUGAGCGCUCCUGUCGAGUGCAAGAGGCCUUCACAAAUGCCAUGCGGGUGGUGAGAUGGAAGGAAGCAGCAGCAACUUUCGAAAGUACAGCCUUUAGAAUAUACGAUCCUGCAUUUGCUUUUAAAAGCCAUUCUGAUGUGAUCUGGUGCCGAGAGAAUGUUAGGCUCAAGGCCAUAUUGCAGCCUCACCUUUACUACAGUUUCCGUCAUGCUUUGGCAGCCGUUGAUUUCUCUCAAAGGCAGUGGAGCUGCUACUUAGCUGCGAUUUUAUUGUUUGGUGCUGUUGGAUUAAACGGAUCUCUCCAGAGUUGUCAUGCUGGCAUGCUUUGAAAAGGAGCUUCCUCUAUUCUCUCUGUCUGGGUUUGUGGGAUGACAGCAGUGGCACAGCAUAUUUAACACACUGUGCUCUGCCUAUAAGUGACAUGGACAGCAUAAACAUAGUUUUAUUGCUUUGCUGUCAAGCGAAAUUGCCCAGAUGGGUGUGCACUGUAAAAUAAAAAUGGGGCGUAUGGUGUGGUGGGAGAGGGAGACUGGGCAGGUGUAUCAAACAAUUUUUCACAGCUUAUUUUUGAGUCCCUUUCAACAAUUGCUAGCCUGUCAACUAGAAAAAGAGCUGCUUCCUCUUCUUUGACAGGUCCAGUUUUGUCCAUGUCCCAGAACAAUAAACCAUUAGCCAAGGUUAAACAGCAGGACCCCUCCCCAAGUCUAAUAUUCAGUGGCCAGGUCCAUGAAAAUCUUGUUUUUCAGAAUCUUCAUGCUCAAAUCUAUUUGCAAUGGCACAUAAUCUUAGUCAUCAGCUGUAGACUUUGGUGCUUUCCUGUCUCUCACUAACAGAACCCUAAAUGCUCAUCCCUCAGUGUCCAGAGAAACAAUAGUGGUUGUGGGCUCCCUCAGGAGGUGGUGGACUCUCCUUCCUUGGAGGUUUUGAAGCAGGGGUUGGAUGGCCAUCUGUCAUGGAUGCUUUAGCUGAGAUUUCUGCAUUGCAGGUGGUUGGACCAGAUGAUCCUCAGGGUCCCUUCCAACUCUACAAUUCUGUGAUUCUAUGAAAUACAAGCAGAGCAGACCUGCCUAUUUCAUUUCUCUCAGGGUGGCUUCUUACCACCCUGGGUAAGGACACUCCCCAUGUGGAAAGUAAUUGUGCACAAAACAAUAGUAUGCAGUAAACUUUCCCUGUAUAUAGUGGACCCUUGGGUCAUUUAUAGCUUCUCAGGGCACAUGCAGCAGGUAUAAGCACCCAUAUAGGCCAAUCAACCUACAAGUGUCUGGCGUGCUAAUUCCAACAGCAAGCUUUCUUUCCAUAUUGGCUUACUAGUAAUUAUUUGGAAGGUGUAGGGGAUCCUGGCACUGAGAAUUUCUGGCAAGUUUGAAUGUCAUAGUCAAGGUCAGAUGAGCAUUAAAUAACCUGAUGAAAGCUGUAUCAAACUUCAAGCUUUCCUUUAUGUAUUUAGCUUCUGAUGGAUUUUCUUAAAAGAGCUGGUUUAUGCCAUCCUUUAUCUACAAACCCUGCUGUUUCUCACAGCUACCAAUUAACAAUGAGAUUCCAUUCUUAAAUGGAUUUGUGUUGUUGUUUGGUGGACACUGUGGCCCACACUUCUAGUAAUUGGGAUGUUUUCCCAACUUACUUUCCCAUCUGUUAUUAAAAUGAGAAGGUAGGGCUUGUUUAUAAAAUUACAUUAUGUUCUUUGCUUAACUUUUUCUUUUGCAAAAAUUGUACCACCCAGCAGGUGUAGUAUGAAGAGAGAGAGAGAGAAAUCCGGAAUGCAUUGUAAAGUUGGCGCCUAGACAAACUUGUGGAGAAAAAGCAAAAACAAGCAAACAGUCACCUAGUGUCAGGGCAUUGGGUCAAUAAUUGAGUGCAAUCUUUAUAAAAUGCUGUUUAUCUUCCCACAGGGCAUACAAAACCAUUGAAGAGGAUGACUUGAAGUUUCCUCUUAUAUAUGGAGAAGGCAAGAAGGUAGGAAUCAGUGUUUUGCCAUUUCAAAGGAAUAUGGUGCCUUAUAACUGUUUACCACUCAAUUUAGCCUCAAGCAGUCCAACGUUUUCCACUUGCUAUCUCUUUAUUUUAUCAUUCUGACAGCUUGAAAGAAUAUUGUGCCUGCCGUAAAUCAGUUCCUGCUGUCUGUAAGGGGGAAAAUGCAGUAUGGGGGGGGGGGUGUGAAAGCAGUUUAAUAACAUUUACAGAUGAAUUUUCUUUUUUCACCCACUUAAUUAUUUUGUUUUCUUUCAAGCAAUCGGGACUGAGAGAGGCUUUUUGAAAAUAAAAUAUUUAUUUAUUUGAUUUGCAGACAGCUCACUGCAGCUUGAGUACUACAUUAAAUGUGAGCCAAUAAAAGCUGGAAAAAGACAAAAGACGUAAUGUUUAGUUAGUUUUGAGCACAAUCUUAGUGUAUUGGGAUCAAGCAAGACUGAACUUUAUUGGUGCAUGAAUUUAUUUUGUGUAUGUGCUCUUAGCUGCAUUCACUGCUCGGUUCAAGCUUAGGAAUAAAAUUCUCUUUCAGGAGAGGGGUGUGUGUGGAAAGACUGAGAAUGCUCUUGAAAGAGAUGCAUAAUUAAAAACAGCAAGGUUAUUUGCACUGAUCCCAGCAUGCCUGAGAGAUACAACUCUAGGAUCAAUAAAAGGGCACUGAAGUCUUAGAUUAUUGGCAUUGGUGUGCUCACACUGUUUCUAAGGAACUGUUUCCCAAUGGCUUUAUUGCUUAUUUGAUUUUUGUUUUAAUAGCCUAUCUUCAGAAUUAAUCUAGCUAUGCAGGACUCAAAUCUGUAUGAUUUGAUGGGCUGGUUUGUUUUCAGAAGUAUUUGUACACCUGCUACUUCUAAAUUUAUUUUUCUCCCUGUUUUUGUGUUUGGGCUUAGUGGGUUUACUUCGCAGUGUAUUUUAGAGCCAGAAUUGAGAGUGUCCAGUAUUGUCAGUAAACCAGUACCAUCAGUAAAAUGCGGUAUCUGCACCAUAAGCUGUCUCAAGAAUCCUACUCUUUUGCUAAGGGAUCUUGAAAAUACCCCAGGGCUGAUGCAAAGGUGUCAGGGAGCAGUGAGGUUGGUAGAGGACAUUUGAUUGUUCUGUGAUGGCCUUCCCCAACCUUCUGCCCUCUAGACUACAACUCCCAUUAGCCCCAUCCAACACGUCUAGUGGUCAGUGAUGGUUAUAGUGGUAGUCAACUUCUGGGAGCAGCAGGCUGUCCCAAGUUUUCUUGCUAGGUAUUUGUUGUUGUGUUCAUUGUUUUGUAAAGAACUGUUGCCUCUAUUUUAGGCCAAAAACCUCCCCAGUCCUUGCCAAAGUUUUUUGUAUAAUGAAAGAAGGGUACAGGUUAUGCCCUGUAGGUGAGUUUAUAUGAUUUGUCACACAUGUUAUAACUGCAGUCAUUUACUUGAAUGUGUGCAAUUACUGUAGGUCUCAGGUGACCAGUCUUGGGCAACAUUCCCUCAACUUGCUUGGUAAUACAGUGGUACCUUGGGUUACAGACAGUUCAGGUUACAGACUCUGCUAACCCAGAAGUAGUACCUCGGGUUAAGAACUUCGCUUCAGGAUGAGAACAGAAAUCGCACGACGGUGGCGCAGCAGCAGCAGCGGGAGGUCCCAUUAGCUAAAGUCGUACUUCAGGUUAAGAACAGUUUCAGGUUAAGAACGGACCUCCAGAACGAAUUAAGUUAUUAACCCGAGGUACCACUGUAUAGGCUUUGACUCAUGACAGGAUAUGGGCUGUUGAUACGUAACCCCAUAUUUCAGGGUCUGGAUUGCAGGCUGUCUUGGAUGGGGUUGCCCUCACCCUGAAGACACUGGCUUGCAGCUUGAGGCCACUCCUCGAUCCAGCACAGCUUCUGUACGAUUGGACGGCAGUGGUGACUAGCACACCUUUGUACUGGUGGCUGUGGUGAUGAGAACAGCUUUCUACCUGCUUUGGCUCACAUGCCAGUUGCCUUUUUGUGGUGGGCAUAUUCCCCAGCCAACACAAGAUUAGACUCAAGGGGGUUGUCUUCCUUGGGUAUAGGCUUUCCAACCUGGGACAGGAACCCUGAAUAUGCCAUGUUGGAAACUCUAUGUAUGAGUACGGUAGCAGCCCCCCCACCCAACAAAUGCUGAUCGUGUUUGUUGGGGAGGAUAUCCAGCACAUAAAUAAUCUAAGUGGGGUGUGACUUCUUCCUAUGUUCCUACUUGCCCCUUCAUGCUUCACUUUACAAACAUGUAAAGUGAGCUUUUGAGUAGGAUUUAUUGGUGCAGUUGCUGGUUACUGCUUUCACAAAGACACCUGCCUCCCAGAACAGCCCUGUAACUGGUUUCUUUCUCCGUUCCCAGGCUCGUGUCAUGGCAACUAUUGGGGUUACGAGAGGACUUGGAGACCAUGACUUGAAGGUGCAUGACUCAAACAUCUACAUCAAACCUUUUUUGUCUUCGUCGCCAGAGGUAAAACAUUCACACCUUUUUUAUGGGUACAGGACAAGGGACUUAAACUAUGACUUUAAAAAUCUUUGCAACAUGUCUUAACCUGCUUGUGAAAUGUCUAGGUGUCCACAUGAAAAAUGGCUGCAAUGAACACCUUAAAUAGGGAACAUGGUCGUGACUUAAGGAAAAGAUGGUCAAAACUCAUUCCCCUGUCUAAGAGUACCAUUCUAUGCAUGUUUACUCAAAAGUAAGUCCCUUUGUUCAGUGGGGCUCACUCCCAAGUAAGCGAGUUUAGGAUUGCAGCCAAAUAUGGCUAGAGGAUGUAAGUUAAAUUUAUAGCUGUCUAGAGGGAUUUAGAAAGCCCAUAAAGCACAUUUGACAAACAUUAGUAUAAAAGUUAUAGAACCAUAAAGUGGACAUUUGGCACUCUGUACUGGAAAUUGACUACAGGGCAGGAAACAUAGAGGAGCUGUUUGGUGGGUGUCUUAUUUUUUAAAAGCGAACCCUAAAGGGGGGAGGGGGUUAAUUGGCGAGUACAGCAGAUAAUAAAGCUGAGUACCAGACUUUAAAAGUUACAUAUAAAUCAUUUGGAUUGUAUUUCUAUGUUUGUCAGUGAGUUAGAUGAGAAGGAAAAAUGCAAUUAAGAUAGGAUUAAUUUUAUUUAAGUAGCUCUGUUGAUCAGUUGUAAAGUAGCCGAGGAUUGCUUAUGUUGACUGUUUCUCUUGAAUUCCAUAGUGAAAAAUGGGUCAUAUCAGGAGUGUUGCAUGUUGUGCUUUGAACUUGGUAAAGCUUUCAAAACACAUUUUGUGUCAUUUAGGACAUCUUCACAUAAAACUCUUAAGCCCAGAAUAACUCCCAAGGUAACUGUUUUCCCUGCUUCAGGCCAUCACUUUCAUAAAAUAUAUGACCAUUUCUUAUGGAAGGAGACCCAGAAGAACGACAAGGAUUUCAAGGAUGAGAAUGAGAACAUUUUGUGGCUAGUUGAGUCUGAAGUGAUAGGAACAUUUUCUACCUGGGUGUAGAUUAAAGGAGAGUGUAUCAAGAUGGUGCUGCUCUUGUUCCUAGCUGGGUGCUGUACCAUAAAGCAAAAAAUGAAGAGAGUGCUCAAGACAGGUAGCUAUCUCGAAUCACCCUCACAUACACUAUAGGAAAAUAGUGAUGGAACACAUAGUGCAGUGCAGUGGUUGGGAACAACCUAAUUUGGCCCAUGAGGCCAUUUCCCCCCCCCCCGAUACCCCACAUGCUCCACAACUGACAUGUUGGGGGGGGGGGUAGGUAUUGUUGAUUCUUCCUUGGUAGCCAGGGCUCAGCUGAUUGACAAGGACAACAAGCCCCUUUGAAGUUGUCCAUUUGUGGGAGUAGCUUGGACUCAGGUACCAAUCUGCAGUGAAAAGAAAAUGUCCAUUUUUGCAGGUGUAAUGAAUCCCUUUGCAGGCAUGCUCUCAGAUCCAAUCAGCUGACAGUGUGACUUCAGAGGGCUUACAUUCAGCAUCGGCCAGCUGAUGGGCACCGAGAGCAAACUUUGUUUCUCAAAUGUGCCACAUUUAUUCCAUCAUUAGCUGUCUUAGCUCUCCAUCCAGCCCACCCAACCCACACAUCAUAUUUAAUUAGGAAGAAAUGACUUGGUUGGAUAUUGGCACUGUGACUGGCACUUCUGAAAAGCUGUGGGAUUACAAUCACUAAAUAUGGAAGCUGGCUCUGCCAUUCUGGGGUUGGGGAAUGUUUAUCUGGUUCUUGCCUUUCAACUUGAUGUUUAAUUGUUGGCUUUUUUUAAUCUGAAAAUUAAUACAUAUUUAAAGCAAGCAAACAAGGAAAGGUUUAAGUGUUGACAUACAGCCUCUGUGUAAUUUUGUGUUCAUUGUAUAGAUUUAACUAUAUUUUUAAAGGCUACAUUGCUAUAAACAAGCAGAAGCCACUAUAUAUUCUGUUUGUUCUGAUACAUACUUUAAUAGGAGGGAGGUCUAGACCUUUGUUGUAUGAAAGAGAUGCAUUGUGUUUAUCUUCUUGCUUUUAGUUAAUGAGAAGUGGGAAUGAGCAUGGAUACUUUGCGCUGCGUUAUAGGUUUCUGGUGGUGUAACACUUUUUUGGUGUCUAGAGGGUGUGAGUUAUGUUCCUCUGCAGUGGACUUGACAACUUUUGGGUUUUAUUUUUGACACUUUGAAUGAGGAAUGAACAAUUGUGUGUCUAGCUCAUCAGCUUCUAAGUCCUUAAUCGCAUCUUCCACCUUAGUAAAUGACAUACCUCAUUUUUUAAAAUCCAAGUUUCUCCAUUAGUUAAAGGGAAUAUUGAAUGUUUGCACUGGGAUCUAACUAAAUUAAGAAGUCUAAGUACUCCAUAUACAUUUCCUAAUCCUGGAUUUCAAAGAUUAGCACAACACAAAGAGAGGAUAAAUGAUUCUCUUCCAGCAAUGCCAGGUGUGUUUCCCAACACAACCGCAGAGCACUGACCCUGCCAGCCGUAAGGAUAAAUCAGCAUUCCCAGCCAGGUGUGCUGUUUCCAAAUCCUAGUCCCGAUAAUAACUUCCUUUUGUCAGUUGUCACAAGGUCACUUCACUUCUCUGAAAAUACAGCUACUGCUGGAGUAAUUAAAGUGCUCCGUUAGUAAUUCAGAAGGACUCCUGAAGGUUUUGUUUUCGGACUUAAAUGAGCCAGGUGGGGAGUAUGAAACAGGCAGCUAGAAGACCUGUAUCUCUCACAGAAGACACACUUGGAAAUACAUAAAAUGACCUUUAUCCUUCUGCUGGUUCAAUAAAAUCUGUCAGUGCAGCCAAGGAAUAUAUUUUGGAUGCCAUACUCAGCAGGCUGUAAGUGAACAUUUAUUUUGUAAAGUUUUUUAAUCAGCAUGCAGGACUAUGAGAAAUACUCAGGUAUGUGAGUUUUCUGUUAGUUCCAUUUCUGUCAAAACAUUUGAGAAUAUCCUGCACGUCACAUACAUAGAUCAGCUUCAGGUUGGUUUGUCAGACUAGGGCGUGUCACCUUCUCUCGAUUGUCAUGCAGCUGAACCAUACAUGUUUCCCCAGUGUUUUCCCUUUAUAGAGGUGGGAGCUUAGUGAAAAGCUGCUGCUGCAGACUAAAAUUGUCUGUAAUGGUAGUGUGGUGUAGUGGUUAAGAGCGAUAGUCUCGUAAUCUGGGGAACCGGGUUCGCGUCUCCGCUCCUCCACAUGCAGCUGCUGGGUGACCUUGGGCCAGUCACACUUCUUUGAAGUCUCUCAGCCCCACUCACCUCACAGAGUGUUUGUUGUGGGGGAGGAAGGGAAAGGAGAAUGUUAGCCGCUUUGAGACUCCUGAAGGGGAGUGAAAGGCGGGAUAUCAAAUCCAAACUCCUCCUCUUCUUCCUGCCAAGUGUUGACUUAGAGGUGACUGUAAAACGAGAGAAAGCAGCACUUGGACAUAGUGCUGGUGCAACUCCCCCUUCAGAAAGUAGUCUAAGUAGGUAAGAAUCUCCACUUAAAUGUGUAGGACUGUACACGUGGCCACAUUUGAUCUUAACUGCUAGGGAAACAAGUAGAUUUUUUGGGUAGCAGAAACAUACAACAUUCAUUAGAAGGACACCCACAAAAACAAACCCUUGUUUCUCCUUCACCUAAUGAGUUUGUUUUUGUUUUUCAGGUGAGGGUAUAUGAUCUUCUCCAGUAUGAGCAUGGACCUGAUGAUGUGUUGAUCCUGGCAACAGAUGGACUCUGGGACGUACUAUUAAAUGAAGAAGUGGCAGAAGCAGUCACUAAUUUUCUGCCAAACUGUGACCCUGAUGACCCCCACAGGUUUGUAAUCUCUCCCUUUUAUAUUUCCUUAGCAAGGUGCUUUUCAGAUUCAGACUGCUUGCCAGGAAUGUGUUGUUGCCUUUGCAGUGCUUCCACUGAUCAAUAUUAGAAGCUUCAGCAGGAACAAAUGCACGUUCUGAAAAGCUUUAUUCCAAUUAGGUCCUAAGGAGAAUGAGUUGCUUGAAAACUACUUCAGCAGUUUUGUAAAGUUGCCUUGACAGUUGCAUUCCAAAUUUGCUACAUUAGUGAAUAAAGCAUUCAGUAAUGCACUGCUAGAGAUAUUAAUCUCCAAGUUCCUGAAAUGCUUUCUCAUUUAUCUGUUACUAAGAAGGGGCAGCCUCCCUUUUAUUCCAGUUACGUAUAGAGCGUUUUCCUGUUGCCACUGCUUGCUUUCCUUAUGUUUAGCAUUGAUUUUCAUGAAUUAAUGCUUAUUUGGCAGUUAGACUGGUGAGUGGGAGUGGCUGCUGGGACCAUAUAACACCAGUUUUAAAGGAUCUACAUUGGCUCCCAGUAUGUUUCCGAGCACAAUUCAGAGUGUUGGUACUGACCUUUAAUGACCUAAACGGCCAUGGCUCUAUAUACCUGAAGCAGCAUUUCCACCCACAUCAUUCAGACCUAGCAUGGAGAUCCAGCUCUGAGGGCCUUCUGGUGAUUCCCUCACUGCAAGAAGUGAAGUUACAAGGAACCAGGCAAGAGGGCUUUUCUCAGUGGUGUCCACCUUGUAGAACGCCCUCCCAUCAGGUAUCAAACAGAUAAACAACUCUAUGGCUUUUAGAAGACAUCUGAAGGCAGCCCUGCAUAGGGAAGUUUUUAAUGUUUGAUGUUUUUUAUUUUCUGCUGAAAGCCAGUCAGAGUGUCUGGGGCAAACCAGUCAGAUGGGAGACGCAUAAAUAAUAGUAAUAUAAUUCAGUUCAAUCUCCCCCCAUCUUUUUAAAAAAAGUAUUUUAAAGAAUAUGAAGAUAAUAUGCUUUUACCUUGAAAUACAGCAGUUCUACCUCAAGUCUUUACAAAUUGUGGAUCUUAGUGUCUGAUAUAUAUGUAUCUGUUUUAAUUGCUUUGUCCAGUAUUGAUGAUCCCUAGGUUCUUCGGCUAUUGACUGCAAAUUUCUACAGGAUUUCUCUCGGUUCCUUACUGAAAAGGAGAGAAUAUCCAGCAGACAAUAAGAAUCUUCCAUACAUGGUACAAAAGUAUAACCAACCCCUGCCCAUAAAUAGAGUAAUGUCAGACAUCUUUCUAUUAAGACCCAUGGCACAAAGAGAAAGGUCUCUCAGUGAUGAGAUCCUGAUGCAAUUUGGCUUUCUCCAUGGCUGAUUGCAUGUGUUAGAGAAAGAGAAAGAGAUCUGAUCAUGGGUCUCAUUCAUCUAUUAAUUAUUUUAUUUGUAUGCCACCUUUCCAUAGUAAAAACCAUGCUCAUGGCAGCUUACAACAUGAAAAAAUGUGUGUAAUUACAAACAUAAGUAGUCAUAAACAAUAAAUAAAACUCAUCAAAAAGUAAACAAAUUGAACAUUUUCCACAUACAUCUAAAAAGAUAUAUACUAAAAAUAUCAGGCACAACCCCUCUCCCAACUUAUUUCUUAAGAACUUAGAAAACCACCUUCCAUCACCGUCUGGCCACUGGUUCCUUUUGCUCACUGUUGUAUACACUGGCACCAGUUUUCCAGGGAGCCUUUGUAUAUCCACCCUGGACAUGUUUACCUCAAGAACCUAGGACCAUCUGCACAUGUAAAGGAUGCGCUCUACUACUGUAUUGCAGCCUUCCCCAACUUAGUGCCCUCCACAUGUUCUGGAAUGUAACUCCUCCUUGAACAUUAGCCAUGCUGGUUGAGGCUGAUGAUGUGCUCUCCAGGUGUUUUGGACGACUGGGUUGGAAAAAGACAGCCAUACAAGCAGAGGGGCUGGCAGGCUUUUCCGUUUUGACUGGUCUGUAAAAUAGAAACACAAAUCCUGCACUUCAAAUCUUAUACUUUUUGAGAGGUUAUAUGGAAUGCUUUCCUUGCCCAGCAAGUAAUAAACCUUUACUAUUAUACAGCAUCUAUAAUCUGUGACUGUUUCUUCUUCAUGCAGGUACACAUUAGCAGCUCAGGAUUUGGUAAUGCGAGCCAGAGGAGUGCUGAAAGACAGAGGCUGGAGGAUAUCCAAUGACAGACUGGGCUCAGGAGAUGACAUUUCUGUCUUCGUCAUUCCUUUGAUACAUGGAAACAGAAUCUUGUAAAACAAACACAAAUGCUGGUAAUAGGAAAGGUGUUGUUUUUUUUACAGUAAGAACCUCUGGAAAAGGCAGGCUAUCAAGAAAAGAGAUCCAAGUUUAACUUAAAAAUUAUGUUCUAAGCUUGGUUAGACUGGGAUAUUUCUACAUGAAACAUAGAGGCUGAAUUGCAAUGAUUUAAAGGCAUCUCCUAGAAACUGCAGCUUCCCUGUGGGGUUUUGUUUUUUGUGUGCGUGCAUAUCAGGACCAGGACUUUAAUGCUGCUAGUAUAUUAGUGAUUUAUUUUUAAUGUCCCUCCUGGUGAGGACCCUAGUGUAACCUGAUAGAAUAUUUUUCUUUCCCAGUUUAAUGUAGCCAGAAAUAACACGAGAUGCAAAUUGGGAAAGCUAUUAAAAUUGGUAAUGUAGCCCAUUUCCCCCAUUAUUAAUUGACUGGCUAACUUUGCUUUUGAGCAAAUUCAAGCUAUAAGUUACUAAGGUGAACAAAACCUAACACAGCAGUUAAUUAUUUUUUUGUUCAAAUCUUGUUAAUGUUUCAGUGGAUAAUUUCAAAAAGAUGUUUUAUUUAUGUCAGUAAAUCAAGCUUUUCCUCUUGUACACCAUCAUAAACAUUUUGGAACCUUACAGUUACCCUUUAUAUGUUUAGAUGGUGAAGCCAACCUUUUCUCUUGACAAGGUCUAAUCUACACCUCCUGUUAGCACACUUGCCUAAGAGAAUAGGGAAAGCUGUUCGGCUGGAAAAUGUGUUCCUUAUUGUCAAGAUUUUUGUAUUUAUAACUAUGAUGUAGCAGACUGGGAGAAUUCUUGAUUUAGAAAGAUUUCCCCAGAAAUCACCGUUUCUUUGGCACCACACGCUUUCAUUCAUUGAAUGCUUCUGUCUCCUCUAAUUUAUAUCCUGUUGAAAGGAUCGUUAUAUACGUACUGUUUCAUUUAUUGUAUUUGGUAAUUUGUCUUCUGAUUUCUCUCUUAUUAACUAUGUAAGGCUGGUAUGCUUCAGAAGUCUCCUCCAGAACAGUAGCUUUUCAUCUUCUUUCCUGCUAUGCCCUUUCAGCAUCAAUUUCGUUUAUUGCUUCUCUGAUAUUGCUAGUAGACAUUGCUUGACAUUGUUAAUCCAAAAGGUGGAGGGAGGAGCCAUUGCAGAGUGAUAAGACUCAUCAGCUUGUUUGACAUUCUGUACCUAGGCUUUCGAUUAUUAACAUAGCAACAGAAUAGAAACUUAAGGAUUUACAUUUACCUGUACAACCACACAUUUUAUGUAUUCUAGGAUGAGAAUGAGUCAUCCAAAUUAUCAUCAUUCGUAUUGUUACAGGUGACUCAAAAUUUGGUCCUCAGGUAUUAUCUCCCUGGCCAAGAACUAAAGAAACAUAUCCUUUUGGUUUUUUAAAAACAGUUUUAGGUAGCUGAGAGCAAAUGAGUUGACAGUGAUUGUGGGCAGUUGAUGAGCCAUCUCAGAAAUGUUAGGUUUUUUUCUGAAGAGAAGCUACCAACAUAGCAAGAGUAUGGUACCACAUGUUCCCAUAAAUCUUUUCUGUGUUUAUAUUCUCCCCCCCCCCAAAAAAAUACUCUUAAUAGAAUUAGCCUGGAAAUAAUUAUUUGCUUAAACAAUAUAUUGUACAUUUCUGUUGGAGUAGGCAUUUUAUUAAUGCUACUAUAGUCAACUCUGCAUUCCACCCCUGCACCAGAUGUUAAGUUGUUUCAGUAUGCUGCUGCAGCAGCAAAUAAGUUUCAAUCUGCAACUGAAUAGUUCAGAAAAGUGUUAAUUCUGACAUGAAGUAAAUCUGCUUGCAAUAAUGUUUUUCUGAUACCAUAAAAUCUAAAAUUUCAUGAAAAGUAGAUUUUCAUAAUGCAGUGUCUUUUCACAAAUCAGCAAUACUUCUCAAAUUUAUUCUCAAUAAAGUACCUCGUUUUUCCAAUCAUAUAUGUUCAGAUUAGCAGGUCACAUUUUGCCUAAAAAAACUGAUAGUGUAACCCUUCCACACAGCCUCCCUGUUUUGUUUUUUUCAGUUCAGGCAUAUCAUUUUUCUUGGUCAUCAGGUCAUCAUUUGCUUUCAAUCUCAUGAUGGGAGACAUUCUUAGGCAGCAAACAUUUCAUUUGUAGAAUAUUACUAUUAAUGUAACAACACUUUCUAACACAAUAUAUACACCCUGGCUAAGAUUUACAGGUGUUACUGUCUUCAUUCUGUUUGUAUACUUUUUGCACAGAACUUGAACACAUUUCCCAUUUCCAGUGCCAUAUGUGAAAAGAACGUAUUUAGUGGCAAACAAUCCCAUUGGACCAACCAAAUAAAAGGACUUUUGCCAGUGCAGGAAAACUUUAAAUUGGAUUUUCAUUUUGACUCAUAAGAACACACUACAUAUGAUAGUAACUUAGGUCUGUACAUCAAACUGGUUCAGAAUGACCAGUAGUUCUGAGUGCAUCCAAUUCUUCCUAGAAUAGUAUCUAGACUGCUACACUUUAUCAUGUCAUGAAAAAAUGCUAUUUUUGAAACAUUUAAAUGAAACAUUACGAUACUUCAUCCAGAUUUGGUGAUACAAUUUCAAAUGCUGCUUAAUUUGAAUAGUAUGAGAUAGAUAGAUAUCUAUCAGUAGUAACAUCAUUGAGAGUGAUCCUGAAAAUGCCCACCUUGUUUUUAAAAGAGGCAGCAGUGAAACGCUUAAAGUAGCAACAAAAACAAACACUUGCUAUUGUUCAGACGUACUUUUAGGACUGAAUCAAUAACCCAAAUUGCACCAUCCCUUUCAAACGCUUUGCUUAAGUAAUCCUGUAUUUGCUACCGAGCAAUUCCCAGAGAGACCAAAGCUAAACUCUGGAUUGUUAAAUAAAAUUUGUGUUUAAUUCAAACUAAACAAACUCUUUGAAUUCAUUUAGAAAUUAAGCCAACUUAUUCUGAACUUUUACUUGCCCCCAUUUCAUAAGAUACACUCGGUAAUGGUUUUCACCAACUUAGAGCUGUAUAGAACAUUUCGAUUGUUUUAUUUAAUAAUCCUUUCAAAAUAGCAAUGCCCUAUCUAGAUGAAUAUAUUUUAUGACAGCCAGUAGACAGGAUUCAGAAAGAAGUGAGUGGCAACCCCUACCCCCUUAAAAGCCUGCUCCCAUUGCUGGAAACUCUCUAGACUGACAUCCUAUAAACUUUAAGGCUACUUUUGGAACUGUUGCUUUGCUCCUGUGGGUAAGCAAAAGUGUUUUCUGCUCAUGCAUUUAGUGAGGGAUGGAUCUUGCCCCAUGCGCUUUAUUAUUGGGCUGCAGCACAGAACAUUUGCCAAGCCUGGCUGAAAAGUAUGCAAACUGGACAGCAAAAUUCCAUUCACACUUCAAUAACUGAAUUCCAGGUGUGUAGUAAUACUGUUUUUUGUUUUUAAAAAGAAAUUGCAAUAUGGAAUUUAGUAUUGUCUAGAAAUAAUUCACUUUGCUGCUGCUGCGUCAACAGUUUUAUAACCCAAGACAAGGUUGAAAAUCAUGCUUAAAAGUAAACCAGUUACAUAUAUUUUAAAGGUGAAAGGUUACUGGAAAUUAAGGUUAUAGCUUGGGAAAUUGGUGGGCUGGAAAAUCGUCACUGGGCCACCAUCUAUUUCAACAAUGUUGGUAACAGUGUUAGAAAUUAUUAGAAUAACUUGCCUAAAGAAAAUGGGGAAAACCCAUACUUUCAUACCAACUAUCUCACCUAGGUCAGAACUGGAAGAGCUUUUAGGCAAAUAAAAAUUGAGAUAAGAGAGGAAAUUCACUUGUCUUAUGGAGCUGCUACAGCCACAUGAUCAAUGUUUGCUAUCCGAUUGUAAAUAUUCAAAGAUAACAUUGUCCAAAUUUGCAAAUCAGCACUACAGAAAUUGCCCAAGACACAUUUUAUUAGAUCGCUUAGCUUAUCUACUCUUUCCUUCUCCCCUGAUUUUAAAACAUUCUAGAACAACCUCCUGAUUCUGUCUGCCCUUUCCAGUUCAUACAGUUCAGGGGAAAUUCCUCUUUACAGUAAAUAUCUGACAGCUGUAACUCAAAAUGUCUAACUUCUUCCUAAUCAGAAUUUACCAAAAUUAUUCUAUUUUUAUCAAAUAAUCAAAGAGUUGUUUUUCAGUACUUGCCCAAUGUCCAUAAAGAGAGUUGUAUUGUCAGUUUUAAAACUAGCAGUCCGGGAUACUUGUUCAAUAAGAACGUUCUUCAAGGUACUUCGCUAAGUGACAUGUUGAAAUAAAAUAUUUUGUAGGUUGUUGCUUGAACUUUACAGGUACUUGUCUUUCAUACAGCACAAUCCUACUAAAUUUCUUUUAGUCCUUUGCCCUUUGCUUAAUGCACUCUUGCAGUUUUGUUUCUUAUGUUGUGACUUAUGUGAAAAUUGCACACUUGUAAUUUUUCUUUCCUGUCGUAUGAAGAUGACAUAGACAGUGGCCAAAUACCUCUUCAAUCAUUCUGCCAAAUUCUACCUACAUUAUACUUGAAGGAGGCUUCUCCCUGUCAACCUCCACUUUACUUUGAUGUUCCAUUGUAUUUCAGUUUAAUUUUGCCAUUUUCUUCCUUUAUUGGCACAGUGACUGUAAGCAAGGAAUGUACUAUAUUCUGGGCUCAGCAUUCCAAACAAUGAAGAGAGUCUUCGGGAUAAGAAUUGUUUGGAUCAAUGUACUUAAGCGUGGUGACUGUGAAAUGUCAAAACUUUUUUGUAACCCGAGAACAAAAAUGUUUAGUAAAGGGAUAUAUUUUACGUGUUUUGAAACUUUUAAGUGCAAUGAAAUAAGGAAGCUGGAAAAUGUAUGCACAACAAAGUUUUAAAAUGAUAUUGUAAAAAAUAAAUAAAUAUAAAAACUUAUUUUGGGUAGUAUUGCUGUGAGCUUCUUUUCUGGGGCAUAUAGCUGGUGAAUGCUGUCAGUGAAAAUAUGAUAUAGCCUACAAUUCCCCAUCCUUCAGCUUUCUUUUGAGCUGUCUCAGCCAAACUAUAGCUGCAUAGGUACAUACUGCACCUUCUUUUUAAAUUUUUCCAUUUGUUAAGUUCUCUUGCAGUGCAUGUUCAAGCACUCAGCUAUCAAUUCUGUUUGCUGAAAGAACAAAUUGGGAAUAAGCAGAGAAGAAAAUUGAUGUAAGUAAAAUCACCUAACUGAAUUCCAGAGCAAAUGCCCAGUUGGUUGUUACAGAUUUUUGUAUGGUUUGGGUCAGUGGAGUGCUGCUUGUAAAAUUCCAAAGACGCACAUAAUGAGUGAACAGCUGUUGUUUCUACAUAUGGACAAAAUUACUUUAAAAAAGUUUGUACUCUGUUACUGUCAAGUGAAUAAUAUGUCAACUAGCACUUCAUGUUUUUAUAGUAUUUUAAUUGCUUUUCAGUAAUUAGUCAGAAGUUAGAAGAUAAAUGCUUGCUUAAUAAUAAAACUUGGAGAAAGCUGUAAUGCACAUUUCUGAAGUUUGGCUGGUGACUGAAACUCCAUAAUGCAGCUAGCUAGGAAUUCUGUUCUGCAAGUGUAUUAUAAAUACUGGCAGAUAUCAGGGAGAGCUUUAAGGGGAUUCUGUGUUUCUAAAUAAUUGAAAGGAUACUAAAAAUGGUUUAGACACAUCAAACAAUACCAAGAAGCUUAAAAACUUUAGUUUUGUAUAAUGCUGAGACAACAAAGGGAAGUGGGAAUAUUUUAGCUCCAUGUGCAAGGCUUAAAGCUGAUGAGGAAGGGGUGGCUUAGCUACAAGGGAGAGGGGUGAGAGAAAAAGAUAACAGCAAAGGGUUAGUCAGUGCUCUCCUUUCCAGUGUGUAUAGUAACAGGGGCUUCAGCAGGGCCCUCUUAUAACUUUCACUCAGAUAAACAGUGAUUUGCCUGUGCAGUGAAGUGAGCAGAUGGAUUGUAUAAUAAGGGGAAAGCUAUGCUAAGCUUGGUUGAUGGUCCAAGCUGGAGGGGGGGAUGACUAACUAUAGCCCAUGGAAGAAUCAAGGUGAGAUGUAUAAUGUAUGAUGGAGGUUCUUCGUAUCGGAGGCUUUGCUGGGGCCAGAUAGAAAUUUCCAAAGGUUAGAUUUACCCUUGUUACCUAUUCAUAAACAUUCUGUUUCAGGAGAAUCCACCAUUGAUUACAUAAUCACAUUGCAGGUUGUCUGAGUUUAUUUUAAAAGCAGUUUCUUGAGCAAGGCAACCAUAGUUCUUUCUCUUUCUUUUAAAAAUAAUAUUAUAACCCACAGAGCCCUGUUUCCUAUGAAGGCAUUGGUUGAAUAUAUAGGAUAAAUAUUUCUCUUUCAUAUUGUUGUUUGUACUUGCAAAUAUCCAUGCAAGUUGGCAAAUAUUUCAUAAUAGGCACUACUGUUUGUUUUGAGAAUUAGUUCCUAAUAUGUGGCACAGUUCUUUGAAUUCAACAUAUACAUAUAUUUUGAGAGGGCAUUGUUGAUGCUGGCAUAUGUUUAGUAUAGAUUUAUGAGGUACCCAGACUGAGAAUGGACUAGAAUGUUUCCCCAUUGUUUUAAUUUUACAGGAUCAAAAUUAUUUAACAUUGCUCUGGAAAACAAACUGAAAAUUAACAUUUGCUGAAGAAGUAAAUUCCUAACGUGUAUGUGACAAUAAAAAAUAUGGUAUGUAAAAUGCAUUACUCCCCAGCCUUUUCUAGCAAUUGUGCUAUCAGCAUAAGCAUUUCAGCUUGCCAGACAAAAUGACACCCCGCCCUGCC